AUGGCGAUCAAACUGCCAGAAGAUGGGGACCCUGGGAUGAGAGAAGGCGGAGACGCUCCCAGGCUAAAGAACCCUUCAUAACACCGACCAGGCCGAUCAGAGAGCUCUAAAUGUUUCUACCUGCCAAUAGUUGAUAGUUAUUGAACGCUUGGACAGGCUCAUAGAAGUUUGUUAGAGAUGUUUAUGUGUUAGCUUAGUUGAGGUGUAAAGCGGCACAGAGGGAAAGGAACACACUCACUGACCUAGUGGAUGGGAUGUCAGGGGGUGGAGGGGGAGAGCACACACGAUAUGAGGUGUAACUACACCGUGCACAGGGCCUCCUGUCCCAGACAUGUAAGCCUCCUGGAGCGGUUGCCAACCCACCAACCUAUAUGGAGGAACGUAGUUGUCACUUAUCCCUCCCUAGGCAACUCUAUGCUUUAUUGUCCCCCAAGCGACAGCCUUUAUGAUAAAUGGCCUCCAGUGCUAUGCUGGAAGACGCACUGAAAUCUAAACACCUCAGGGCAGUAGUUGCUGAGACUUGGACAGACCCUGCCUUCCAGCACACAGUCAUACUCACAGGUAACAGAUCCCGUUAAGAUCACGACCUUGACUCUGAGGCAUGGGGGGCAUACUGAUACUGAAGGUGUCCAUGAGGGGAAUUACCGAGACCGCGACCAGCAGCCACACACCAUGAAACCUUACAUGAAUAGCUAUAGCGACAGUGUAUUAGCCCAACAUGCACCACACAAGUCACACGACAUGCAAGCAUGAUGCCAGACGGUCAACCUGGCUAUCCACAACCAUAGGCCAGUUUACAGGCCAACCAGAAAUUGAUACUACCUGAACAAUACACCAUUAUUAUUAUAUUACUAUAUUAUAUUAUCUUUUCAUAUAUUAUUUUGCGGUUAGAUAUCAUUACCCCAGUUUGAACAAUGAAAAAGCCAUUCACUGCAAAAUUUGUAGCCAUGUAUUACUACUUAACCCUACAUAUCUGAUAGCAGGACUAGUAUUAUUAUGUUUACCUAGCAAAAAUGUGCAAUUCAAUUCUAUGUUAUCACACUGAAUGCCUUGUUAUGCCUGAUGCUAUUGUGGAACUGCAGGCCUGUAUGUUAACCUCUUUGCAUUUGAAUAAAAAAAAAAAAAAAAAAAAAAGGCCUUAUGAGGGGGACGUAACAGGGUGUCGCAGCUGCCGGCCCGCCGCGUGAUAUUUAAAUCCCUAGCUCACCCCAGUACCUUGCCCUGUCGUGGUUUCCUGUUCCUGGUUUCCUGAGAGUGCUUUAUCAUUGGGAAUCUGAUUUCCUGGUAUCCUGAUCUUAGCUUUUCACUGGUUAUUCUGAAUUCUGGUUUCCCUGACUUGGCUUGUGUAAACGGUAUUGUGCAUUUUCUGGCUUCCUUGACCUCAGCUUUCCCUUUGACCAUUCUCUGUCUCUAGCGUAUUAGUCCGGUCAUUCUAAGGUCCGGUUUACGCUCUGUCCUUUUAUUUUCCUUUUCUUGCCUAUGUAUAUGUUUACAUAGUUUCUGCGUGCUGGACCACACUAGUAGUCGUGACAUUGGGAUUAAACUGGUAAGAAUAGUACUACUUAACACACCACUCCUAUCUGGUGGCACAUUAGAUUGCACGCGCAGUGCCCCAAAUUUGAAGUAGGAGGACCGACCAAGCAUCUUUUUCCAUCUCCCGGUUCCUAAAAUCGAUGCCAUAUACACGUCCCCUAAUAGGGGAUGAAACAGGGAUUAAACUGAUAGGAAUAGUACUACUUAACACAUCUUAUAAUAACGCAGAGAGAGGCAACGCAGAGAGAGGAGUCUGAAGAAGAGGAGUCAGAGGAGGAAGGUGGCUUUGAGGAGGUGGAAGACCAAACACAGCAAGCGUCCCAGGGGGCUUGUUGUCACCUUUUGGGGACCCUUGGUGUUGUACGUGGCUGGGUGGAGGAAGAGACCUUCAAUGACAUCAGUGAGGACAAGGAACCGGACAUGGCUAGCUUGGUAUCCAACCUUGUGCAAAUGGGGAGUUUGUGGUUGUGCAAAUGGACUGUUUGCGGUUGUUUGCGGUGCGUUAAACGGGGAGUUUGGUCUGUCACUGUGAAGCGGGCGUAACCCUUACACUACUUGAUCGAUACAACAUCAUACCUGAUGUUUUAAAGCACGUAAUUCCAAACAAUUUAGGAAUGUUAGAUGAUUUAUGCCCUUUAUGGAUUAAAACCAGACUCUGCAUCAACUAUGUAAUUUUCCAUGGGAGUUUUGCCAUGGAUCCCCCUCCGGCAUGCCACAGUCCAGGUGUUAGUCCCCUUGAAACAACUUUUCCAUCACUACAGGGAGUGCAGAAUUAUUAGGCAAAUGAGUAUUUUGACCACAUCAUCCUCUUUAUGCAUGUUGUCUUACUCCAAGCUGUAUAGGCUUGAAAGCCUACUACCAAUUAAGCAUAUUAGGUGAUGUGCAUCUCUGUAAUGAGAAGGGGUGUGGUCUAAUGAUAUCAACACCCUAUAUCAGGUGUGCAUAAUUAUUAGGCAACUUCCUUUCCUUUGGCAAAAUGGGUCAAAAGAAGGACUUGACAGGUUCAGAAAAGUCAAAAAUAGUGAGAUAUCUUGCAGAGGGAUGCAGCACUCUUAAAAUUGCAAAGCUUCUGAAGCGCGAUCAUCGAACAAUCAAGCGUUUCAUUCAAAAUAGUCAACAGGGUCGCAAGAAGCGUGUGGAAAAACCAAGGCGCAAAAUAACUGCCCAUGAACUGAGAAAAGUCAAGCGUGCAGCUGCCACGAUGCCACUUGCCACCAGUUUGGCCAUAUUUCAGAGCUGCAACAUCACUGAGUGCCCAAAGCACAAGGUGUGCAAUACUCAGAGACAUGGCCAAGGUAAGAAAGGCUGAAAGACGACCACCACUGAACAAGACACACAAGCUGAAACGUCAAGACUGGGCCAAGAAAUAUCUCAAGACUGAUUUUUCUAAGGUUUUAUGGACUGAUGAAAUGAGAGUGAGUCUUGAUGGGCCAGAUGGAUGGGCCCGUGGCUGGAUUGGUAAGGCAGAGAGCUCCAGUCCCACUCAGACGCCGCGCAAAGGUGGGAGGUGGAGUACUGGUUUGGGCUGGCAUCAUCAAAGAUGAGUCAGGGCCUUUUCGCUGAGGAUGGAGUCAAGCUUCCAACUCCCAGUCCUACUGCCAGUUCCUGGAAGACACCUUCUUCAAGCAGUGGUACAGGAAGAAGUCUUCGCAUCCUUCCGAAAACAUGAUUACGCAGGACAAUGCUCCAUCACACGCGUCCAAGUACUCCACAGCGUGGCUGGCAAGAAAGGGUAUAAAAGAAGAAAAUCUAAUGACAUGGCCUCCUUGUUCACCUGAUCUGAACCCCAUUGAGAACCUGUGGUCCAUCAUCAAAUGUGAGAUUUACAAGGAUAAAACAGUACACCUCUCUGAACAGUGUCUGGGAGGUUGUGGUUGCUGCUGCACGCAAUGUUGAUGGUGAACAGAUCAAAACACUGACAGAAUCCAUGGAUGGCAGGCUUUUGAGUGUCCUUGCAAAGAAAGGUGGCUAUAUUGGUCACUGAUUUGUUUUUGUUUUGUUUUUGAAUGUCAGAAAUGUAUAUUUGUGAAUGUUGAGAUGUUAUAUUGGUUUCACUGGUAAUAAUAAAUAAUUGAAAUGGGUAUAUAUUUGUUUUUUGUUAAGUUGCCUAAUAAUUAUGCACAGUAAUAGUCACCUGCACACACAGAUAUCCCCCUAACAUAGCUAUAACUAAAAACAAACUAAAAACUACUUCCAAAAAUAUUCAGCUUUGAUAUUAAUGAGUUUUUUGGGUUCAUUGAGAACAUGGUUGUUGUUCAAUAAUAAAAUUAAUCCUCAAAAAUACAACUUGCCUAAUAAUUCUGCACUCCCUGUAUUGUGGCCAGAAAGAGUCCCUGUGGGUUUUAAAAUUCGCCUGCCUAUUGAAGUCUAUGGCGGUUCGCGAACAUUUGCGGAAGUUCGCGUUCGCCGUUUGCGAACCGAUAAUGUUAUGUUCGCGACAUCACUACCUACAGCCCAUGGUAGUGGUUAUGGUUUUACUGAUGUAUGAGAACAUUUAAUAGUAUUCACCCUGAAGAUUGAAACAAAUAAAUAUUAAGUAUCUAUCAUGUUAUACAGUAAUCUCCAUUUGUGUUAAAAAUAAAAUUUAACACAAGAACAGAAUGUUCAGAGUGACUCACACUGCCUCCUCCUGGUGGAAUCUUCAAAAUUCCAUCUUGCCAAACUUUGGACUUCUUAGUCUUUUGAUGAGUGUACAAAACCUUAAAUGAAAAUCAAAAUCACAGAUAAUGAAUACAACAAAAUUACUUAACUAUUUCAAAACUGCAUAAUAAUAUGUACUUACGGUAAAUACUUGACAAGCCAUGUCUGGAGAAUCAUAUGCUCAGUAAACACACAAAUCAUCUGCAACAAAAUCACAGGUAAAACGGAGGCAAACAUUUCACAAUUGCCAAAAUUCAAGAGAAGGUCUGGGCAGCAGAUUUUAGCACUUCAGUUAUGUGCACUUACCAAAAUAAUACAAAUUGAUUUUUCUUAUGUGAAAUAUAAAUGAGACAAAUUUUCAAUUUCAGUUAUUUUGACCAAAAUGUGCAAUCCCCUUGUCAAUUCUUUAAAUUUUCUGGUUUAAUGAAUAAAUCUCAAUGUCUCAAAGGAUGUCAAUGUCUCCCAAACUCUCAAGGCCUGAAAUAAAAUGUGAGAAAUUUCCAGUCAACUCUUUUGAAUGCAUGGACACCGAGAAUGCAAUGUUAAAAUAUAGAAUGCAUCCUCAGUGUGUUAAACUAGAAUAAAAUAAGUCUUCUUAGACAAAUGUUCUUGAAUUCAGGUCAGUGACCACUCAGCAAUUCAUGGUACACAGUAUAGUGGUCUAGAUGCUAGGUCCAUCUAGGGUUAACCCUGCAGCUGUGAACAUAUGUUUGCAUUAGGGUUAAUUCAGCCUCUAGUGGCUGUCUCAUUGACAGCCGCCUUCGCACUUCUCACUGUGGUUUUCACAGUGAGAAGACGCUUGCGUCCAUAGGAAAGCAUUGAGAAAUGCUUUCCUAUGGACAGAUUGAAUGCGCGCGCGGAUGACGUCGGAAGAGGGAGGAGAGUCCCCAGCGCCGAGGGAGCCUGGCGCUGGAGAAAGGUAAGCGUUUAACACCUUCCUCCCACUAGAGCCUGGCGGGAGGGGGGCCAUGAGGGUGGGGGGGACCUAUUAACACUAUAGUGCCAGGAAAACUAGUUUGUUUUCCUGGCACUAUAGUGGUCCUUUAAUGUUAAGUAGCAAAUUGCUAAUUUUAGGCUAAAAGUUAGUACUGCAGCAAAAUGAUAGAAUUUUGCGAAGAAAGCUAUUUGGCCUACGUUUUGCAGUUUGUCUUUAAAUUACAGACAGUUAAAUGGACACAUGUUUAUAUAGGUUUUUUUUUUUACAUCACUGUUUAGUAGAUAUACCCCAAAUGAAAACAUGCAUUCCUUUAAAUAUGUAUUUUUUUUAUUGGGGAUAUAUCUACAAGCAGCUUGCAAAAGCAGCAGACUACUUGUCUGAAGUCUUUGCAAGCCCUCCCCUUCUAACACAGCCCAGACUUUAUGUGACUAAUCAGUUAGACUUCCCAAUGCAGCUCAGUAAUAUGUCUUUGCAGGGCAGGUGUGCUGAGCAAGUGCCUACAUUUUGCUCCACUUAGCUAAUCAACCAGGAAGUAACAGGACCGGUUGUCUGAUUGACAGCCAGUGGGGUGUAACAAGGUUAAUUUUUAAAAGUAUAUGUUUUAGUACAGCUAUAUUGGCCUAAAUUUAAAAAUUUACUUUGAAUUUCAAUAGCUCACCUUUUAGCAAAAUACCUUUUCGUAAGGAUUACAAAGUUGUAUUCCUUACACUAUAGUUCCCUCUGCCCCCCAGACCUCCCUGUGCAUGGAAAGGGUUAAAACAAACAAACCUUUAUUACUCACCCAACUCACGCAAGCACAGCUCUCUCUUAUGCGCGGGGGGGGGAGGGAGGGUAAGGAGCAAGCUCUUUAGCGCAUUAGGCCUUCUGGGUUUUUACUGAUGCUGGGUGUCCUCAUGCAGAGCCAACAUGAGACUAUAGCAAAGUUGAAUCAUCAUUUUAGAGUUUAUCUAAAAAGUCAUAUGUGAAUUUAGAAUGUUUCAAAUUAGAAAGUGUGAGUAUUAAAUAUUUCCACAAAUUCUGAUGAAACAACUAGGCCAUUCUCUAUGCCAGGGGUGCCCAAAAGAAAGAUCCCGAGAUGUUUUAAAACUACAGUUUCCAUGAUGCUUGUUAUUCUAAAGGCAUGCAAAGCAUCAUGGGAGUUGUAGUUCUACAACAUCUGGGGAUCUGCCUUUUUGGCACCCUUGCUCUAUGGCAUUUCUAUUCCAACCUACCACUCAAAUUAGUUAAAAAAUCUGUAAUUUUGUAUUUUAGCAUUUCUAAUGAUCUGUUUUAGUUAUGGUUGGGCUUUGUUUCUCAUUUUUGAAUUUUUAACCAUAGAGCUUCUAAUUGUUAAUUAAAUCAUCAAGGUUAUUUACUAAAUUAUGAAUUGUGGGGAAUUCAAUGAGAUUUGCAUAAUUUAGGCAGAGACAGGCAAACUGAAAUAACUAUCGAUGUUGACGAUUUUUGAAGAAAAUGUAAAAGAAGCGAUAAACACAGAUAACACGUCACCCUUUCGGCCAGCCCCCUAUCUUCUACACCACACAACAUCCUCCAUGUCCUGCUACAAAUGCUCCCUGACCAUUUGCAUCCUUAACAUCGCAAGGCAUAUAAUACCCUUGUACUGGAAAAAGGACACGGCCCCACCGCUGACCCUUUGUUAUACCAAAAUGGAAGAGUUACGGGUUAUGGAAGAGCUGUGGUACACUGGCAAGACCGAGCGCAGACGCACACGGACAUAUGGGUACCCUGGCUGGCGCGUGUGGUCACGGAGGAGUUCCAGACCAGAUAUCUGGGGGAAGGGAGGGGCGACUUGCUGUGGGGGGAGGUACCUGACGAUCACCAGUAGGAGACACCGAGAGGCGGGUGAGCUGACCUGCACCUGCUUUAAUACCACAUUCUCCCCUUGCCCUACCUCUCAUUCCCGCUUCACCUUCUUCUCUUCCAUCCUGGGGCACGGCCCAGAGAGUGACCACACCAAGAUGCAUCUGCCUGCCUAACAUGUGAGGCAUACGCCCCGCCGGGAGCUGAGCGGCUGGGGUCACUUGCAAUACAUAUGUAUUGGGACCUACGUGUCUCUUCUUGAAAUAUUACGGGUCCUGCGAGCCCUCUGCUUUUUUUUUUUUACCUAACUGACAAUAAAAACAAACACCCUUAAGUGAACGGGAAUUUAAAAACCUUAGAAAGUGUGACUGCAGUGUGUGUGUAUAUAAUGCAGAGUGUGUGCAUUAUAUACACACACUGCAUUCAUACAAACACACACUCAUACAAACACACUCUGCAUUAUACAAACACACACUCAUACAAACACAAACACACUCCGUGUGUAUAUGAUGCAGAGUGUGUGUGUGUUUGUGUAGUGUGUGUAAACUGGGUGGGGGGGAGGGAAUUUUUAUUAUUUUAAUAUAUUUUUUUAAUAUUAUUUUAAUAUUUAUUAUUAUUAUUUUAAUAUUUUAUUAUUUUGUUUCAUUUUAUUUUUUUGUCCCCCCUCUGUGCUAGUUGCUUGGCUAUGUGAAUUCCUGGUGGUCCAGUGGCAUUGGCUGUUCAGUAGGGGGGCUGGCAGCGAGCUGUUACUUACCUUUACAGCAGCUCCUGUUAGCUCCCUUCACCUCCGUGCAGCUUCCGUCAGCUCCGUUCAGCUCACAGUGUAACCCGUGGCAAUGCUCUGAUGGCCGUGGGUGUCGCGAGACUUACACUGUGAGCAGAACGGAGCUGACAGGGGAGCUGCACGGAGGUGAAGGAAGCUGACAGGAGCUGCUGUAAAGGUAAGUAACAGCUCGCUGCCAGCCCCUAACAGGACUGCUGGGCUUGUAAUUAGCCCGGCGGUCCUGGUCUGUAUUAUGGCAAUGUAAGUUGCCAUAAUACAGACCUUGACUCGAGUAUAAGACGAGUGGUGCUUUUUCAGCACAAGAAAUGUGCCAAAAAACUUGUCUUAUACUCGAGUAUAUACGGUAUGUAAAACAAAAUUAAGCCCAACUGAGUUAUUAUAAGGAGGUAUUACCCUACUACGAUGUGAUGCAAGAUCCAAGUGUUUACCAUGUAAGGGACCUGCGUAUCCCAAAGUGACGCUGAUUGUUUGGAGACCUGUGACUCUUACCAAUGCUUAUCAGAUACAAGUUCUAUUUUGAUAAAAAGAAAUUUACAAAAAAAAAGUUUUUUUUUUUUGUUUUUUUUAAAGAGAUAAAUUCCCAACAAUUCUCACUUUAGUGAAAAACCCUGAUUGCUAAAAUAUGGUGUUACCAAAAAAAUACAGUGAGAAGAAAUAGUACACUGUGGAAUUAAUUCCAGACUAAGUCUAUUUUACAAGUUAUUAUAUAGCAACUGUGUGAUCUAACACUAUAGGGUUGAAAAAAAAAACCUCCUCUAACGACAUCCGACGCAGGAUGGCUGGUUAAUGUGCGUGUGCGGCGAACACGUCAGGCCCUCCCUAUAGGAAAGCAUUGCUUCAAUGCUUUCCUAUGGGGUUUUCACAGACGCUGGAUGUCCUUAUGCAGAGCGUGAGGAUGUCCAGCACCGCUUAACUUAGUCAGUGGUUGUCUGGUAGACUGUCACUAGAGGCGGUCUUAGUGCUACAAAGUAACCAUUGCAGUUUCUCUAAAUCUGUAAUGAUUCACAUAGGAGUGCACACGGGGUGUGCCGGGUGUGCCUGGGCACACCCUAAUCACACCUCCGUGCUGCACUGCCUUAGGGCAGACUAACAUGUCGGGUCCUCGGUCUAUGACCGAGGACACGACACAGGAGGGGGCCCGGCGGCAUUGUGGGUGCGAUGCCCCUCCUGUCAGUCUACCCUAAUGGAGAUGCAGCCUCAGUCUGCAGCUCCGCCGGGAUUGAGCUGCAGACUGAAGUGUCUUGCGAUCUCCAGCCUGUCAGAGCGUUGCCGCGGGUUACCAUGGCAAUGCUCUGACUGACUGGAGAUCGCGAGACUCACCAUGUGGUUUGCAGCUCACUCCUGGCGGAGCUGCAGACAGAAGAGAGAGGGCGCCCACUGGACCACCAAGGAAAGUAUUUAAACCCUCUGCCCCCUGUCACUCACUGCCCCUCCACCCCCUGUCAAUGCCCUCCACCCCCCUAACCCCUGUCACUGAACCUCCACCUCCCCUUAUCACUCUCACUGCCCCUCUACCCCCAACCUCUGUUGCUGCCCCUCCACCCCCCUAACUCCUGUCACUGCCCCUCCACCCCUCUUACCAGUCACUGCCCUCCACCCCCUUAUCCCUCUCACUGCCCCUCCACCCCCCAACCCCUGCCUCCACUAACUCUGUCACUGCCCCUCCACCCCUCUUACCGUCCUGCCCCUCCACCCCCUUACCCCCUCUCACUGCUCCUCCAACCCCACACCCUGUCACUGCCCCCCUAACCCCUGUUGCUGCCCCUCUACCCCCUAACCCCUCUCGCCCACACACUGUACCCCACACACACUGCAUCUCUCACAAUCACACACACACUGUACCCCUCACAAUUACACACACACACAUGCACUGCUCACAAUCACACACACUGCACCCCUUACAGGCUGCACUGCUCACAAUCACACAUACUGCACCUAUGUAUAUUUGUAUUUGUAUAUAUAUAUAUAUAUAUAUAUAUGUGUGUAUGUAUGUAUAUACGCGGCGUGUGUUUGCGCUUUAGGGUGCACACCCUAAUGCAACAGGCUGCGCACGUCUAUGAUGAUUCACAAUGCAGGGCUAAGUGGGCCAGCGUGCCUAUAGUGAAAUAAUCCAUAUUAUAGAAUGGGAACACUGUUUAAUAAAGACGUAGCUAUAGGUAUUGCUGUAUGGUCUUUUGUUUAAUAAAUGACAAUAAUGCCCAGCACACUAUAUCCGUACAGCCCCCGUACAGCAGGGUAUCUUCCCGUUUGUUUAUACUCACAUCUGAUACAAUUUCCAAGCGUUCGCGCUUUGUGUGACGUCAUCGAAAGGCGACUGUCUCGCCAAAAAAAAAAAAAAAAAAAUGUUUAAAUAAAAGCACCGCUAAGUGACGAGGGCAGGAGGUUUUCACGGGGUAGGGAAAUUUGAUAGAACACCGGCACGGUUUUUUAUUUUUUUAUUCUUAUUUUAACAGCGCCGUUACUGCUUUUAGUUAUAUUCGCAGAUUUGUUUCUUAGGGAUGGUUCUGAAGCGGUAAAGGCUCAUAGACGGGAAAUUACGACAGCGAGACGAAUGCGGUUGCCAUGGUGAUGAAGGCGCGCCGCGGGCAGCCCGCUGUUCCGGUCCUCGCAGACACCGGCGUCUGGUGACGUUUAAGCCCCGCCCGCGUGCACAUUCCAGCCUGGGGAGAGGUCACGUGACCGCGUGGAAGGCAGCAGAGACAGAACACCGGUAAUGUGACAUGCAUCUCCUGCAUGUAAAUAAUGGAGGGGGCAAUCUGAGUGUGGCUCCCUGGGCAGGCCACAUUAUACAAUGUGAAUGUGUAAGCAGGGUGUGCAGUCAGUAGUAGCCUUCACAAUGCACCUUUAUAAAAUAUUAAUAUUCCUCAGUGUUAAAGUGCAGGUCAGGACCAGCUUAUAGGAGGGUUAUUUUUUUUUAAAGGUUAUUUUUGUAACUUUUUCUGCACUUUUUGUUUGGCUGGGAUAUUUAAUGGCUGAUGUGGAGGUGGUAGUGCACUGCUCUAGAAUGUAUAAAGUUGUUUGAGCAAACUCCUCAUAAAGUUAUUGUUCCUGUAACAUUUUGUAAUGGUCUUAUUUAUUGUUAUAUUUUCCACCUUUGUAAUAUUGUAAAGCGCAGUUAGCCAUUAUUAUUCUUAUUGGUAUUUAUAUAGUUCCAACUUAUUGUGCAGCACAAUAAGUUGGAGCUAUAUAAAUACCAAUAAUAAUAAAUCUGUACAGUGUGCAAUGUUUUACUGCUGUAUAAAUGUUGGGAUAUUACUGGAAACAGUUUGUUGAUAUCCUUGUAUAUAAGCCAGAUAAACCAGUGCUAUGCAGUGGUGGUGUUAGCAGUGCAACAAUAUGUUGCUCCAUGUUAGUUCAAGGAGAUUACUUUUUGUUUAGUAACUUGGAAUUUGUGGAGAAUUCAGUUGAGUUAUAUAUUUAUAUGGAGUAUGUUUUUUAGGAGAAACUUUGUAAAUUCUGCCCUUUUCCCACAAUUCCCAAUUUAGAGGAAUACACCUUACUUUAAAAUAAAUCAUGAUAUUUAUUUCUAGAAAUGGGUGCCAGAUUUUUUUUUGUUGAAAUUUCUAGUCUGAGAAUUGUUUUUCUUUCUUUCUUUUCUAAUCCUCUAGGUGCCAUAGAAAGAUAAAUUCAUCUAAAAGGUAUGCCUGCAAUUGCUCUUUUAGGAUUAGCUUCCAAGAAUUGUUCUAGAGUGCUUACGUUACAUAAAGAAGGGAUGUUUAGCUGCAGCCUUCAGAUCUAUUAAUGGUAGGUGUGUUCAAGCUAUUUCUGCAGUGGGCCACUUUAUCAGAAAUGUAUGUGUGCGUGGGCCGCACUCAUUGUACACUGAGAGAGAAUAUGGCCUUUUAGCUGUGUAAUGGAUGUUAAUACUGGGUUAACCUGACAGUAAUGCAAAAGCAGCCGACAAAUCGUACUUUUAUAUAUCGUUCUAACAAUACAAAAUAUUAUAAACCGUAAAAUUUAAACUGCACAAUAAGGUUACAAAGUCUAAUGAGAGUACUGGUAACUAACUGAACAAUUUUUGAGAAGCAGGGAAUUCAGUUAGGCCACAUCUUAACCUGGACUCCAAGUUAACAUCACUUAACGUGGUUCUCAUCUUGUAUUUGAGCAGCUUUAUAAACGAGUACGUACUUUAGUGGAUUCAGGCAGGAUGGAGCACACUGUGGGUAUUCGGCUGGACUUAGGCAGGCUGAAGCACUCUGUGGGUAUUGGCUUGGAUUAUGUGGGCUUUAAACUUGCUGGAGAUGGUGUUGCUCUUCCACGUAGCUUUCCUCAGCCUGAUGUUCACACUGUCCUGGUGUGCUCCUGAUUUUCCUCACUGACUCUUGUGCAUGAACUCAUGGGCAGGGUAGAUGAGGGAUUAUGCGCCAUACACUAUCUGUUGUGCUCUGUCUGUGUCUCUGACACUGCUUCAUUUUUAAUUGACAUGUGCGCAUAGCAGUUGGACGUGUGGUUACUCCUGCAUUUGUCCAGCGGGCUACAUGUUGGAUGCCCCUGCUUUAUGGACUCAAAACCCAUACAGCUAAAGGCUUACAAAACCUUUAUAAGAGUUGUAGUUCAACAAAAUUAAGGACUAAUGUUUGUCUCAUAUCUGUAUGAUGAAUUUUAUUUUAGUUCUUGGAACCAGUUGUUAUAUGCCAGUUGACACCAACACUAAAGUAUGCAGGAAUUGACCCACAAUUUUGUACUGCAUUAUCUAAGUAGUUUUGUUGUAUUUUUGUGUGUGUUUUAAAAUGAAUGGGCCUCUCCCAACACUGCACAUCUAUCAUUAAAGUAAAUUAGAUACUUAAUUGCUUUAAAAAAAAAGUUCUUCACUUUAUAAAUCCUGUGCAUAAAGUGCCAAGUUUGAACAUAUACGUGUGUGUGAAGUGCCAAGAUGUGAGCACAUAAAUCCGGUGCAAAAUGUGAGUGCAUACAUUAUGUGAAUUGCAAAAAAGAGCAUAUAGCCAUGUGCAUAAGCAUGCAAGUGGGAAUAAACAGAACCACCAUAUGUGUAUGUGCAAUAUAUAAAGAAAUCAUCUACUUCCUUGCCAUUGGAGGAUCCAUCAUUGUUACACUAUUGUGACCCCCAAUAUUCUGGUCUUUGUUACUCCCUCACAUUCUGAACAGCAAUUGAGUGUUCAAUUAAUUCUACCAAAACAGAUUUACCAUGUGGGAACUGUAGAUAAAGAGGGCCCUGACCAAACAAGCUUUGGAAGGGUGGGGGUUCUCUCAAUUGUAACUUUUUACAACUAGUACACAACAAGUACAGUUAAAGAAAAAUGCCUACAAUAUGUUACAUUUACAUCUCAUAGGUGUUUUGCGUUGGGGGAUAUAUAUAUAAAUUUUUUUUUUUUUAUUUUUUUUUUUCCUGGUGAGUUUGCCAGACGUGCAGUGGCAAGUCCAUUUUAAAGCCUGGCUAGCAGUGUAGACAUGUUUUGUGUGUGUAUAUAAUUUUAAAAGGAUUUGGCUAUUUUUGGCAGUUACAUUUCACAUACUAUAAGGAGCAUAUGAAGAUUUUGGUUCUAAGAAUUUCCAUACUGGGUCUAUAAGUGUAAUUAAGAUACAAACCACAAAAGCUGUCUUCAUCUUUAUCUUGGGGUAUUUUGCAUUGCCAUUGUAUACCUUUUAUGGAGCAGGGAGUACAGCUUAAUCACCUGAGCAGAGCGGGCAUGCCCAUCCCACCCACAUUUUGUUUAUCCUCACAAACGUCACUAAUAGUUUAUAAUCUUUGGCUAUAAUUACUUAACAUGUUUGCUAGAUUCAUUAUAGGAAAUUAUAAAGUAAAAUGUGUAUUAGUGCUUAUUACCAAAUAAAAAUGAAUAUAAGAAUACACAAGAUAUUUUAAAUUGUAGCUGCUAUCACACUGUGACGUGAUCAUUUUAGGAAAUGUAGCAGUUCGCAAUUCAACUCUGUAAAAUUAUCCCUUUUCUUUAUUUUCAUUUUGAAAAUGUGAAUAUUGAAUAAAGUGUAAGCAAGAAGUAGUCAGAGUUGCUCACAGCACAUGUCAUAUAAUCUAUCAAUGUGGUAGUAGAACAUGAAGAAACCAGAAAUAAUAGGAAGCCAAAAAAGUGUGGUGGCAUUUAAGGCUGUGUGUUGUAUUGUACGAACGGCAAUGAUAGCUGAUCAGUUGAUUUAUAGAGGGAUAGUUUAAAAAAAGAAUUAAGAGAGUUGCAGCUGUGUGUUAAAAGGUAAGAAGAAAAUAGAAACACAGUCAAUGUGUGACCAGAGCAAAAAUAAUUGGUAAAUGAUGAGAUUGGGGGUAAGAAAAGUUGGGGUAGAGGGAAGACUUACAUCAUCAGUAAGCCAUGGAUGAGCUUGCCUUUCUCAUAAACAAUUUUAUUGAGACAUGGAUUGUUGUGUAAAUGAUUUUUGCAUAGCAAAAUUCAAAUAUUGCUGAUUUUGUAAAAUUAUGUUGGGUAAUCGUAAACCAGGGCAGUCAUCCCAUCACUAUCAAAAGCCUCCCUAUUAUUAUAAGUAACGGUUGAUAUGGAGGUUGCUAGAUAUUGUUCCUGAGUUCUGCUAUGGCUGGUCAAACUUGAUUGCCAAUUUCUUCUCUGAGUUAGGUAGGGCUUUUGCUAGAUUGAAGAGGAGGCAAAUACAGAUGUCUUAUGUGGGAAAAGGCUUCUAGAAUAAUCUUGAACUAAGAACCUUUGCUUCCUUUCAUAAGGACACAAGCUGUGGGGUAGCUUAACCACAACUGAAAGAAAUUAAAGGAAGGACAUCAUAUAUCUAUAUUUUAGUAUACAUUAGUUUAUUACUCAAACAUGAUCUCUGUUUAUAUGUUAUCAGGGUAGUCAAGCUUUAGAAUUCCAGAUUAUGUGGACUACACCUCCCUUGAUGCUUUGCCAUAAUUAUGGGAGAUGUAGUCCUUAAAAUAAAAGGUAGCCUUUACCUCGGUUAACUAUUAAAAAAACAUUUAAAAACAAAUGUCUACUAAAUAACAGGUGUUCUAGAGAGUAAAAUAGGAGAGUCAACAGGAAAAUACAUCAUCAUUUAACAUUAACACCCACCUAACUUAUCAACUUAUUAGAUAUUGUAAUUGGCAUAUUUUUUAUUUUACUUAAUGCCUAAAACAAGCAAACUUCAUAAUACCUACCCAUUCACCAAAUCAACUGAAUUAAUCUUAAACAAAAUUAUAUAAAAAGAAAGUACUGUCAUCAAAAUUAAUGAUAUAUAUAUACACACACAUUUUUAAACUAGUCUGUUUGUGAAAGGUAAUAACUAAAACUGCAACUAAGUUUGUGACAAAUAUGGAAAUAUGUACAAGAAAGAACAUUUCUAUGCUAGAUGUAAUGGAAACGGUCAUAUUCAGGGAAGAUUGAGACUUUUUUUCUUGCUAAGGCACAUCAUUGCCAUGGAUAAGGGAGAUGAAGUCCCAGAAUAAACUUGUUUAUUUUCUCCCUGCUGUGUUGGAGCAAGCAUUGUGAGUUAAUGGGCAAUGUGCAUGAUGUCCGCAUUCUUGAGAGCGUUUUUAUUUACCUGCAGAUUUUAGUCUAUGAUGUGUUUGCAACCAGAAUGGACCUAAAUGGGGCUGUCCUUAUAGAUCAAGUUUAGGACCAAAUAUGCCUAGCAUAUAAGGCAUGUAAUCUUUUAGUUUAAAUAAUUUUUAAAAAUACAGUAUUCCUGUACACCAUUGUUGUUUUUUACUAAAUACUAUUUGAGUGAAUUUUCUCAGUGUUCUCAUAAACGUUAGGCAAGAGGAAAGCAUUGAUGGCUAACCUUGACACCAUAAAUUGUUUCUGAACUAGUCUAAAAGCUUGCUGAGCAUCAUAGAAAAUGUAGUCCAGAAACAAUUUAUGGUGUCAAGGUUAGCCAUUACUAUCUUAAAGGGUGUUUGUAUGUAAAGGGCAAAGUUGGUUUCCAUGGUGACUGCUUCACUCUUAGAACUUUGCCCCCAUAAUUUCUUUGUACAUAUCCCACAUAGCUUCCCUUAAUAGUGUACUACUAUUUAACAUCAAAUCAUUAUUUUUUUUUUUUUUUUAAACUUAAUGCAUAAACCAACCAAAUUUCAGAAUACUUGCCCAUUCACCAAAUCAACUGAAUUAAUCUUAAACAAAACUACAUAAUACAUAAAGUCAGCAAAAUCAAUGUGAGUGUGCAGCAUAUUUAUUUUACAAUUAAAGUACGGUUACAAGGUGUUAAACAUUUUAUUAUGCAAGUUAUAAAGAGCAAUGAGUUGAACACUAGGCAAUUAGCAGAUUCUUCCAUAUAUUUUACAUAUCAUGUGUUGGGAUGCAGGGUUGGUGUUGCCUGUUCCUGGCUAAGUGCCAAACGGUUGCUAUCUCUGGUCUUGGAUAGUUAUUUACUAAAGUGAGAAGUCAAAGUGAAUUUCAAAUUUAAGACCAGAAUAGCCAAACUGGAGGUAUAGCUGAAUUUUUCCAGUUGAACUAUUUUGAUCUUAAAUUUGAAAUUUAUUUUGAAUUCUCACUUUAGUAAAUAAUCCUGUUAGGAUAGUUUGUAACACAUGUGUUGUGUCAUCACUUUUGAGUAUUUUGUAAAGAUAACAUUUUUAUGAAAUUACUUAUAUUGCCUGUGUUGGAACUUCAUUAAAAUGCCAGUGAAAUAAAGUUAUCCGAGGACACAGUGAGUAAUUAUUUUAUAGGUAACUGAAAGGUUGAUGAAAAGUUUAAAAAAGGUGAAAUUUUGCCUUCACAUUUUGUCAGUUUCCAACAACCAUCUUUAGCGACGACUGUAAUAACAAUCUGGUAUUUUCCUUGCAUCACAAGAGUUGGACUGUGAAGGAGGCCUUGGUGUGACCAGGAUUUUCCAUAGACUUCAGAGUUUUCAGCUCGCUAAUGCAUGAGAAUAUAGCAUAUUGACUCCAGCUCCUGGUGAAUGAAACACCAAGAGCUUAAAAAAGAAUAGGGCAAUGUCCAUGAGAGUGUGCUGCAGGUGAGUAUAUCUAACAUCUGCCUCACACAUAGAACUAGGAUCUCACCUUGGGGGAGUCUGCAUAUUUUGGUGACUCAGCCACCUUAAAGGAACACUCCAUGUAUUCCUGACCCUAUAGUGUUUAAACCACAAUUAGGUGGCCUCCCCCCACCCUUUAGCCCCACGUAUAAAAGUUUAAAACUCACCUUAUUUCCAGCACUGUGCGGGUCUGCCGGUGUUGGCUCUGCCCCCUUUGUGACACUAUUUCUCAUAGGGAAAGCAUUGGAUUGGCUAAAAUCGGCACGGGGUCAGGCCAAAUGCCAUUUUGGCCUCUCAUGAUCACUAUGAAGAAAAUUUAGCUUCUUUAUGCAGGGCAUGGGCGCACUGACCCAGGAAGCGCCUCCAGUGGCCAUCUAAGCAGUGGCCAAUUGGAGGUGUCCCUAGAGCCAAUGUAAAGAAAAGGCAGUGUUUGCAUGAAAAAAGCCUGAAGGGAACUAUUAUACUCACCAGAACAACUACAUUAAGCUGUAGUUGUUCUGGUGACUAUACUGUCCCUUUAAGUCUCUCAGGGGUUGAUGCAAUAAAUACUAAAUUAACUACAAUUUUACAAUUAUUUUAAAGGAAGACUCCAAGUACUAUAGCCACUACAGUGGCUACAGCUGUAGUGCCCUGUGGCCACCAUAUGUUACUAACAAAACAUUGGUGAACAAUUUUAAUGGAGUUUGUGGGGCUCCUGUCUCUCUCUCUAUGAGGGCUGGAAACAGCAGCAUGGAGCUUCCAUUAGAUCUCCUGUCAGCUGCUCUCAGACAGUGAGCUAACCCUGCAACACUAAACUAGUUCAAUGCAAAGAGCUUUAAACUCUUAUAAACAUGGUGUCCAGAAGACCCCAGGUAAGACGUGAAACUGUUUUCAAAUGGUUUGACUUCUUACAUUGGGUAAUCCUUUAAUGUACCUCAAGCCACUUCAAACUGUAUUCAUAUUCCCGAAGAAACCUAGUGCAGUAAGUAUAAUUUGGUUGAAUAAAAAAGAGUUCUAAUUGACGUUGCCUUUAAAGGAUUACUCCAAACAUAAACAAUGUUUUAGUAAAAAACAGAACUGUUUUUGGACAGUGUAAACCUCACUGGCAAUGUCCCCCCCACCCCCCAUGUAGAAUUAAAUUAACUUGUGUUCCUACAGUUUCCCUGUAGUCAGAUCUGCUUAUGAGCAGAAUUAAAGAGACACAAAACUCACCUGAACCACUAUAGCAUGUCCCUACAAGCUCUGCAUCUCAGAGAAAAGGUGGUGCAUGCAAUGUUGCCCAAGUCCACCCAAGUGUCACUCAGACAGCAGCUAGAGGGACUUCCUGGAGGACCAGUGUUAAGCAUCUCUACACUGCAUGGAGAUUAUGAAUGCUCCCCAAAGAGAUGCAUUGAGGCGGUGCUGAUUGGUUCAGCAACUUGCUAUAAUUUCCUUAGCAUUAAAGAGAAUAAAUAGUACUAGGAAUACAAAGUUUUAUUCCUAGCACUAUGGUGCCCCCUUCCCUCACACCCCUCACAGCGUUGAAAGAGUUAAAAACCCUUUUGUCCCUUACUGCUUUUUAGCGCCAAUGUCCCUCUGCGUUGGGUCAGACUCUGUACCUGCCAUCAGCUGGCGAGGAGGAUCUAAUGCGUAUACGCAGCAAGUGCUGCGAUCAAGUUAGAUUUAUCCCAUAGGAAAGCAUUGAAUCAACGCUUUCCUAUGGGGUUUUAGCUGAUGCUGGAUGUCCAGUGUCCAGCGACAAAAAGUCACCUAACUUCCUGAAGAGCUUCUGGAGAUGGAAUUAACCCUGCAUUGGGAUUAUUGUAGUUUAUCAAUAACUACAAUAAUUACAAUUGCAUGAUUAAACUGACUGACACUGCACCCAGACCACUUCAAUGAGCUGAAGUGGACUGGGUGCCUAUAGUAUCCCUUCAAGUCUGGAACUAUCCUUCUAUCCUGACUAACGGCUGAGUUGUUACACCUCUGGCAGCUGCAUGUGCAGUCUCCAAGCAUCAUAACCACUUCAAAACACAGAAGUAGUUAUGCUUGGAUCAACCCUUUACCAGUAAUAAAUACAUAUGCUAGUCUGUGAGCUCCAUGUUUGCAGCUUUGCUAUGAGUGUACAAAUACAAAAAGAAAAGCAAAAAGAUGGUGUAUCUAGACAACCUAAAAUAGAAUUGGAAAGUUCAUAGCUAUCUGAAUGUCAGCAGUAUCAGACUGGUAGCUGCCAGACAAAAUGCUAGAUUGAUAAAAUCAAAAAUAAAUACAUUUUAUUACAAAUCCUAAUAACAAAAAAAGUGUGUGUGUUUGUAUAAACCGUGAACAUAUAGUGUGUACUGACAAUCAAUAACCUAUUAAGAAGGACCCUGUGGUGCUAAAACUGAUAAACAAUUGCUCCGAUCACGAAUCUGCAAAUGCAGAUUGUAAGCAUUUUAUCAGAUGUGAGAAGGGUAUCAUCUGUAAAUAUGCAAGACCUCUAAUUACAUUACAAAAAUGUCUAGCCUGCCUAGUAUAACAUAGGACACAAGGUCACACAUUUAGGCUGGAAGAAAGGAGAUUUCAUCUUAAGCAAAAAAGUUUUUUUUUUUUUUUUUAACAGUAAGAGCAAUAAGGAUAUGGAAUUCUCUGCCUGAAGAGGUGGUUUUGUCCUACUAUACAGAUGCUUAAAUUGCAAUUGGAUAAAUUCUUGCAAAAACAUAACAUACAGGGAUAUAAUUUCUAAUUAGUGGGGUAAUAGCUGCUUGAUCCAAGGAGACACCUGACUGCUAUUUUGGGAUCAAGAAGGAAUUUUUUACCUAGUUUGUUGCAAAAUUAGAAGCGCUUCAGACUAGUGUUUUUGCAUUCUUUUGGAUCAACAGAAAAAAACAUAUGUGAGGAAGGCUGAACUUGAUGGACGCAAGUCUCUUUUCAGCUAUGUAACUAUGUAUCUGGAUUCGAAAACUGGAAUCUUAUCAGUGCUAAAGCUACUGAAACUGUGUCCGUUUGAGCAGGACUGAUAAGAAAUUCACAGAUACAUUGGCAAGUAUGUUAACAAUAAGAUCAAGUUAAAUAACGGCCAAUGCUGAGGAGAAAACAUUCCGACGCUACAGAACAGAAGUGAUAGCAAAAAAUGCUUUAGAAAUUGAGCUAAAUGAUAUAGAGCAAUUGGCCCAAGUCCAAAAACUAGGUAGCUUACAAAUCCUUCUGAUAAGUGCUAACUAUUGAUCACAUAGCUAUUAAUAUCUCUUAAGUAGGCAGAGAAUGAAGCAUCAGUACUUUACAGCAGAGUGAACUAAUUCUUAGAAAGCAGGCAUCAUUUAGCUCAGGACUGGUGUAACAUAUGCAGGCAAAUUGCCGUGUAUGAGGCUGGACCAGUGUAAUAAAUCUUGCUUGGAUGUUAAUAGCUGCUGAAGUUAAAGAGCGAACCAGAUUGUAUCAGAUAGUAGAACUAGCCGGUUUGAACAUUACUACGGGGGUUAGCAACAGUCCUUAAUCUAAAUAGAUUAUAAAUCCUAUAGUCACUCUAGACCUUUAGGCAUUAAAUCAAAAAAGCGCAUGGAGUAUCUAUUGGUGUUACUCCUUCUUGCGCCGAGUUAUUCAAUAAAUCUAACCAUCUCAAUAAAUGAAUGAAAACGGCAUCUGAAUAUUAGUUGCUGCAGAGUUACCUGCAACUAACUAAGGCUGCUCUCCCCCUGUGCAUUCAAGGGCACCUGUCACUAGUCCCACUGAUCUAGUGAACGCUACUAUUGGAGUAUUUUCAAAAUGAAUAAAUUUAAUAAGUAAAAUAGCACGGUGGCAGGACCAUGUGCUAGACUCAUAAGAAUAGGGGUAUUUGGGGUUACCCCCCACUUUAACGUAUCUAGGAGUUGGCUCUACCUCUGUCUUCUUUCCUGUACAUAUACAAAAAUAAUGAUAGGCUAGCCUGUAGCUUACAAUACAUCAGCAGCGCUUGGUCAAGCAUUCAGAACUUCAAUGCUGUACUCCAUCAAACAGAUUUAGAUUUUUCUUUUAUUCCCAAAAAAUAUAUAUAUUUUAUUAGGGAUCGACCGAUUAUCGGUUUUGCCGAUAUUCCGGGUUUUUGAAAUAAACGAUGCGUGACCAAUUUGUCCCAUCUCCAAGUCUCGCGAUUCACGAAGCCCUGACCAUCAAAGUGUUCUGGCCAGUUACCGUGGCAACGCUCCGUGCGGCACAACCAGGUGCGCAAAUCUCAAGACUUUAGAGAGGAGCUGAAGGAGUGCAGUCCUCCUUCUACCUUCUAUUUGUGCGAUGUUGCAUCUGAGCUUGUUGAGAAGGCCCCUUAAGGUGCUCACCGUCACUGGAUUGUGCCCAGCAUUCGAGAGAUGGGGGAUUACGCCCUUUCACCAUCUACCUGUCUGUAGUUUCUGCGUCUGUGAGGGAGUGCUCACUGGAGGAUCGAGAAGACAUAGCACAUGAAGCCAUGACAGGGAGCUGCGAAAGGUAGUAAUGACACAAGCUACAAGUUAAGCAUGCUAAUAAUGUAGUAUGCCCUUAGGGAUUUUACCACACAGUAGAUUAUAAAAAACUCACAAGAUAUAAAAAGGUUAUGACUCACUUUAAAAGGCUUCAAUCUAUUUGAGCCAAAAAAAAGCCCUCACAAAACAAACUAGACCACCAGACACAGAAUUAAUUGAUUGUUUUUUCAAAAUGGUAAAUGUACAGAGUAUCGGUAAGUUGUCGGGUAUUGGCUUGAAAGUUCAAAGAUUAUCUGUAUCAGCUCUAAAAAAUCAUUAUCGGUUGAUCCCUAAUUUAGACCCUUUAGGAACAUCUGAACAUGCAAUGCAUGUGAUGCCUAGUAAUCCAUUAUGUGAAACAACUAGCGUAUAGCCUAUGCAUCUAUUCACAGGUUGCCUGUAACUUGAUCAAAAAUGAAUGAGUCUCUUAUUUGAGUGAAUAGACGCUAUCAGCAGGCUUCAUUCACUUGAUUUCAUCAUUUAAAUGUAUUGAGUGACUGAAUUUUACUUGUAUUCGAUCAGGCAUCUCAUACACUGAUUCCUUCAGUUUCUCCUACAUUCCAUUGCAGCCAGAGAAUUCUGGAAGAUGUAGGCCAUCGAUGUCUGGGGGGAAAAGAUCUGGGAUCCCUGUACUAGAUGCUAUAAUCUAUUUGAAUGGGAAAAUUCAUAAUGGUUUUAACAGACUUUUUUUUAUUUAUUUUUUUUAUUAUCCAGUUCUGCUAUUUUGGCCUAAACCUUACAACUGCCAGUUCUCCCCUUUUCAUAGUCUGCAAAAAUCCUUUCACUGUUCAUGUGUAACCAGGGGUGGAAUUGGGGGCUUAUGUGUUUUUAUAUAGGUUAUUGCUUUGCAGAUACAUGUCUGGACCACCUGUUUAAAGACUCUUAAAAUUUAUAUUUUGGUUUAUCCACCGGAGUGGGGAAUCUGUGUGUGUCUCUUUCUAGUCAAGUAGUUUCUUGAGUUCACAAUAAGCCAAGCGAAACAUAACUGAACAGUGUCAAAAGCUUACUGAUCUAACAAGCUCUGUAAAGGUAUGGGGGGCAUUUAACUAUCUACAUUGUAUGCAUAGUUAUGGAAACAUGUCAUCCUUGUGUGUUGGUAGCUUGAGGAGUGCUUCCUAUCUAGACACUGGGGAGUAUGGCUCAAUAUACAUACCAUUUACACCUGAUGCAGAACGACAUGGGUAAUGGAUUGUGUUUUAUGUGUUCUAUUGCUCCUGGCAACUUGCCUUUUGAGAGAUUUCUCUUAUGUUGUCUUACACCUGGUCUCUCACAGUAUCCGUUCGUAGAAUUUUUAAAUUCUCUUGCUAUUAGUUUGAAAUUUAUUAGACUUUCUUCCUGUCUGUAUAAUAGGAAUCCUUUGUUACAUUGUGUUUUGCUGAGGCUUUGCUUCGUCUAGCUUCAUCUAAAAGUGCUUUCAGCCUUUGGAUCCAACACCCUCCCCACUUUCAAAAUGUUUUCUACCCAAAUCAUCGUGACCACUCUAAUGCUUUACUCCUCUAAUCCCUGUGGGAAGGCAACUGCCAAUCUUUUUUGCAUACUCUGCAAAGCAGCGUAAUGCAUGUAUGAAACUGAGCUGAGCUUGGAUUUGAAUUAUUUAUCUCUUUAUUACUGUUUCUUUUGAAUAAUAUCGAUUUACUGCAACACUCUUAUGCUCAAUGCUACUGUAUCUGGAGUCCACGUGUAAUUUAAUAAUGGCUUAUAAAUGCAUGGGUCAGCAACCUAUGGCACAGCAGUCAUGGCUGCCAGAGACAAACAGUGGGACUUCAUAUAUCUGCUAGUGCAAACUGAGUGGUUAUUCCAGGUGGUAUGGGGCAAUAAUCUAUUUACGCACUGCAGCACUUAGAGGAAGUGAUCUCAGAUCUUUUUUUAUCCAAGCACUUGUGAACAGGAAUUCUUGAGUAAAGCAGCCCGCAGCAGCUAUCGCAGCUCCUGCCCUUAACAUGUGCCUGAACGUUGUGGUCCCCACUGGACCCCAGGGAAGCCACCCACACUGCUGGAAAUAAACAGAGCUGCAGAAGAAGCCUCCAACUCCUACAAACACACAUACAGUCCUCACAACACCACUACCAACCCACACACAUCCCAACAAGCAACCUUUCACAAGCAGGGCUCCAAACACAUGAUUGAUCCAAACCUACUUCUCCAUUUUUGAUAAAUGUUCAUUAGUGAUAGAUUUGUGAAUGCCAAGCCAGAAGAUUACUUUAGAAAAUAUUUGGUUAUGGUGUAAAAGGAUAGAUUGGUCAGGAAGAUUAUAAUCAUUCUGUGAUUCUUGAUUUACUAAAACCUAUAUUUAAGUGUUUGCCUGGAGUGGACAUGGUCACCACAAAUCUUGGACAUUAUGAGAGUGGAGUAGUGUACAAAAUAGUGGCUUCAGUCUGCUAGAACCUCAAAUUAUGUGCUGCACUUAAGUUUACUAGCUCUACAAAUUUAACACUGGAAGCAGAAUGAUUGUUUUUAUACAGCAGUCUGUAAUAUCACAAUGUGAAUCCAUAUGUAAUGUUAGCUUGUCUAAAAAAGCUAAGUACGGUAGUUCUCUUUUGUGUUUGUUCACAUUCCAAAACACUGGUAUUCCUAAAUGUAAAACUGCAGUUUUACCACAAGAUGGCACCAUUUAUCAGGUUUUGUCUUUUAGAAAGUGCCUUUACUUGUGACUUGUAUACAUUAUCGAUUUGUAUAGAAUAGCUAAUAUUUAUAAAGUGACCUAUUAUUUAUUAUAGUUUGCACAGAUCAAGCACUAAAGCAAUUGUAAAAUAGGGUUUUGUGUUAUACAAAUUGUGCAAGUCAUAGACAGACAUUGCUAAUUGUUUAAUUCAUAUUCAGAAUUUUAUUAUUUAAGGCAUUUAUAUUGUGCCAACUUAUUCUGUAGCGCUGUAAUAUUAUAAAGGGUGAAUUUAACAAUAAAUGAGACGAUUAAAACAGUGGCCUUGUCCACUUAACCCCUUAAGGACCAAACUUCUGGAAUAAAAGGGAAUCAUGACAUGUCACACAUGUCAUGUGUCCUUAAGGGGUUAACCCUGCAAUUGUAAUUAUUUAAAGGGACACUGUGAUCCUUUUGCACUUAGUGCAAUGUUUACAUUGCAGCUCUCAGUAUGCCCUCUAGUGACUGUCUGCCAGACAGCCACUAGAGGGCUUCCGGAAUAUAAACCAACCAUUGGUCGGUUAUCCAAUGCUGGACAUCCUCACGGACCUCCAGCGUCAGAUUUUCCCCAUUGGGGAGGUCUAAUGCGCGUGUGGCCAUUGCUUCGCAUGCGCAUUGGGUCUUUCCCCUGCUGGCUGAUGGCGGGGGAUGCGCAUGGGCGGAGCCUGACCCAGCGCCGAGGGACAGGUAACCAGUGCUGAAUUCAGGUAACUAGCUGAAGGGGUUUCAACCCUUUUAGUGACAUGGGGAGGGGGGCACUCCAGGAUUCUCUAGUGCCAGGAAAACGGGCACAUAAAGGGAAUCAACACCGUAAAAGAGGAGACCUAUUUAAAAAACAAAACAAAAAAAACUACCACAAAAAGAGGACAUAGUCUUAAAUUAGAGGGGCAAAAGGUUUAAAAAAUAUCAGCAUGUAUUCCUUUACUAUGAAAUUCGUGGAUGCAUGGAAUAGCCUUCUAGCUAAAGUGGUAGAGGUUUAUACUUUGAAGGAGUUUAAACAUGCAUGGAAUAGGCAAAACGCUAGCCUAGCUAUAAGAUGAGACCUGGGACUUAAUGAGAGUACAGUGGGACCUGGGUCUACAAAUGCCUCGGUUAACAUAAUUUUCAGUUUACAAAUGAAAAUCCAUUGAAAAUAAGUCCUUGGUUUACAAAAAUUUUGCAAUACAAAGCAAGUUUCCCCAGGAUGCAUUGCACCUAGGAGGUGUAUAGCACCGCCCCCUGCAUGCUGGAGCCUGUGGGUAGCACGUGGCGUAAAGUGUGGAGGUGUUGGAGCGCCUUUUGCAUCGAGUUUUGGAGCCAUUCUGGAAAUUGUUUGCAGUUGUUUUGGGACUUUUUGGUGCAUUUCUCAAGCUGUGGAUAGGUAUGGAGCUGAGUUUGCAUGCCUUUUAUUGUGUGUUCUGCAUUGUGGGUUGGUUUCCAUGCCAGCUCAUUUUGACUUUUUUCUGACCUCCAGAACAAAUUAAUUGGUUUUCAAUGCAUUCCUAUGGGAAUCCUCAUUUCGAUUUACAAAUGUUUCGCAAUAAGAAACAUCCCGGAGAACGCAUUAAAUCCGUAAACCAAGGUCGUACUGUAUUUAGAAAAUUGGGCAGACUAGAUGGGCCAAAUGGUUCUUAUCUGCCGUCACAUUCUAUGUUUCUACAUCGGCGCUGGAAUCAGGUAAGUGACAAAGGGUAUUUUAAUUCUCUUUCAGUGCUGUUACAGAAACAAUAGAUUUAUUGCUCAAACGAACUUGCAAUCUAUAGAAUAUAUACAUAUUCUAUAAUAGAAUUGGUAACUAGGCAAAAUUGCUUCAAAUUUGUUUUGGACAAAUUAGCAUUCCCCUUUAUAAAAUGCUUAUUUGUUUAAAGGGACACUAUAGACACCCAGCAUACUUCAGCUCAUUGAAGUGGUCUGGAAUGUCCCUUUUGCUUAGUGUUGCAACGUAAAACAUUGCAGUUCCAGAGAAACUGUCUACAUUGCUGCACUAAGUUUGCCUUCAGUGACUGUCUACCAGACAGCCACUGAAGGUGCUUCCUGCAUCCGAACAGACCUUUGGUCUGGCAUCUGACGCUGGACGUCCUCAUACUCUGCAUGAGGACAUCCAGCGCCAGCUUUUUCCCCAUAGGAAAACAUUGAUUCCUAUGGAGAGGUCUAAUGCGCAUGCACAUUAGCAUCCUCUCAUCGCGAGACAAAACAGAGGGUGGAGCAGCGACCCAGCUCCAAGGGACAUUGGCGCGUUGAUAAGGUAAGUAAAGGGUUACUCCUUUAUUCACCGGGGGGAGGCAGAGGGAGCUAUACAGCUUUGAAUUCCAGGCACUGUAGUAUCCCUUUAAAGCAGAACCAAUUGGUGUACAAGGUAGAAUUUUAGGUCAAUGAGAAUAUGAUUCUAAAACGGUGAAGUGCUUUGUGUCUGGAAACCAGGAAUGUUUUUUUUGCCACUUCCUUUUUCUUCACAUAAUGGUCUAAAGCAUUGUUCCCCCAACCCAGUCCUCAUGAACUACCAACAGUGCAGGAUUUAUGUAUUUCCCUGUUUUAUUCCAAUGGAGAUACUGACAACACCUGACUGGUGGUCCAUGAGGACUGGGUUGGGGAACACUGGUCUAAAGCACAAGUUUGCUAAGCUGCAGUGCACCUUCCUACCCCUGUUUCUGUGCGUUUAUUACAGCAUAUUACAUAGUUACAUAGCUGAAAAGAGACUUGCGUCUAUCAAGUUCAGCCUUCCUCACAUUUGUUUUUUGCUGUUAAUCCAAAAGAAGGCAAAAAAAAACCAGUUUAAAGCACUUCCAAUUUUGCAACAAGCUAGGAAAAAAAAUUCCUUCUUGACCCCAGAAUGUCAGUCAGAUUUAUCCUUGGAUCAAGCAUUUAUUACCCUACAUUGAAAAAUUAUAUCCUUGAAUAUUCUGUUUUUGCAGGUAUGUAUCUAGUAGCUGUUUGAACAUCUGUACGGACUCUGAUAAAACCACUUCUUCAGGCAGAGAUUUCCACAUCCUUAUUGUUCUUACAGUAAAAUAAACCUUUCCUUUGCCUUAGACGAAAUCUUCUUUCUUCCCGUCUAAACGCAUGGCCUCGUGUCCUAUGUAAAGUCCGGUUUGUGAAUAGAUUUCCACACAAUGGUUUGUAUUGGCCCCGAAUAUAUUUGUAAAAUGUUAUAUCCCCUCUCAGGCGACGUUUUUCUAAACUAACUAGGUUUAAAUUUGUUAACCUUUCUUCAUAGCUGAUAUGUUCCAUUCCUUUUAUUAAUUUUGUAGCCCGCCUCUGCACUUUCUCUAGUGUCUUAAUAUCCUUCUUUAGAACAGGUGCCCAAAAUUGCACAGCAUACUCAAUAUGCUGAAACCUAGGGAAGCCACAAUCCGUGCACAUGCAUGGCGAUCCAGCGCACAUAGGCUUUUCAACAAGAAGGCACUGAUUGGUGUAUUCUCUGGCACAGAAUGGAGAAGGAGGCAAGGGCUUGCAAAUAAUGCACUCAGCAUGUACAGUAUACAGUUUUUCCUUUGGGAUAUAUCUACUAAAAAAAAAAAAAAAGUUUUCUUUAGGUGUUCCCUCUAAACAGUCACUGUCACUCGAUUGUAUAUUUUUAUUGUAUGUUUUAUUCAAAAUGUUUUACAUUUUCUUCAAAAGGUUUUUAUACAAACUGGAUAUCUUCUGGAUAUCUUCUGGAUAUAUUCUGACACACUGAUGCAAAUGGAAAAUGGAACCCUGUUUUGUGUAAUGUACUCUCUUGUACUCCAUAAGUUUAUCCUGCCAUGUAGCAUCUGGCGCCCUGAAAGAGGAUACCGAGCAACAGUACUAAACUUUGCUAUCAGAACACAAAGAAAAAGCCAUUUUCAAUUUGAUAUCAGAGACAAAAAAGUGACUGAAAUAUUAUUAAAAAGUAGGUCCAGGCACUCAAUGUUUCUUUAAAAAGGCAGACUUAUUGAAAACUGAAUGUGCAAUGUUUUGGUCUACACAGAGGAAAUAUUUCAGUUGUCCUGUAUGCACGAAUGUGUGUUUGGGAGUAGCUAGUUUAAUUUGUGUGGUUCAUUUGGAGUGUAUGGUUAAGAGUUGGCUAAAGGCUGUAUAUAAGGUAGUCUGGAUAAAUAAGUUUGUGUCCCGAUUUAGAUUCCUAACCUGGCACCAACUCCUAUAUUCUAUGGAAAUAUGGCAAGCCCAGCAUUAUAUAGUGCAGGGAUAGGCAACAUGAUUCAAUUUACCUGUACCUAUUCUGAUACCAGCUUUAUCCAUAAAGUGGAUUGGUGCUCAAAGACAAUUUUUCUAGUACGGGCCUUGUGCACUAGUGAAUGAACAUACAAUGACAUGCUCAUUACAGCUUCUCUGACAGAAAUACAUUUGGCCACAUAGGAGUUACUACUUUUUCCAUGUAUUCUUGCGUAUCUGAUAGCAUGCAGACAUAUCUUGAUGUACAACUGACUACAUAUGCUUUUAUGUAGUCAGUUGUGGUUCCUGCCAUGUCAAAUUGGCAAUGUGAUUUCCAGAGAGGUCAGGGUGUGGGGCCUGGAGUUUAAAAAAAAAAAUAAGGAAAUGCAGAUUUUAAUUUUUUUUUCUUGCACAUCUAAUCAAAGACCAAAAGGCUAGUGCCAUCACUUUGGGUUAUACUGUUUAUUAAAUUUUUAAUUCACACAUUGGCUUUUUUGUGUGUAAUAUUUGUUUCUCACACUACUGAGAGAAUUCCUUAAUAAUCUUAUCUGACUGCCCUUCUGUAAACACCCUUCAAUCAGCAGCAUCUCUUUGAUGCAUUGUGUAUAGGUGGCCAGCCCACCCCUUGGAGUCAUUGACAUCUGUUUAUACCCUCCACAGGAUAUCAACUAUAAAAUACCUACCUCUACUUUAUCAAAUUAAAAAAAGACUCCUGUUAACUCUGUAGUCACGGCAAAAUCUAAUCCAAAGUACUUUUAUAUUUUGUUUUGUUUUUUACAUUUCCACCUAUUUUAUAAUUGCUUCAUUCAUCCUACUUAGCUUUUACAUGCUUUUUUUUUUUUUUUUCCAUUGCUUGGUCACUUAACAUGGAUCUAUUACUUUUUGCAUUAAUAACUUUUGUAAAAAUAAAUGAAAAUAUAUCUCAAUGUAUUGUUUUUUUUUUUUUUUUAAAACUAUUUAGAAAAUUAGUUUUUGUUUGUUUUCUUUCUAACAGUUUCAAAUACCACGUAUCUAACAAUGGCAAAGUACCAACGUCUGGUCUCCAUACAAAACAAUGGGUUGUAAAAUGAGCUGGAAAUAAGUGGUGCAGUGAUGAACCCAUAGCAGACUCAUUCCAUUGGUCAGGUUUAGUUUUUGUGGAUAUUUAUUUAUAACGAAGUUGCAAUACAAAAUGUCCUUUCAGGGCAAACCAAGGUGUACAUCAAACCUGCCAUUGACAUACAAGACAUAUAUAUUUCAUGAUUGUGUCAUUUUCUUACUGGCAUUCAUAAAACACCAACAUAUUCUGCAGAUUUCAUUCCUGUUGCUACAACUCCUUCCCGCCUCCCUUUUUUUUUUUUAAUUUGUUUUUAUUGGUUUUCUUUUCUUUCAAAACAUUUGUAGUAAGUGGGUACAAAAAGUGUAUACAAAAUUACAUCAAGGAUGUCGACUUACAUUGAGAUGGAUACACGUAUUGCAACAUGAUGAUCAAGAAUACAAGCAUAUUACUCGCUACAUUUCUAACUGAGCCCCUUUUCUUGUUGCCCAGCUCAGCUGGCUGCCACAGUGUAUUCAUCUGGGUCAUAACUGAGGUUACAAAAUACUACGCUAGUGCCCUCAUAUUGUUGGGUGUAACCUUGUUUAACCAGAAGUGACCCUCAAGGAUGAGAAGUAUGAGCCACUACGUGGAGUCUCUGCUGGAGCUUGAAGCUCGGGCUAGAGUAGGGAUUAACAUCAUAUUACACAUCUAGGCUAUAGCAAGAGGUUGUGCGUGUCGGAUGUAUCUCAAGGUGUGAUGGGUGGGUGCAAGGGAAAAGUACUAUGGGGUUGGUGGACAGAAAGGUCGGGGGAGUAUUGGGGAUUGGACGUUAUUCCUCAGCUGAUUUUAUAUUCCAUCCUGGGAGAUGCCUAGUCAGGGAAGUGUAUGCAAUCCAGGUGGUCAGUCUUGGGUGUCGGCCAUUGGUUCCCAUGUCUCCCGGAAGAUUGGAUAUCUAUGGGAAAUGGAGGCAUGGAUCUCUUCCAUGGUUUUGAUUGAGUCCACUUUAGCAAUCCAUUCCCUGUUAGAACUGCAGGGUUCUUCCAUUUUACUGGAAUGAGCAUGUUGGCUGCUGUAAGGCGGUGGGUCAAGAGCAUUUUUUGUAUCUUGGGGAUUGAUCUUGGUAGGAUCAGAAGCACUAAAGCUUGUGAGGUGUGGGGCAGUUGUAUGCCUCUUUCUGCUUUGGACAUUAUCACGAUAUUGGCCCAGUAGCUAUGGGUUAGUGGGCAGUGCCACCAAAUGUGUGCGAGGGAUGCUCCAGGUUGAGAGCACUUCCAGCACACAUCAGGUGUGUCUGGGAAAAGCUUGUGGAGUUUGGAGGGAGAGUUGUGCCAUCUGGAUAUUGUCUUAUAUCCACUUUCUUCUACAUUGGUGCAGGUGGAUGUCGUGUGAAUUUGUGUGAAAGCAGUCCGCCAUUGGGGCAGUGUGAGCUGCACAUUGAGGUCUUUUGACCAAGAGUCUGGGUAGUGGGGUAGUUGGGUGGUGUGGUCGGCCUGAAUGAGUUUGUAGAAGGUCGAGAGCUGUUUAGUUUUAACAUUGUGAUUCGUGCAGGUAAUCUCAAAGUCAGAGUGCAAGAGCCCUUUAGCAGAGAGGGAUUGGCCUGCAGGAAGUGAGUCCCACCUCCCUUCUAUGACUAGUUACCUCUCAUACAGCCCUUUAUUAACCUAGUGACCUUUACUUCCAUUCUGCCUAAAUACUGCUCCAUUAAACCCCUGAAUUGUUCUUCACACUGCAGCUCACCUGAAUCCACACGCUCCCCCUCUCAUUUACUUUGCUUUCCUUUAUCACAUACCCACCACCUGAUACCACCUAUCCCUGUCUUAUCGAUCCAUUACUUUCCCCAACCAAUUAAAUUUCACCCAACCCACUUCCAUCCUCCUGGUAUCCUGUUGCACUCUGUUACCCAUCAGUUAUAUUCCAAAUCCCCUACCACCAAAAAUAAAUAAAUCACACAUUACAUGCACAAAUGCUGUCAUACCCUUGUUUAUUUACACAUGCAUAUGUUGUCACCUCACACAGGAUGUGGAUGGAGACUUUGUUAGAUGAAAAAGGUUAACCAUUUUUAAAGACUUAAUAGGCCUGUGUGUGAAUUUGUAAACUUUGCAGUCCAUAGUCUACAAGCUUUUCCCGUUCCAUUCCAAGCCAUUGCUUCUACUCUAUAUGUAUAUGUUGUUUUAGCAUGAGGAGGCAUAUGGCAUUACCUUUUACUAGGUAAAUAGUUAAAUUUGCAUUACUAGUGACCUAGAUCAGGAGGAGGCAGCCUUCGUCACUCCAUAAAAUGUGGACUUUUUUUACCCGAUGGUUUUUACUUUUGGCUAAUUAAACUGCACUCACAGAGCUAGAUUUCACGACCCGCUUCUCUCACACGUGAGUCUUUCUCAUGCGUUUUGAUAACAAGAAGUUGCUAAAGUGCAUAUGCAAGUAAUGGGGCAGUUUGCAGUACCCUCAGUAAAAUAAGUUAUAAAUUAGUUUAAAAAAUAAUUCAAAGUAUAAAUCCUUAUGGGCAGCCCAUACUGGUCUCAUAGGUUUCCCAUAAUGUUAAAUAAUUUGUCUAUAUUUGUUGACCAGACAUAGGCCUUAAUUUAAUAUUUCUGAAUAAAUAUUUAAAGUGUUGUUUUUUUCCCCCCCCAAACUUUUUUAAACGGACACGCCACUGCCCAAAAACAAAAUAAAAAUAAUUUUGGUAGAUGUAUCUUUUUCGGUGGAGUUGUCUCUAAAAACAGCUUGCAAAACCUGUAGAUCCCUUGUCUGCUACCUUUGCAAGCCCUGACCAGACUUUCUGUGGCUGUCCAAUCACAGACUUACAAACCAGUUUAAUGAGAAGUAUUUGCAAGGCUGGUGCUCGGAACAAUUGUUUGCCUAUUGAGUUUAGCUCCACUGAGCUUACCAACCAGAAAGCAAAAAGACCUGUUGCCAACUUGAAAACCAGGAGGUGUAACCAAGUGAACUUAUUAAAAUAUCAAUUUCUACUGAAAUUUGCACUUUGUGCAAAAUUUAAAAAAUAGGACAUGUUCUUCACACAGCUUUUCAGCAAACAAAAGUGCUUUAGGGGUCUGGAGUGUCCCUUUAAAAUAUCAAUAUAUAAAAUAUUAGUAUAUUUUAGAAGUUCAUCCAAACAUUUUACAUUGAGGCCAUAGUUUGUAAAUCUUAAUUUUGAACCUGAAUUUUAUUUAUUUGUAUGAAACCAGGUGAAAGACCAGAACCACAAAGUAGUGUCAUUGAAGAAGUGAGUUUUGGUUGCUAUUGGCCUCUCUCAUGCCUGUAAACUGGGCUGACCUAUUUAUUCUUGCGGGAAACAUACAUGCAUGUUGUCUGUGUUGACUAUAUUCUGUUUAGCUCCAUAGAAUACACUGAAAUAAAUGCUUCUUCGUGCAUGUGCAACUUUUCUUGCACUUUUUAACAAUCUGUCAUGGGAACGAGAUCAGAACUGUUAUAUUUCAAUGUGGCGUUAUACUUUGUGACCUUAUGCAGUUUACCUCUGAAUGUAGUGCUUACAUUUCCCUGAAUACUGUGCUCAUGCCUCUGUUGUCAGCACAGACUAAUUGGUUAGUUUAAAUUGACUUCUAGUUCCCCGACAAAGGUUUUUCCUUGUUUAUGAUAUUUGUUAUUUGUAUUCAUGUAAUUAGUUGCCAUCUGUUUGUCCUUUAAACCCGACUGACGACACUAAAAAAUAAAAAUCUUUGACAUCCCCUAUAUAUACACCUAUGCUUUUACACAUGAACAUUCUGUACAGCAGUUGUAAAAAUAAAUAAAAACAAAAUGGUAUUUUUAAAGGACCUUAAAGGCAUUUUUAAUAUAAUAAUCCUUUCAAGUUUUUUUUUUUUUUUCCUUCUCUGAAUGAAGUAUAUGGGGGGGUGGGGGGGGGAAUUAAAAGGAUAAAAACCAAUCCUUCUCUUUAGUAUAUGAUUUUCCUUGCUUCCGUCUGAUCCAGUAUAUGGCUCAAUGCCCCUGUCUUAUACUAAAGGUAGGGAUGAGUUUUUCUAAUUUCUUGCAUAUACUUCAUUUAAAAAAAAAUAAAACUAUUGUUUUCAGGUGACCGUUUAAAGGAAUACUAUGGCGUUGGGUAUACAAAUGUGUAUUCCUACCCCUGUAGUGUCCUAGUCACUGUUUAGGUGACUGGGCCACCCGCUAUAAGGAUUAAAAAGGUGAGCUUACUUUCCUUUUCUCCCAUGCAGUGCUAGUCUCUGGCGUGUCACUCCACCUCUCUUGCUGAGAUGAUUGAGAAAAAUGAUCUAAUGCUUUCCCAAAGGAAAAUGCCACUCUGUUCGAAUCAGAUGGUCUGUCUUGAGAUAAAGUGGUCUGGGUACCAAUAAAUGUCCCAUUAAAUGGAUGUAAAUCAAACAAAAUAUACCAAUCUAUGAUUCAUUUAAAAAAAUAUUUCCAUACCCUGGUUUAACCAUGAACAAGGAGUAGCAAUUUAGAAAACUAUAGUGGCGGGAACCUCCUGUUGUAGGUUCAGUGUUCUGUAACAUCGGUAGCUCUUAAUUGUCUCCUACCAGGCCACCAACAGCUUACUGUAGACAGUGUAGAGGGAUUACUCAAUUCUGUUCAAUUGUGGAAAUUCUCCUUUUGAAAACCCUGAUGUAACAUCACAGCAGUUAGUGUGUGCAGUAAAUACACAUUUUCCUGCAAGGUAUACAAAUAGAGUCUUUGUUUUGUUUCUGUUCUGGUUUUUCUAUCGGCAUUGUGGAUGUCCUGAGUCUGUAAAGAUAUGAAUGAGUAUGACUAGUUAGAAUUACUUUUCAAACAGUUUUCUAUCUAUAAAUGUUUCCUGCAUACUUUUUAACAGUGUGACCAGAUGGUAUUGUGCAGUGGCUAUGGGAUGAAGUGUCCGGCAUCUGUAAACUAAAGCAGAUGUUAUCACCUCCCCUCCUGUCUUUGGUAGUAAUUAACAACUAAGUGCCUACAAUAAUAUGCAAUUCAGUAAUUUACCCCAACAGCACCUUAUAGUAUCCUGCUCUUGCUGCUUUUUGACCCUUCUAGAGACCCUUCGUAUAGAGACUUCCUGAUUACUGAAGUCUAGAGUGAAAGUGUGUGUUUGAGUAUCCAUUGCUAAAGUAAAAAUCUAGUGACGCCCUGUUUCUGUUAGAUUACUAACAAAGGAAAACAGUAAAAUGGUUUGAAGGUUUAAAAGCCCCAAUAUUAUAGAUAAUUAACAAGGGAAUUCAAGCCAACUGUCCCAAACGGUAAAAUAGUAUAUUUUUGUAUAAUUAUUAGUCUCUUUCCCCCUUUCAAAUUAUAAAAAUCAUGUUGAAUUUAUACAUAAGCUAAGCUAUCUAGAGCUCUUCUUUAGAAGAAUUCCUGUGGUACGUUAUCUCCCAUCUAUGUGGGGGGCAGGAGAGAGUAUUGCACUGUGAACUCCUUCCUCAAUUACUUAAAUUUCUCAGCAUGAGGUGUCAAUCAGCAUUACAGGCUCUCAAAAUGACCUAGCUGUGCUUCAUGUCAGCCAAGAAACUGAUUUAACCCCAGAGUGACAUACAUGGGGUAUAAUUAAAACCUAAUAUAUCUGUGUUAAAUGUGCUGUUUAUAAAAAAUAAAAAAUUUUUAAAACAUUUAUAUUAAGAGUCUAUCCGUUUACUCACUUGGUCUAUUUGGGCAGUGUUAUUUUUAGAUAUUUGCCAUCUGCUGGUGUAUAGACACUUUUUUGCCCUUCACUGUCAACAUUUAACCCAUUUAAAAACCAGGUCACAUUUGAGCUAAACCACUGUCUAACGUUUACCAACUUUGGCUUUACUACAUCUUAUCAGACCUCUGUGCGGUAGACUUUGGUUGCAAGGCUGCUUGUGUGGCUGAGGGAGGCUGCCUCUGUGGUGUUUGAUGUUCCUCAAUGCCUGAACUUGGCACGGCAUCGCUUAAUUGGUCAUGACCUGCAUUAUAAUGAUGUAGAAUAAUCAUUGAUUUCAAUGAGCCCCUCGUCAAAAUUAUUUAAAGCUACUGGCCUUGUUUUGUGUCAGAAGACACAAUGUGUAAUUUUCUUAUAAGCGAACAUUUUCUAUGUGUAGUGCUAAGAACCGUUUUAAGAACUAUGUGAAAACUGAACUUCAGUAGAUCAUUUACAUUCUGGUGUCAGAGGAACAUGCCGACAACAAGCCAAUAAUUCUUACUAAAAGAAACAAGAUAUACUGCACCCAGUGUUAUAGUGCAAAUUUAUACAUACAUUGGUCUUUGGGUUAUUCCGACAUGAUUGACUUCAGAGUAAAACAAAAUAAACAAGAUAAUAGUGCAAUACGGUAUGUAAUAUUUAUGUAACAUUAUAAUUUCUAUAAAAAAAACUCACAUUUACUAGAGCCAACUUAGAGCUCUGCUGUUGUGCGCAUGGACGGUAUAAUCCCCAUCUUAGGAUAUUCAAUGGUACAGGAGCAAAAAACUAUUCUCCAAGUAAUGCGUAAUAUGCAGAAUAUAUGUGGAGAUAGAAGGAAGAAGAAACUUCAAUGGUGGAGUAAGCAUCAUUUUUGUUAUUCAGGUGGAAGUGAAGAAUGUACUUACAUUUCCUAGAGCAGGACUUGUACAGUACAAACAAAAUAUACUUUUUGUUAUUUACUUACCAUCUCAAUUCCUGAUAACACUACAUCCUUAAGUGGGGAUUAUACAACCCAUGCUGUUUAUACUAGAGCAAGUCCUGCUCUUGGAAAUAUGUUUUUAUGGUGUAAUUUUAUCCGUUUUAUUGUGUAAUUUAAUCAGCUGAACUUAAUUUGUUGUACUAUCAAUCAUUCAUACUAAUUUGUUAUAACCCAAACUUCCAAGCCGCAUGCUUGCCAGUCGGGCCUCUGCAAGACUGGAGAGUCUACACUAACUAUUUUGUGCUUGUCCGUUCUGAAUUUUCACUCCCAAAUAAAUAAGUUUGCUUUUAUGCAGUGCCAAACAUUUCUCCACUGCUUUAUAGUUAUACAGUGCUGUUAUUUAACAUGUAGAUGACAGACAAAUAUAUUGAGCGAUGCACAAGGUAAAAAACUUACUCAAGUGACAUUACAAACUGGGAAUAUUUGAUUAUGGAAUGAUUAACAUUCAUCUUGCUGCAGAAUUUCAGAAGGUGAAAUGUGUGCAGAAUUUUAUGUAUUUAGGAGUUGUUGUGUUUGUGUUUUUUUUUUUUUUUUUGUUUGUUUUUUUUAAACGUGAUUUAUUAAUACUUGAAUGCUCUAUUUAUUUUAUUUGAUGUAUGCAGGGCUGCAAAUAUAUUUGAGAUGGAGACUGAAGCCCAGAGGAACAAAAUUAAGGAAACUGAAAGCACAGAGCUGCGGAAGGACCGUGAGAAGAAAAAGCGUACCAGGGUGAAACAGCUACUUGCAGACAUAGCAAAGCAAGUGGACUUCUGGUUCAGCGACGUCAAUCUUCACAAAGAUAGAUUUAUGCGAGAACAAAUAGAGAAGACCAGGGAUGGUUGUAAGUUUGUGCGCAAUAAAAUGCACUAAUUUUUGUUUUUUGUUUUUUGCUUUUUUUUAAUGAAACAAAUGCUUCCAACAUUAUGUUGGACUAAUACCAUAGAUAUCCUUUUGUAGAAUUUAAUAUAUGCUUCUAUAUCAGAAACUGGUCUCUCUUUUUAUAAUUUAAGAUAAUGAAUGUGUAUUAGUCUUGUACACAAAUUAGUUUGAACUGGUUCGUCUGAAUCACGUUUUUUUUAAUCCACGAACGAAUUCACACGCAUCCUAAAAUUACCUGUGGAGUCUUCUUCAAAGAAGUGAAUCUUAUCAAAUACUUUUUAAUCCACACCCAAAUUUCUUGAUCCAUGUGGUAUUUAAAUCCUAGACGAAUGAAGAGGAAACAUUUUUGUGCAAGUCUAAAUAAUAUUAUGGUGUUUUCUUUAUUUUCCUUUAAAAGAGGAAAUAUAUGUGCAUAUUAGUUUUAAACACUCUUAAUGCUGUGAUUCGAUGGAAAUUACCAGCAUUAGAGUAACAAAUACAACAGUAUAAGCCAAGAAGACAUUGUGUAGAGAUAUACUGACUUGUACAUCAUGCACAACAAAUUUUCUUUUUAAAUGAAGGAUUACAGGACAAUAUACCAAUUUAAAGGGACACUGUAGGCACCCAGACCACUUCAGCUCAUUGAAGAAGUCUGGGUGCUGUGUCCCUAUUGCACUUAGUGCUCUGGAACUGCAAUGUAUUACAUUGCAGCACUAAGUCUGCUCUCACUGGCUGUCUACCAGACAGACACUGGAGGCACUUCCGGAAUUCAAACAGACCUUUGGUCUUUUAUCUGACGCUGGACAUCCUCAUGCUCUGCAUGAGGACCUCCAGCAUCAGAUUUUUCCCCAUAAGAAAAUAUUGAAUAAUGCUUUCCUAUGGGUAGGUCCAAUGCGCAUGCGGCCAUUGCUGCACAUGUGCAUUGGGUCUCCACCCACCGGCUGCUGUCGGUGAGGAGGAGCAUGGAUGGAGCCUGAUCCAGUGCCGAAGGACAUCAGAGCUGAAUUCAGGUAAGUGCUUGUUGUGUUGUACCUUUGAGAGGGAUGUUGCUUGUGGCGUUGUAUCUUUGAGAGGGAUGUUGCUUGUGGCGUUGCUUGUUUCUGGGGAUACUGCUUGGGUGGUUGUAUGUUUAUGUGGUGCGAUGCUGUUUAUAGGACUGCAUGUGUGGGAGGGAGAUUGUUGUGGAGAUGUGUGUGUGGAUGGGCCUGUUUGUUUUGGUUUUUAGAGUUUGUGCAUGUGAAUAGCUGCUGUAAAGUUUUUUUGAGCGGGAAAGGAGCUGUUGUGCGUGUUUGUAGACUUAUUGGGGCUGCAUUGUGUGUUUGGGGCUGUACACUCUUGAAUGAAAUAUAUGUGUGUGUGUUAAAAAAUUUUUUCAAUCAUGCAAUCUAUCUAUUAUAGAGAACACUAUUGAUGGAUAUAUAGCAUGAGAAUUGGAUCAACUCUGGGCAGUCACUUAACACAAAGUGACAAACAUAAAAUAGAGUACAAUACAUUGGUUUCUUACAAGCAAGAAUUUAACUGCCUUUGCUAGGCAAUUAAAAAUAUUCCUCUUAGAAUAAUGUGCAUGCAUAGUCUCUUAACUAAACCCCUCAAGGCAGCAUUUAGCCAUUUAAAGGAAGCAAAAAGGUGUGAUUCCUGAUUUUAUUUCCAUAGUAAUGUGGGUCUGCUGCAACAAAAACAAGAAAAACCAGAUGCACAUUACACUUAUGUGUUUCUCUUUUUUAAUGAAGAUGAAAUGCCAAAGUAACAGUGCUAAGAUAGCAACCCUCAAAGGUCAAGCAUCCUGUUUAGAAAUUAGUCCCUCUUACUGAUGAUGCUUUUGUUUUAUCGUGAACAUUGAUCCCCCUUUGAUAAGGGGAAAUGUGACUCAUUAAAUGUGAAAUGUGGGGUUCAGUGCUAGUUAAGUCACAUUAGAAAAUAUUUUGUUGUGUGAUAAUGGUUGGGAAAUAUUUUUAUUAAAUGUAAUUUUGUCUUUCCAGAAUACACAUGAAGAGUAUAGCGUUAAUUGACAGUGUAGCUGGUUGAAGUAUAGAAUUAAGAUACAAUAAAUCUAAUGGGUAAUUUUACUAAAUUGUAUAUACUGUAUUUUAUUCUGUCUCAAAAUGGACAAGGCCUCCAAUGCAUCUGGUGGUGGUCAUUUCGAACAAAUCUGAAACUGGCAAGAUCCAGUGACCUUCAUAAAAAAAAUAGUUGGUUACCUGCAUCAUAGUAGCUUUGCCUGUAUAUAAAUAGUAUGCCAAUUCUCAUAAUGAUGCUUGGCACAUUUUUGCAUGCUGGCAGCACGUCAUUGACUCGAGCAAUUAUAAUCCUACACUUAGGCCAGUAAGAUGGCUCAGUGGGCUCAUGCAUCAUCAGUAGAAUCUGUUCAACCCUUGUGGAUCGCAGGUGGAAUUUUCGGCAGGGUUGACUCAGCCCUUCAUCCUUCUGAGAUAAAUAAAAUGAGUACCAUUAACUUGGGUAAUAGUAACAUCCUCAGGACAUACUUGGAAACCAGAGAAUAUCUGAAUGUACAUUUCCUAGUUACAUUCUUUGUAGUUUUAUUAUUAUUAUUAUUAUUUAUUAUUAUUAUUAUUAUUAUUUAAGUCCAUAUUAAUUACUAUAUCCAUAUAUCAAGUUAGAAAACUCCUUGCCUCAGCAGCCAUUUUGUAAUGCUUGUCAAACUACUUUACUCAGCAAUAUAUUCAGAGGAGGGGAAAAAAGCACGUACAGCAACAUGUGACAGUGGCAUUUUUACUAUAGGUAAGUUUGUAAUGUUUUAGAUUUAGUUUUUUUGUUUUUUCUUAUCCUGCUCGCUUUAGGGUUGAAAAAAGACAAAUCUUUUGACACAUUGUAGAGGUCGGUGAAUAAUGCCAAGAGUGUUUUAAAAAAAAAAAAAAAAUACAAAAUGUUUUCUCACUUUAAAUUUAACGAUGUAAGAACUGAUUGGGAAAUCCACAUAUGGAAAGGCUGCUUAGUGUGGUGUCUCUUAUCUAAACUUUCAGAUGUCCUUCUUACUUCUAGGAGCAUUGUUUAAGGUAUAUGAGUUGAAUGACAGCUUGACCUCAUGCUGAGAUGGUUUUUGGAAAUGUCCAAUCCAGAAUGAAUGUCUUUAGGGCAGAGGAUGUGAGGAGGCCAUUGUGUGUGUCCCAAUAUACACCCUACAUCUACUCCUCCUCUUAGUCACCAUCCUUGCUGACUAUCUAGUGUUCAACUUCCCAGCUUUGUUUUCAGUAAGAAAAAAACAAUAGCCUUACAAAUCAUUAACCUUUAGACCCUUUAAGGACCUUGCCCCUUUUUAUGAAGACUUUUUUCCCUCCAAUUUUUUAAAAUAGUUUUUUAAAGUGCACACAAAUGUCAUGUUCUUACGUCCUAAUUAUAGCCCUACUUGUGGAAGUACUGAUAUUUUCAAAUUGUAUAACAUUGGAUUUAAAACCUGAAAAGCAAUAUACUCAUUAUUAAAAAUGAAGCAGUCCCCAAAUUGCACCAAUUUUUAUUUUUUAUUUUUUGGUACUUUAACACGUUGUCUGGCUUCUCCAUACUAUACCGUGUGUCUUACUAGAAGUACAUAAUUACAAGUUAUUGUGCCUUUAUUGCCAUUUACAGUUAAGCAACUAAUAUGAUGUUUUCCAUUGCUGAUAAAUUGUGUUUCAUAGGGCUGGUAUGGGAUCAUUGUUAUACAAGGGGCAUCCUUGAUGUAUGCAGUAAUACACAAGUGUAUUACAUAUCUGAAUUGUUUUAUUCUAAAUAUAGUUGGCACUACAUUAGUCAAAGUAAUAACCGAAUAGUAUGAUAAAAUCCUUUAAGAGAUCCAUCUCUACAUAUCUCAAAAUAGAAUGCACCUGUCAUGAUUGAUUUUAUAUAUUUCUUACCUGUUCUUUAUAACAUUUUUAUGUGUGUUAUGCAUUAUUGUUUUUGUAAUGCAAUGUUUGUGAAACCAGUAAAUACUUGAAAACGAGAGACAUCUCAAUGUAUCCUUCCUGGUAAAAUAUUUUAUAAAUAAUAAAUAUGAACUAAUUCAUAUACACUGAAACUGCCUCAUUAAAGGCUAUUCACAGUUGUUGAUUGCGGUGAUGGCGCAUGGUGCAUUUUUUUUUUAUUCUAGUUUGUGCAUGGGUCAGUUUUGUUUUUUCUUAAUAUUUUGUCCUUAUUUCUCUUUUUAGACAUUGACAUAUCGCUAUUGGCCUCCUUCAACAAAAUGAAAAAGCUAUCCACAGAUGUAAAGCUCAUUGCAAGAGCCAUCAAGAACUCUUCUGUAGUUGAGGUAGGUUAACCUUUAUUUUCCAUUUAUUUGGUAAGGAGAAUUAGCAUUUGUCUAACUUUUUAAUUUUUUUUGUGUGUGUGUGUUUAAAGUUGAAUUUGGAAUGUACGAAAAUAAGAAGACGACUUCCCUUGGGAGAGAAACCACAGGACAUUGAUUGCCGUACAGUGUAUGUGGUAAGUAAAUAAUAUAUCUAUCUGCACAAAUGAGCUUAGUAGGUCAUUGAAAAAAAUUGUGAGCAGCUCUGUCUUCUGUAAGAUCAUCUGUUGUGGUGGUUUUUGUUCAAGCCAAGCAUUAGGAACAAGUUGUGCAUGUGAGGCAAACACUACUAUCAUUCAAUACAAUGCUUUCAUAUACAUAAUCUUCUUUUAACACAAUAACUUUUUUUAUUGCUAGAUUAAAUUGCUCUACCCUUGGUCAUCUCCAGGGGAAGGGAGGAGAUGUGGAAAUGUACCGUUUUUCUGUCUAUGAGAUGCCCCCAUGUAUCAGACGACACCUAUUUUUUGAGCCCAAAAUUAAGAAAUAAAUAUUUUCAACAUCUAUAGCACUGAAGUCCCCACCAGUCCCUGCCCCCUCACACCUAAUAACCCUAUAGUGCCAGGAAAACAAGUUUGUUUUCCUGGCGCUAUGGUGCUCCUUUAAUAAUUAGAUUUGUGAAGGAGCUCCAGCCACAUGGGACUAGCUUGGUUGGCUGUCAGGCCAAGCGUUAAGAACAUUCCUGCAGUGACAUUCCGUGUAUAAGACCACCCCUAAUUUUAGACUAAAGAAAUGUAGAAAAACCUAGUAUUAUACAUGGAAACAUUGCUAAAAGCCAUAUUAUUCAAAAACCAGAGUUAAACCCACUGUUCAUUUUCUCACUUCUAAGUUUAGUAUUACACACACACCCCUGAGGUUAAAGGUAGUUUUUUUUUUUUUCCUUGAUUGCAGCUGUUGCAGUUAAUUCAGUCCCUUUCCCCAACAGAAAAUGGGGACCUAUUUUUGCCUCUAUGAUCCUCUCUUACAGUAUCCUUAUUAGGAGUGGUCUUCAUUAAAAUGGAAGCCUUUACGGAGCAUGGUAAUAUCCUCUAUAAUCUCGAGUAAUCCAUGUGAUGUAUGUACAUUGUAAUAUCUUUGAGGCCUCAGUAGAGCACAGUUUCUGGCACAUUUACCAAUUUGAGAAAUAAAUGGAAUAAAUAAGUGUGAAUGACCCUUAUCAAUAUCAAAACGAUGCCCUACUUGAUGAGUGUCCCCACACUAACUCAAGUUACAAAAAUAAUAAAUAGAUAAUGGACAAGUUAACAGCCCAGGUUAGAAACCCAUUGACAAAGUUUGAUUAAAAAUAUGGGACCCAUAGCUGACCUGCAAUAUGGUUGGGCGGGGUGACAGAUGAGACCUGAUGCACUUCAGUGGCAGAUUCAGGGGAGGGGGUGGGGUCAACGGGGCAAUUGCCCCCCACACACACAUACAGUGCCCGCCACACACAUACAGUGCCCCCAUACACACAUUCACUAUCCCCACACAUUGCCACACAUACACUGCCCCCACACAAUGCCACAAACACACCUACACUGCAAGCCUCACACGCACUGCAGCUCUCCCACACAUACAGUGCCCCCUAACACACACUGCACCCCUCACACAUACCACUGCUCCUAUGCCCUAUAUCUCAGCAGACCCCAGGUAAGUUGUCAAACUGUUCUUAAACGGUUUGACUACUUACUCUGGGGUGUGGUCCUGGCACUACUGGCACCAUAACUACUACACUGAGCUGUAGUGGUUAUUGUCUCUGGAUUAUUUCUUUAACCCCUUAAGGACACAUGACAUGUGUGACAUGUCAUGAUUCCCUUUUAUUCCAGAAGUUUGGUCCUUAAGGGGUUAAAUAAUCUACAAGUGCCCCUCCCGAGAUUAGCCUCUGGAUCCGCCACUGAUGCAACUUGACUUCUGCUCCUCCGCUCCGGUGGGGGGGUACCUUACUGGCGACUCCCGGACCUUCCUAAUGGUAUAACCUACUCUAUAUCCCUACUAUACUCUCUUCAAUUCUCUUCUGAUAGUAACACCGACUCUUUCUUUCUCUUCCUCCUUUCUCUCUUUGCCCUGCUCUAUUUUGGGACAAUUGCAAAGGUGGGCACAUAAUCAGAUCAACGACUCCAGCAAUUCUCUCUUAAAUGCUGAUGUAAGAGAUAUCAAAAGUAACUCACAAUACCCAAUAAGAUUAACACCAGUGGAAACAGGUAAAAAAAUUACCAUUGAAAAUAUGCAGGUUAAAAGAAAAUACCUACAUUUCUUCUAAAUAGGCAAAGUAUAAAUAACAAUCUGCAAUAUAAAAUACAAACAUGGCCACAAUAGUGUAAUGGAUACUGACACCAAAUAUGGCUUAUUAAUAUAAUGCACUCACAGACGUAAAUUGCAAUUAGCAGAAUGAAAUGUAUAGAAACAUAAUCUCUUUAUCAUCCGAACACGGAAGUUAUUAUAAGUAGCUGUUGACAGGUGAUACUCUAUUAAUCGCACACUGGAUUGGUUUAUGGCUAUCCGGGGUGGCAUCAAAGAGACUUUAAAAUAUAGACGCAGCAUGAACUAGGUGUACAGACGCUGGGAUAUCCCUGACGAAGUCCGAAGUCGGACAAACCGCGUAGGUUGGAGAGACGAGCCUGGUGUGAGCUGAUUUUAUGGUUUUAUUUUUUUUUUUUGCCUAUUAUACUUUACUGUUUGUUCCUGCUUCUGGAGAAUCCUUGGAAACCUUCUGGAUUAAUUUGAGCCUCUCCUGAGGUUAUGCUGUUGCAUUUAAAAAAAAAAAUAAAAAAAUUUUUUUCUUCUCUAUUUGUAUAACGUUGUGACCUGUAUCUAAUAUACAGUGUGAGAUGUAGCUACUUUUUGUAAGUCUAACAAGCCUUAUUGCUUACCUAUUUACACAGCUGUUUCAAUGUCUGUGUGUGGCUUUUUAAAAUAACAUUUUUAUUAAGGCACCGAUGAUAGUAAGUGGUGAUUUUAGUUUCUGAUGCCUUUCAAAGGGGUAAGUAAAUGUUGCAUUCCAUUGGCAAGUUUCUAUGACUAGAGAUAAUCUUAAUGCUCUUAAUUGAAUAACAAAUUUCCCUUUGAAGUCAGAGGGGAGGAGGUACAAAUGAUAAACCUGUCUCUGGUCAGGAAAUCCCAGCUGUAUAUAAACACAAAAUACAGAUUAAGGAACAGCGCACACAAACAAAAUAUACAGUUUUCAAUUUGACAAGACUGCUUAAAAUCCUUGGCAAACAAAUAUGGGGAUUCAGUUACACUAUAUUGUGUUAAACCCAACACUGUCACAGUACCCCAAUAUAGGUGGAUCCUACACUACUUUUAACAUGGGAGUUAAACAUGCUAAAUGUUUUCAGAGACUCGCCUCAAAUUAUGCUAUGUUCUGGUCAUCUCCAAAGUAGCACCUAUAGUGGAGAAAUGGGUUUCUCAACCCAAAAGGAAUCUGUUUUGGAUACCAAAUAUGCGCAGUAAAAGGAAUUGAGGGGGCACACUCAGACCAUGUACACAAUAGGGAUAUUUUGCAAUUGAUGUAUAAAAUAACUGUUUCUACAUAAUUGGCAUUCAAGUGCUUUACAAUAUUAUGAGGGGAAAUGUAAUAAUAAAAUCAUAAAUUACAAAAUGUGACCGGGACAAUAAGUUGAUGAGGACCCUGCUCGAAAGAACUACAGUGAUACUUUUAUGUUAAGACUAAUGUACAUCUUACGGUAGUGUAGGGGAUAAGGCGAGUACUUUACUGUAAGGGCAGCAAUGGGACAUAAGUAUCCCAGUGCAGCUUGAGAUUAGUGUGAGUUAUAUCCCUGUCAGCUGCUGUCAUUAAAAUGGCUUCAGCUUUGACUCAGCAGUGUAACCUUUACUAAUGUUGUGAAGACCAGGACGCACACACGUGUUUUUACCCAAGAUUAAAUGCUCCAAACUGUUUGCAGAUCUGUGCAUUAUCGGUUUAUUACAGGAAAUAAUUCUUAAAUGUGGUCUGCACUUUGAAGUAACUGGUACAUCAUGUGGUGUGUGUGUAUAUAUAGUUAUAUUUAAAUGUGAAUAAUCAACAAGUUUGCUAGAAGUAUAACAAGUAGGUGAUUAUUCAGCAGAUUGUAACAAUCUAGCCUUUAAUGUAUAAACUGCUCUGUAGUGGUAAUAGAGGGCUCUUCAGGAAAUUGAGGGGGUAGAAUGUUGAUGUACAAUUUAGAGGUCAUGAUGCGGUCACCUGAGCAUGCUCUAGUUCCCUGUAUUUAGUCUCCAAUUGCAAGGGUUAGCAUAUCUAAACCAAGCACCAGCCUUGUAAUCUUUCUUUGUUAGAAAAUGAUGAAAUUCCCUUUGCCAUCCUAUAGAUGCUUUAUCUUGUUAAAAUGUUAUUGCUAUUGUUCUUUAUUGUAGGUUUUACAGGAUUGAAGAGUAAUUAAACAUUUGUAGAAGCAAAUGUUGUUUUGUAAGUAGACUUCUGCAUUUUUAGAAAAGUGUGUGUGUUUUAAAGGGUCACUCAAGGCAAGGUUAAAAAAACAAAACACAAAUUUAGCUCUGUGCUCAAACUCCCAGAACUCCUGGGUAUCAGUAUUCCUAGGAUUCAUCAGCUAUAAUGCAAGCAAUACAAAACUAAAAUAGUUGCCUCUGCACUAUUCAACUGUACAUUUAAAUAUGACUGUUGGUAUGACUGUAAUGGCCAUCAAAUAAACACUUCAAAUCACAUAACCACUACAUCUUCUGUAGUGGUUAUAGUGUCAGAAGUGCCCUGGCACCGCUAUUGCAUGUAGUCAAUUUGUUCUCCCGAACUAAGCUCUUCAUUGCAUCGCUUUAUGGCUUAGCUCAUUGGCUGAGAUAUAUAUAUUAUAAUAUUAUAAUAUUUUUUUAUUUUUUAAUGAACAAAACAUUCUGCCACAUUGGUUUUAAGUUUUCCUACCAUAAGCUAUAAUCCUUUGAGUAACCCCGGGUCUUUAGUGAAUAGACCCCUAUAUGAAACCUAAAGGCACAACUUAAACUCUAAAUGGCAGCUGAAUGCUGUUCUAUUGUCACUUAGACUUUUAUUUUUUUAUUUUUAAAUGAUUUAGGUUGUUCAAAAAAGGCAAAUUCUGUUUUCUUUCAACCAAAUUUGCACUUCUAUUAAGUUGCAGCCCAGCUGCUUGUUUAUCGAAUGAAACUCCAUACCACAUGGGCGAUUUUUGGCUAUUUACAAACUACAGAAUUGCCUUUAGUUGGUUGUUCUAAUUCCCCUGUUAAAGACAAUAGGAGUUGCUUGUAAAACUGCAUUAUAUUAUGACACUGCAAAAAUAAUCCAAGCCACCAUUAACCCAAUAAGUACAACUGACCCUUAAACCCCCUCAAUAAAAUAUCCUAGAAAUAUAUGGAUAAUUUACGGUUACUGAUGGCUCUUUCAUUGUCGUCUUAAGUGGUGCUGAAAAAGUCAUGUGAGAAUGCUUAAAGGACCACUAUAGGCACCCAGACCACUUCAGCUUAAUGAGGUGGUCUGGGUGCCAGGUCCAGCUAGGUUUUACCCUUUUUUUUUUUAAAAUAAACAUAGCAGUUUCAGAGAAACUGCUAUGUUUAUAAUAGGGUUAAUCCAGCCUCUAGUGGCUGUCUCAUUGAGACUGCUUUCCUAUGGACUGGCUGAAUGCGCGCGCGGCUCUUGCCACGUAUGCACAUUCAGCCGGUGACGGGAGGAGGAGAGUCCCCCGCCCGGCGCUGGAGAAAGAGGUAAGUUUAACCCCUUCCUCACCUUAGAGCCCUGAGGGUGGGGGCACCCUCAGGGCACUAUAGUGCCAGGAAAACGAGUAUGUUUUCCUAUCACUAUAGUGGUCCUUUAAUGAAUUACAGUUACCGAUUAAAUUCUCAGCUAGGUCAGCUCAAUCUUUCAUUCCUGGUAUAAAAUCAGUUUGAAUAAAUUGGAUAACUAAAGCUUUAGAUUACAGGACAUGCUUGAAAAUCACCAAAACAUAUUCUGGUUUAAUGUUCAUUUUUAUUAUUUUAGAUUUAUUUAUUUGUAUAUUUCCGUUAGAUUCAUUGGCAUUUAGUGUAGGAUAUAUGGUUGGAUAAUUUUAAGAUGAAAUAACUGACACGUUUUAGGAGAGAUGAUGGCUAGUUUCCUGUUGGAUUCCAUACUUGUAUUGAACAUUUUGGUGAUUAUUUUUAUAUAUUGACUCUAUUGUAUUGGGUUUACUGGCACAUGCUGCCCCUUUAUGAUAUAUAAUUUGUGUUGCAUAGACAAGGUAAAACAUGUUUUUAAUCUCCCCACAAAGACCGUUUGUGAACCUUUCUGAAUUACAUAAAUUAUAAAUCAGGGCUCAACAUUUGCAAUUGCCAUUAGUGAGUAAUGCAAGUGUACCAUGGAUCCUCCAGAUUUGCAAUGGCGGGUUUUAAGGCCUGGUUUGUAAUGUAGUAUUGGCUCUUUAUGCCCUGCAUUAAAUCAUGUGUAAAGGGCUAACCUUUGUUUUAUAUGCUCUGUCCCAUUCAGGAGCUGCUGCCUAAAAAUGUGAACCAUGGCUGGAUUGAGAGAGUGUUUGGUAAAUGUGGCACUGUUGUGUACAUAAGUAUCCCUCGCUACAAAUCCACUGGGGACACCAAAGGAUUUGCAUUUAUAGAGUUUGAAACUGAGAAACAAGCUGCUAAAGCAAUAGAGGUAAUCUUCAUUUGUGGUUUUGUUGUAUCCUGAACUUCUAUAGCAUGUAAAAUAUCUCUCUCCAAUAUACAAACUAAUUAUAGCCAUUCAAGUAAACUAUAUUUUCUGUUUUUCUAUUUUUUUUUUUUAUUAUUUAUUUAUUUUUUAUAAUAUAGGUAUUAAAUAAUCCUCCAGAGGAAGCACCAAGAAAACCUGGAAUGUUUCCGAAAACCGUAAAGAACAAACUUCUUCCGGAUCUGCCCAUAUCUAAAAAUGAUUGUUUUGGUACGAGAUUGUUUAAAUGUUGGCCAACCCUCUGCUGACUUGUCUUAGCCUGCUGUAGUGGUUUUGAUGCCAUUCAAUGGUAAUGGGGCCAAUUGUUUUGGAACGGUAUGCCCUCUUACCUGGGUCCCUGGCUGUCACAGAGGGUCUUCCUGCGGCCAGUGAUAACUUCUGGCUUUUGCAGAGUUGAAAAAGCUAGAAGUCUUUCCCACUGACCAUAUAUUGGCUGAAAAUAUAAUUAAUUUAAAAUUUAAAUCUAUUUCGGAUGUAAUGGGGAUAGUGAAUCAACCACUGGCUAAAUGGCCUAUGUGUAAUAUAGAUCCAGUCAACCUCAUGCAGUGGAUGUCAGAGCCUUAUCAGAGUUUGAGUUCAUUACAACUCUGUGGCAAGUCGUCAUUUUAGUGGACCCAUAAAAAUUAAAUGAAAGUGUUAAAAGUACAUUUACACAAACACACAUUUACUCUUGCCGCUUGGCAAAAAGGAUCUUGGCCAGUCUGAUGUUCACCAUAGGGGAAAGUUGUGAGGCUAGUGCAUGUCAAUACGCUGCUCUGUAACCUUCUGAUUGAAUAGCCGAGUUUAGCUUGGCUAUGUGAAUGGAAGCACUUCUAGUGGCUGUCGUCAUUACAUUUACAAAACAGAAGUGUUUUACAUGGAAUGGUUAAAUUGAUAGAUCAUUUGCAUAUAGCCCAUUUCAUUGAGAUAAAGUGAUCUGGGUGACUUUAGUGAUUUUUAAAUACUUUAGGGCUGCAUUAGCUUGUUAUUUUAAAGUAUGUUUUGUUUGGUUUUUACACAAAUCUCUAAACGCCCAUCUUUAUGGAGAGCUUAAAGAUGGUUCUUUAUGAGACAGUGGGGGAAGUACAGUACUUUCAUGGAAGUAAGUCCUUGCAGGCAUCACCUAACCAAUUUUUUAGAUUUUUUUUUUUUGAGACCUGUAUGCCUAUUAUUCGUAAUUUAUCAGUAUAUAUUUUGUUUUUUUGUAAUGUUAUCCAAAGCAUAAGGUGACAUGCAAUUUAGUUUGUUUGUUUUAUUUUUGUUCCAUAUUUUAAAUACCAUGUGUUUUUGCCAUUUUUAGGAGAGGAAAAGAAAAAGAAAAAAAAGAAGAAACCUAAAAACAAAAAGGAAAGUUCUGAAAUGGUAGAAGAGGAAAAUCAAACGGAAACUAUGGACAUAACCCAUGACAAAGGGUGUAAGUCAAAGAGGCAUCGGAGUCAAUCUGAAAGUUCAAUGACCGAGUCCUCAGAGACUUAUAAGCAGUCUUCCAAGAAAAAAAAGAGAAAGCGUGACCGAGCAGAGAGCUCUGACCAAUCAGAAGAAGGCAGACUGGGCAAGAGGAAACGUAGUAACUCUGAAAAUCUUGAGGAGCCAUCUACAAACCUUAAAGUUGAAAGUAAAAAAGUUUCCGAUUCAGAAUGUAUCACAGCAGAUACAGGGUUCCUCGUAUCUAAAGGUAAUUUUUAUCCUACUUCUUUGUAGAAAACAUCUUAAACUGUUAUGUACAUACAAGUGAUACUCGAAAAAUUAGAAUAUUGUGCAAACGUUAAUUUAUUUCAAUAAUGCAACAUAAAAAGGGAAACUAAUAUAUGCGAUAGAAGCAUUACAUGCAAAGCAAGAUAGUUCAAGCAGUGAUUUGUCAUAAGAUUAUGGCUUACAUCUCAUGAAAACACCAAAUCCACAAUCUCAGUAAAUUAGAAUAUUGUGAAAAGGUGCAAUAGUCUAGGCUCACAGUGUCCCACUCUAAUCAGCUAAGUAAGCCAUAACACCUGCAAAGGGUUUCUGAGCCUUUAAAUGGUCUCUGUCUGGUUCAGUAGGAGUCACAAUCAUGGGGAAGACUGCUGACCUGACAGUUGUGCAGAAAACCAUAAUUGACUCACUCCAUAAGGAGGGAAAGCCUCAAAAGGUAAUUGUGAAGGAAUUUAGAUGUUCCCAAAGUGCUGUAUCAAAGCACAUUAAUAGAAAGUUAUGUGGUAGUGAAAAGUGUGGAAGAAAAAGGUGCACAAGCAGCAGGGAUGACCUUUCACAAGGAGUGGACUGAGGCUGGAGUCAGUGCAUCAAGAGCCACCACACACAGACGGAUCCUGGACAUGGGCUUCAGAUGUCGUAUUCCUCUUGUCAAGCCGCUUCUGAACAAAAAACAACGUCAGAAGCGUCUUAUCUGGGCUAAAGAAAAACAGACCUGGUCUGUUGCUCAGUGGUCCAAAGUCCUCUUUUCUGAUGAGAGCAACUUUUGCAUCUCAUUUGGAAACCAAGGACCCAGAGUCUAGAGGAAGAAUGGAGAGGCGCACACACUGCAAGAUGCUUGAAGUCCAGUGUGAAGUUUCCACAGUCUGUGUUGAUUUGGGGAGCUAUGUUAUCUGCUGGUGUUGCUCCACUGUGCUUCAUUAAGUCCAGGGCCAACGCAGCAGUUUACCAGGAGAUUUUGGAGCACUUCAUGCUUCCUUCCACAGACGGGCUUUAUGGGGAUGUUGACUUCAUUUUUCAGCAGGACUUGGCACCUGCCCACACUGCCAAAAGCAUCAAAGCCUGGUUCAAUGACAUUGGGAUUACUGUGCUUGAUUGGCCAGCAAACUUGCCUGACAUGAACCCCAUAGAGAAUCUAUGGGGCAUUGUCAAGAGAAAGAUGAGACAUGAGACCGAACAAUGCAGAAGAGCCGAAGGCCGCUAUUGAAGCAUCCUGGUCUUCCAUAAUACCUCAGCAGUGCCACAGGCUGAUAGCUUCCAUGCCACGCUGAAUUGAGGCAGUAGUUGCUGCAAACCAAGUACUGAGUCCAAAUGCAUGCUUAUACUUUUCAGAGGUCCAAAAUUGUUCUAUGUACACUCCUUGUUUUAUAGAUUUCAUGUAAUAUGAGCUGUAAGCCAUAAUCCUCGCACUUAUGACAAAUCACGGCUUGAACUAUCUUGCUUUGCAUGUAAUGCAUCUAUCUCAUAUUAGUUUCCCAUUUUAUGUUGCAUUACUGAAAUAAAUGAACUUUUGCACGAUAUUCUAAUUUUUCGAGUAUCACCUGUAGUUGCCAUUCAAAAGGCAACUAUUUUCUGCAACUCUUACAAUUAAAACCUAAAGAUGAACUUUCCUAUUCAGUUUGGGUACAUUUUGUGAACAUUAGGGUCUAUUUGUACUCUUCAAUGAGCACUAUAGUCACCGGAAUCACAGCUUAAUGUAGUGGUUAUGGUGUCUAUAGCCUUUCCCUGCAGUCUUUUCAAUGUAAAUGCUGCAUUUUCAAAGAAAAGGCAGUGUUUAUUGUGUGUCCUAGUAAAACCACUACAACCUUCAAUAUUUCAGUCCUUCCUCUUUGCAAGACUUACAUUCAUCAUCUCUGCGUUCUGCAUAGAGAUGCUAAACUCUAUUCAUAGAAAUGCAUUGAAUCAAAGCAUCUCUAUGAGGAAAUGCCGACUUGUGCAGAGCAGCAUUUUGCAGUGAUCCGCACUAACCUCCCAAUGCUUGUCUUAAGGGAGGUGGGGUGACAGUGCGGAGAGGUGGGAAAAGGCAAUUACAUUUUGGCUUUGUACUGCUUAUGGUGUGGUAAAUAAACAGUUAGUAGGGAACUAGCUUUAGGGCUACAUGUGUAUAUUCCUAAAAUUGUUGAUACUUUUAAUGUGCACCUGACAUGACUAGUGUGGGCAUGUUUGUGAAUACAAUUUCACAGAUGCAUGUGCACAUGUAUAGCUCAGUACAUUUCACAUGUACAGCUCAGUUGCUAUCAGAUAUCCAGAUGGAAUAUUAUUUUAUUUUAAUAUGUAUGUCUAUAUAUUUGUUUUUAAUAUUUAUUAUUUGCUGUGACUUCAACAUAAAGAUACAAAUAUGGAAGACUGCAGUGACUGUGUGCUGCCGUACUGUAUCUCCAGGUGAUAUCAUUUCUAAUGUAUACAACGGUGGGUGGUUUUGCACAACUAAAAUAGGCUAAAAGUAUACCUACCUGAAUGAGUGUUAAUUUUCCGCACAAUACAUCUCUUCUUCGCUUUAUUUUUCAGUCAAGUUUAAUACUUCGUUUACACUUAAUAGUUGUAAAUUGUGUUGAGUGUUUGCAGCAUUAUAUCUGAAUGUAACAUCAGUAAAGCAAAAUACUCUGAUCUCACAGAGCUAGACAAAUUCCUAAUUAAGGUAGCUGUUUCACCUUGUGGGUGCAUCUUAAAGAUGGGACACUCAUGGGUAGGAUGUUUUGGAUAACACUAGAGAAAAACUAAAAGGUUUGUAUUUUGUCAAAUGCAUCUGCCAUCUUGUUCACCGAUUGUCUCUGAUUAUUCCACAGAGUUUUCUACAGAAGAAGAGAAAGACAUGAAUGAUAAGAAGGAAAUGUCUAUUUCCAAAAUGAAGAGAAAGCAUAAGAAGAAGCACAAAGAGAGACACCGUGUCGGUGAAGAGGUUAUGCCUUUGAGAGUUCUGUCAAAGUAAGUCCUCUUUGCCCAUUUCUGGUGUGUGUUUUUAUUUUUUUAUAUAGAAUAUAUAUUACUACUUAUGAUUUUUGUGUGUGUGUUUUUAUGCAUUUAUUUAGCGGUCUAUUGUUGACGUCAAUCUGUGUCUGUGUGUAUGCAAUUUUAUAAGUAUGUAGAGAUAUAAGUCUAGUGCAGCUGUAUGCUGUAUGCUAUUUGGUGCAUAAAAUACUUUGCCAACUUUCACCUUAAAGCAGGGGUUCUCAACCCAGUCCUCAGGACCCCCUACCAGUCCAGGAUUUGGGGAUUACCUGGGUGUGUCUCAGGUGUUUAGAAAAAGGGAAAAAAACACCUUGGACUCUAAGGUGUUUUUUUUUUUUCUUUUCUUUUUCUAAACACCUGAGACACACCCAGGUAAUCCCUAAACCCUGGACUGGUAGGGGGUCCUGAGGACUAACGUUGAGAACCCCUGCCUUAAAGGAUUGUUCAGAGCACCUUUACAACUAUGGCAUAACUACACUAGUUUAGGUGAUUGCCAUUAGUUCCUGUGAGGCUGAGAGCAUCAGCUGAGUUCUGUUAGCCAAGGAGAGUCUCCCUGUACCACUAGGCUACCUACUAAAGAAUAGGAGGCUAUGGGCAAAUUGUCAAAUGGCUUCACUACAAAACCUGAAGAGCCAGAGCACACAUGGCACCAGAAUCACUACAGCGAGUUGCAGUGGUUUUGUUGCUUGGAUUGUUUCUUUACGUUCAAUUACCUCGGAAGUGCUCUUUUAAUCUUUCCUGUUUGUCUGGUAGAAUUGGGGUGUGGUGCGUCCUGUUUGUGGAAUGUAGUGAUAUAAUGGAUUGUCAACAGCACCCUCACAGCUCAUUCCUUUUUAUUAUGUAUGAUACAACUAUAAAACCUAUGUUUUGCUGCACUUUGUGGGCAUCUGACAAGAGUCGAUGAAUGAGCGCGUGUAUAUUUGAUUUAGAAUGAUGGGAUGACUUUGGUAGUUAUCAAGAAACUAACUAGUGGUGUUAGAUCAGUUUCUAAUCGUUUAAACUAGGGUUCCUUGUUCUAAUGCUGUGUAGCUUUAAUUACGGUCAUGUUGACUUUUAAAUAUUUGUUGUACUGACACACUCUAACCUCAUCUCACCCAACCUUCUGUGUAAAUGUUCUAUAUUGUUUUUUGCAAAAGGAAGUUCCGUAGAAAUUAUAGUUUUAUCUGUUUUUGGCACAAGCUUUAAUAACCAAUAGUCAGUCCUGAAAUUCUAGUUUGUGUGGUGUGUUUUUUUUUUUUUUUUUAAUAUUAAUUUUACAAAUACUUAUAAGUAGAAAGUUUGUAUCUUUGUGUCAGAUGAUAGGUGACUUCUAUGCCAAUAACUGGCUAAAGUACUAAAGAUAAAAGCAUAGGUAGCUUUUAGAAUAACUUGUAACAUUACUCCAAGCAUCUGUUAAUAGUCCAUUUUUUUAAUUUUUUUCCGCAAGUGUUUGCACAUGUAUCCAAAACAAUUAUCUCAAAUGAUCAAAUACACAUUCUGCUGGGUGGAUUCUGUUUAUAAACAGCACAAGGGCCAUUUCCACAGUGAAUAAUCUUUGGUUUUUUUCUAUUCUUUACACAGAAACUUUCUCUUUUUUUUCCUCCCUCACUUUCGAGCACUCAGGGUAGUACAUUAUGGUGUAUUAUUAGUUAUUUAGCACAAAGAUUUUUAUUUGUAGAAGGAUUAGUGGUUUUUUUUUUUUUACCUUUUUAUUUCCCCUUUACCUAGGAUUUCUGAUGUCUUUUCAAGUACACAUAGGAAUAAUGUAUAUUCUAUUUCUAAUUGACUACAAUUUUUGGUGAUUAUCAGAUUACAGUUUACAGAAAAAUAAAACUCCAUCCACACUCCAAGUCCAAACGUAAGAGAAUAUUUAGGGCAACUCUUUAUAAUCUAAAUCAAAUAUUUCUGUAAUCAUUGUAAACAGGAGUUAGUUUGUCUGAUCCGAAAUGUGUAUCUAUAGUAGUUUUAGAUGCAAGGAAGAGCCUAGUCCUUGAUCCUUCAGAAUUUAUCAUUUAUAAAACACAAACAAAUUCCACAGCGCUGUACAAUGAUCUACUAAUAAGUUAGACGCACAUAUGUUGAGGGUCCUGCUCAAACAUACUUACAUUCUAAAGAAAGUGGGGUUAAUGACACAAUAUGUAAGGAUGUAGAAUGUAUUUCAUGUUUUUGGAUUACACAGUUGCAAGAGGGAAAACAAGGUGUGGGGAGGGACAACUAUUAAUAGUUUAAUUGAAAUGCUUUCCUAAAGUAGGUUUUUUUUUUUUGUUUUUUUUUAAUGAGUUUUUUUUGAAGGAAUGGAGUCUGGGUGUGAAAGCCUAAUGCAGUAGGGACAGUGCAGCCCGAGAGAAGUCUUGAAAGUGGGCGUUGGAAGUGGGCGUAUGAACAGAGAGUAGACCCAGAUCUUCAGAGUGUAGGAGCCUGGGCGGGACAUAGCGUUAAGUAGAGAUUUGUAAGCAAGUGCCAGAAUUUUAAUUUAAACCUUAUGUUUUGGUAAUCUAGUGUUAUGACUGACAGAUGGAAAGCAUGGGAGGUGCAAGCGGACAGGAAGCCUAGCUACUGAAUUCAUUAUAGAUUGUUACGGGGCAAGCUGGGAAUGCCUAAGACAACAGAGAAACGGAUUUCAGUAGUCAAGGCGAGAGAGGAUAGCGACAUGGACCACCACCUAAGCCGCAUCCGCUAUAGAGGAUUUGGCCAUUUACUGGCUUGAGCGGUUGUAGUCAAAGAGAACACCUAGUCAGCAAGCCUGUGUACUGGAGCUGAUGGUAGUGCCAUUGACUUGGAGGAAAACACACAUCAGAGUAGCUUGAGGGAGGAAAGACCAGAAGUUCUGUUUUUGGACAGGUUAUCUUUAAGGAAGUAAACAGCCUUCCAGGUAGAAAUGGCAGAGAGGCGGUCAGACACAAAUCCACCACGCUACCUUUCUAUCAAAUUAUUUGUUUGUACAUGUAAUUGGCCCAUUACAUAGAUAUCUGAUUACAUUGCUUGCAAUUUUCCUUGUAUUAUAAGCAUAUUAAACUUCCCAAAGCUCCAGUUCAGCAAGUUAAUUCUGUAAAGAGAUUUUUUUUGUUUUUUUUGUGUAAUUUUUUUUAAAUUAAAUUAUAUAUCAUAAAACAUUUAACAUAGAUAUACAAACAACAAAAAAUAAUGAUGAUUCCUUCUAGAAUCAUACAUCACAAAAAACAUACCAUAAUCACAGAUGGAUACUGCAUUACAAUUUUAACCAUUAUACAAGCUGUUGUUAUAAUGACAUUCAUAUCUAUACAAUAAUACAAGUUACAUAUAUAAGAUGACCUUAAUAUUUAGGGCUUAUCGAUUAACCUUUUCUUAAUUUCUUGUUAUUAAAUCUUUCCUUUUUUUCUCUCUCCUUUUCCUUUUCUUUUUCCCUUCUCUCUUUCCUUCUUUUCUCUCCUUUACCUUUUUUAUUUAUUUAUUUCUUAUAAGUCUUCUGUGAAACUGUAUUGGUUAUCUUGUUACCCAUACAUUUUUAUCUUUUCUGUGAUUAAUUCUCAUCCAUACCAACAAUUUAGGUUAGUUCUUAUGACCUUGCAUGUGUAUUUUUUCUUUUCACUCUCUUAUUUCCUCUUUUUUCUCUUUUUUUCUUUUUUUUUCUUUUCCUUUUUUCCCCUUCUUUCUCUUUCCCCUCUUUUCUUCUCCCUUCUACUCUCCCCAUUCUUCCUUCCCUUUAUUUUCCCUUUAUUUUUUCCUUCUCCCUUUCUAUUUAUCCUCUCACAUUCGCCUUUUCUUUUCUUCUUUUUUUUCUUUCCUUUCCCUUUCCCUCUUUUUCUUUCUCCCUUUUUUUUCCUUAAUUAUUUUCUAUCUCUCCAUAAGAUUAAUAUCUAUUAUCAGAGUAUUAUACCCCUGUCUUAAUGUUAUUUUUAUGAAUAGUGUACCAUAUUACUAACUUUUCCAUCUCCAAUUGGUUUUGAAUUUGGGCCUUAAUUGGUAUAUAUUAGGGAUAUCAGUUUUUUUUUUUUUUUCAAGCUUUUGCGAUCAGCAACUUAGUAGCCAUAAGGCAAUGAGUGAGUAAUAUUUAAUUUUUCUUGUCUAAUUUAUUAUUAUACAUGUGGAAUAGGGCUAUUUCUGGAGUAAAAUUUAAUUGGAUAUUAAUUAUUGCCAUUAUUAUUUUAAAUGCCAGGUCCCAUAGUGGUUGAAUUCUGGGACAGUUCCACCAUAUGUGUGUCCUAGAACCAUCCAAAUGAAAACAUCUCCAGCAGUUGUAAUUAUGUUGUAGUUAUAUAUUGUGCUCUGUAAAGAGUUUAAAUAGCUGUGUUCCAGGAUCCUGUCAUUACUGAUGACAGGAUCCUGAAACAACACUGGGAUGAAGCAUGAGAGGUAAAAUGUUAAAGCUAUGGGAGUAGUGAGCACAGUACAGAUGGCAUCCAAUCAGAACAAAUACUUACGUAUGUGAUGUUAAGGAAUAAUAAGCAGAAAUUAUAGUGUGGAUGUAUUGGCUUUGGCAAGUGGUUUUGGAUAGGUUUCCUAUUUCAAUUCGGUGUUUUGUUAAUAUUUUAUUAUUACGAAUGAAUGUUAGAUCAGACUAGAUGUAAACACGGUACAAAGAAGAAAAUCAAAAUGUGAAUAUAAUUUUGUGCAAGAAAUGUAUUUUAGAAGUUUAGCCUUUAUUUCAUUGAAAUUCGCUGUAUACUAAUAGCACACAACUGGCACCAAGUCCAUUUUAGAUUUUUUGAGAAUCCUGAAAGUUUUUUUUUUUUUUAAUGAAUCAAACAAAUGUAAGUAAAAAUAAAAUGAUGCAAACAGAAGAAAUACAUAAAAAAACAACUCCUCUUGAAGCCAUAUCCAUUGCCAGGGUACAAUUGAAGUAUAUCCUUAAAGGACCACUAUAGGCACCCAGACCACCCCAGCUUAAUGAAGUGGUCUGGGUGCCAGGUCCAGCUAGGGUUAACCCUUUUUUCUAUAAACAUAGCUGUUUCAGAGAAACUGCUAUGUUUAUAUUAGGGUUAAUCCAGCCUCUAGUGGCUGUCUCAUUGACAGCCGCUAGAGGCGCUUGCGUGCUUCUCACUCUGAUUUUCACAGUGAGAAGACGCCGGCGUCCAUAGGAAAGCAUUGUGAAUGCUUUCCUAUGAGACUGGCUGAAUGCGCGUGCGGCUCUUGCCGCACAUGCGCAUUCAGCCGAGGAGGAGACGAGGAGAGCUCCCUGCCCGGCGCUGGAGAAAGAGGUAAGUUUAACCUGUUCCUCACCCUAGAGCCUGGCAGGAGUGGGACCCUGAGGGUGGGGGCACCCUCAGGCAUUGGCGGAUCCAGGGGGGGGCGGCAAUGGGGCAAUUGCCCCCCCCGAGUUUCCCCCCUGCCGGCUAAAGCAGGCUGGCAUUGCCCAAGUGCCAGCCCUGCAGUGUGCCUGCGGACCGGGGAGGAAGAUCAGAGCUCUCUCUCCCCGGUCCGCAGGCACUGUGCUGACAGCCGGCGGCGGAGGGAGGGAGUAAGAGAGAGGACCCGGAGCUCAGUCUGCAGCUCCUCCGGGUCCUCCUCUCUCGAGAUUUGGAGCGUUGCCGCGGUUACAGUGGCAACGCUCCAAAUCUCGUGAGAGUGAACUCUAGCCCGGGAGCGCGGGCUAGAGUUCACUCUGACCACCAGGGAAUCACCACUGGGACCACCAGGGAAAUGUCCCCCCUCCUCCUAAAUAAAGGUAAGAAGGGAGGGGGGACACAAAAUAUUUAUUUUUAUUAAAUAAAAAUUUUUUUUUAUUAUUUAAAAGCCUCCUCCCAUUACACACAAAGUGCUCCCCACCACACACACACUGCCCCAUUACACACACUGCCCCAAACACUGUCCCCUAUACACACACACACUGCACACCCACAAACACUGUCCCCAUACACACACUGCACCACAAACACUGUCCACAUACACACACUGCACACCCACAAACACUGUCCUCUUACACACACUGCACCACAAACACUGUCCCCAUACACACACUGCACACCCACAAACACUGUCCCCAUACACACACUGCCCCACAAACACUGUCACCAUACACAAACUGCACACCCACAAACACUGUCCCCAUACACACACUGCACCACAAACACUAUCCCCAUACACACACUGUCCCAUACACACACACUGUCCCCCAUACACACACUGUCCCCCAUACACACACUGUCCCCAUACACACACUGUCCCCCAUACACACACUGUCCCCCAUACACACACUGUCCCCCUAUACACACACACUGUCCCCUAUACACACACACUAACCCAUACACACACACUGCCCCCACACACACACUGCCCCCCAUACACACACACACUGCCCCACAAACACUGUCCCCAUACACACUGCCCCACAAACACUGUCCCCCAUACACACUAGCUCCCCACACAAACAACACCGUCCCUCAUACACACACACUGCCCCCAUACAUACACUGCCCCCUAACACACACACUACAACCCUGACAUACACUGCUGCACUCACACACUUCAGCCUUAACACACACCACUGCUCCUAUACCCUAUAUCCCAGCAGACCCCAGGUAAGUUGUCAAACUGUUCUUAAACGGUAUAACUACUUACUCUGGGGUGGAAUCCUGGCACUACUGACACCAUAACUACUACACUGAGCUGUAGUGGUUAUUGUGUCUGGAUUAUUUAAUUAAAUAAUCUACAAGUGCCCCUCCCGAGAUCAGGCUCUGGAUCCGCCACUGCCCUCAGGGCACUAUAGUGCCAGGAAAACAAGUGUGUUUUCCUGGCACUAUAGUGGUCCUAUAACCGUUUAUUUUCGGUAGUAGCUAUACUAGCUAUAAAGCUGUGAUAUCUUCUAGACUUGUUGCCAUCAGAAACCAUAAAUGCUUCAAAAGCUAAUUUUCUCUGCAGACAUGGAACCUGAAAAUUGAAGCCGCUUUAAACUUCCCUGUCAAAGGGUUAUUGUUUACCAUAAUAAAACCAUAAAGAAAGCGCAGAAUCUAUGAAAAUAUUAUCAGGCAUCACACAUACAGCGGAUAGUGCACUUUUUUAAUUACAACAAGUGGCUCUAUCCUCUGCAGUCGUCGUGCCUAUAUUUUCCAUUUCACUUCUUGUUAGAUUCAUCAUACAAACACACUUUUUCUAGAACCCUAUUCUUGACAAAGUAAUUUUCAUGUUUCUAUGGAAGUUUACAGAUUUACCAUCACAAAAAACCAUUUGCCCCAUUUCAUUGUUUGUACACUAGUUGCACUCAAGCUUCACACAUGCAGAUAAAAAGCACUUACUACAGUAGUCACAGGAAGUACCUCAUUUUCUCUGCAAACUUAAAACCUCCAUAUUGAAGCAGCUUUGAACGGGUUAGAGCAAAUUUUAAUAGAUUCUGCGCUAUCUGGACCACACAUACAGCGGAUAGUAGCACUUACUUUAUUAAUUACAGCAAGUGGCUCUAUCCUCUGCUGACGUAGUGCUGUAUACUCCAUUUCAUUUUUUGUUCGAUUCAUCAUAAAAACAAACUUUCUCUAGAACCAUAUCCUUUUCAUGUUUUUUAUUGACAAUUUUAAGGAAUUUCCAUCACAAAAAACAAACCUUUUGUUAGUACUCACCAUCAGUUGCACUCAGGCAUCAGAUAUGAAGAUAAAAUGCACUUAUUACACCAGACACCGGAAGUACCUAAUUUUCUCUGCACACAUAAAACCUCCAUAUUAAAGCCACUUUGAAUACAAAGCACAUUUUCAUAAAUUCUGCGCGAUCAGGAACCACAUAUACAGCGGAUAGUAGCACUUACUUUAUAAAUUACAGGAAGUGGCUCUAUCCUCUGCAGACGUAGUGCCUGAAUUCUCCAUUUCACAUUUACACGAUCUCUACAACCAUAAUCCUUACAGAGAAAUAUCUGCAUUCAGCUGAGUUCCUGACUGCUUUUCAGUGAGCACCUGCUUUCUAUCCUAUAGUAAGACCUAGAAUCUUUUGCAGUGAUGUCCACUUGAGUGCAGAGCUCACUUUCACGCUCUGCAUCAAGCAUAGAAAUGUCCUACAAAGCAGAAGGAGGGGCCGCAUGUUAAGGUGCCCAUGCGGGUAUGGGUUUUCAGGGGGCUCGGUCAGCGCUGGGCACUUUAACAGCUCGACCGGGCCACCUGUGAUGAGAUCAUCACAUGCUGAGGGAGGAGUGAUGGGGAGUCACUUCCUAAGUUAUCACUGAGAGCCCGUGCGGGGGGCAGUAGGAGUGAGAGUGGGAACUCUGACUCCCAUCAACCUGAGCCACCACUGGACCCCAGGGAAAGUCACGCUCCUGCACUUAAAAGGUAGAAAACAGGAGGGUGACUUAAAUAUUAUGUGUGUGUGUGUUUGUGUCUGUAUGUGUCUGUUUAUAUGUAUGUAUGUAUGUAUGUGUGCCUGUCUGUUUGUAUAUAUGUGUGCCUGUCUAAAUGUGUGUGUCUCUGUAUGUAUGUAUGUGUCUGUCGAAGGGGGGAGUUAGAGGGCGGGGGCCCCAUGGAUCAGUUUCGCACCGGGACCCCAUGGGUUGUGUGUACCACUGCCCACACUGCUAGAUAUACACAGAGAUGCAGAAAAACCCUCCCCUCAUACAAAUAAUACAAACAGACCGCACACAAUCCGCACAAACUCAAACACCACUAGCAAUCCACAUACAUGCACACAACCCCACAUGCAGUCUCUUACAUACAAUAUCCCAAACAGUCCCACACAUACACACACACAAUGUGACAAAUCCAUCCCCACACACACACACACACACACACACACACAAUUCCACAAGCAGCCCCCAUACACAGCCCACAUUCAUAGGUAUCAUACACAAUACCACAAACUACUCCUGAACAUAUACAAUAUAAUAGCUCAUGUACGCACAAAUACAACGAUACAAAGCAACCACAGUAUAAAUAACACAAGCAGGAUACGGCAACAUACACCCCUCAAUAUAAAAAAAAAAAUAGGACCAGCACGCUACGGGACAUCACAAUCCUAUUUCGGCACAGUGCUGCUAGAAGGUUACCUACCCCUGAUUUAGCAUCAUAAAAACAUUUGUAACACAUUUCCAUAGAUUCUGCGUGGUCAGGACCACACAUGCAGCGGAUAGUGCACUUACUUUAUUAAUUAUAGCAAGUGGCUCUAUCCUCUGCAGGCGUAGUGCCUGUAUUCUCCAUUUCACUUCUUGUUAGAUUCGUCUUAAAAACACACUGUCUCUAGAACCAUAUUCUUUACAGAAGAAUUUUCACGUUUCUAUGUAAGUUCAAGUAUUUACAUCACAAAAAACAUUUGCCCCAUUUCAUUGUUUGUACACCAGUUGCUCUCAGGCUUCAGAUAUGCAGAUAAAAAGCACUUACUAGAGUAGUCACAGGAAGUACCUAAUUUUAUCUGCACACAUAAAACCUCCAUAUUGAAGCAGAUUUGAACAGGUUAGAGGAAAUUUUAAUAGAAUCUGCUCCAUCAGGCAUCACACAUACAGCCAAUAGUAGCACUUACUUUAUUAAUUACAUCAAGUGGCUCUAUCCUCUGCAGAUGUAGUGCUGUAUACUCCAUUUCACUUUUUGUUAGAUUCAUCAUAAAAACACACUUUCUCUAGAACCAUAUCCUUUACAGAGGAAUGUCUGCAUUUAGCGGAGUUCCUGACUGCUUUUGUCUGUGAGCACCUGCUUUCUGUCAUGUAGUACUAGACCUGGAACUUUUUGCAGUGAUGUCCACUUGAGUGCAGAGACCACUUUCUCUUACACAUAAGUAGCUUAUAUUGCAUAUAGAAACAAAAUGCUAACUAAAAUGCAUGCAUCCUCAUAAUAGGGGGGGAGGGGUUUGUAAAUCCCUAGGAAAGCCUUUGUUAUUGAGGCAAAUCUUGGAGCUCGGCUUCCCUGUAAUAUUUUUAAGGAAUACUGGCAUGUUAGACAUGUAACAAUAUAAAUGGAUUUACUUAAUUUUACAGAACGACUGUUGUUUAAAGGACCACUCUAGGCACCCAGACCACUUCAGCUUAAUGAAGUUGUCUGGGUGCCUGGUCCUUCUAGGGUUAACCCAAUUUUUCAUAAACAUAGCAGUUUCAGAGAAACUGCUAUGUUUGUGAAUGGGUUAAGCCUUCCCCUAUUUCCUCUAGCAGCUGUCUCACUGAGAGCCGCUAGAGGCGCUUGCGUGCUUCUCACUGUGGUUUUCACAGUGAGAGCACGCCAGCGUCCAUAGGAAAGCAUUAUGAAUGCUUUCCUAUGUGACCGGCUGAAUGCGCGUGCAGCUCUUGCCGCGCGUGCGCAUUCAGCCGACUGGGAGGAGAGCUCUCCGCCCAGCGCUGGAAAAAGGUAAGUUUUAACCCCUUUCCCCUUUCCAGAGCCGGGCGGGAGGGGGUCCCUGAGGGUGGGGGCGCCCUCAGGGCACUAUAGUGCCAGGAAAACGAGUGUGUUUUCCUGGCACUAUAGUUGUCCUUUAAGGGGUUGUAUAGUUAUACUGGUUAGGAUGGAUUAUGUAGUAGUAGAGAGCAGUAGAUCAUCCAAUAUAGAAAGCAGAUAUGUAAGUCGCGGGAGCUUAACUAAGAUGCACAAACCUGAAGUACACUUAUUGACUAAUAAUAAUUGGUAGGGGGUUUAAGUAUAACAAAUAUAUGAUAAUGUGUCAGCAGUUCAGGAAACAUAACGGUUAUCAAUACACAUUGUGAACUGCCAUUAGUACAUCCAGUUAUUGAACAUAGAAAUGUAUAUAGCAUCCAUGGAUAAGGAAUAGUAUUCCAGUUCUAGUUUGAUUAUAUAUUGUGCUCUAGUAGUAUUGGUAUGUGAAUUCUGGGUAAAAGCAAAUAUUACCAAAACACAGGGGGAAAAUUAAUUCUAAUAGAAUUCUGGAAGAAAGGAGGUUUAGAACUAUAUGAAAUUAAAUAUAAAAAGUAGUCUCAAAGAAGGACGCAAGAUAUGCCUAAUCUCAAUGUAACUUCUUUCUCUUUACAUUUUUUAUUUGUUACCUAAUGAUUUUAAGUGUGCAAACUGGUAGCAACUCAGCUGUAGAAUUUUUCUCUUAACUUUCUAAAAUCUUUUGGAAGAGGCUUAAUCUGAAGCCGCAAUGCCAGUACAGAAAGCACUUACUACAUUAAUAACUGAAAGUGCUUUAUGUUCUUAGCAGAGAUGGAUCCUCAAACAUUUUCUCGCUUUAAAGGGACACUACAGUCACCAGAACAACUACAGUUUGAUUUAGUUAUUCUUGUGAGUAUAGCUUGUCCCUGCAGGCUUUUUAAUGUAAACACUGCCUCCUGGGGCAGUGCUGCACAGUGUGAAGAGAUGCUGAUUGUCGCAGCUUGGCAUUUUGCUGCGCAGUAGCCUCUGCAUGGUUUCCUGUGGAUUGGCUGAAAUCAUCAAAUCUGAUGUCAGCCAAGGAGGUGUAUCAGGGGCAGGACCAGACUCAAGGAGCCCUGUGUGGCUUUUCUAACCUCAGGUAAGGGAGGACAACCACCUAAGUAGUAGUUUUAAAACUAUAGUUUCAGAAAUACUUUUGUUUUCCUGACACUAGUGACCCUUUAAACUUUCACAUGCCAUUAUUAAAGGGACACUAUAGUCACCUGAACAACUUUAGCUUAAUGAAGCAGUUUUGGUGUAUAGAACAUGCCCCUGCUCAAUCCUCUGCCAUUUAGGAGUUAAAUCCCUUUGUUUAUGAAUCCUAGUCACACCUCCCUGCAUGUGACUUGCACAGCCUUCCAUAAACACUUCCUGCAAAGAGAGUCCUAUUUAGGCUUUCUUUAUUGCAAGUUCUGUUUAAGAUUUUGUUAAGCUAUGGUAAUAGCUUGCUAGACCCUGCAAGAGCCUCCUGUAUGUGAUUAAAGUUCAAUUUAGAGAUUGAGAAACAGUGAUUUAACUCCUAAAUGACAGUGAAUUGAGCAGUGAAAUUGCAGGGGAAUGAUCUAUACACUAAAACUGCUUUAUUUAGCUAAAGUAAUUUAGGUGACUAUAGUGUUCCUUUAAGUGAGAAAUAGUCUGCGUGUAUUGGAGUUGGCAAGUGGUUUGGGUAAGUUUCCUUUUUCAGUUGGGUGUUUUUGUUAAUAUUUUGAUCUUAUUAAUGAAUGAAUGUUAGGCUAGAAAUAAACAUUGUACAAAGGAGAAAAUACAAUGUGAAUAUAAUAAUUUUGUACAUGGAAUGUGUUUUAAAAGUUGAGCCUUUGCUUCAUCGAAAUUCGCUGUAUAAUCAUUGAACACAAGUGGCACCAAGUCAAUUUUAGAUUUUUUUUGAGAAUCCUGAAAGUUUAUUUUUUCUGAAUCAAACAAAUGUAAGUAAAAAUAAAAUGAUACAAACAGAAUAAAUAUAUAAAAAAAAAUUACAAAUUUAAUAAUUGAAGUAUCCUUAAACCAGUUUAUUUCCGGUAGUACUUGCUAGACUUGUUUCUAUCACAAACUAUAAAUGUUUCAAAAGGAAGCACUUCCUACACAAAUUACAGUAAGUGCUCGCUUUCUCGGCAGUCAUGAACUCUUUUAAAUUUUCUUCACUUUUCCCGUUUCUGUGGAAGCUUAAGGAUUCACCAUCACAAGAAAACAUUUGCCCCAUUUUAUUGUUGGUACACCAGUUGCGCUUAAGCUCCAUUUAUGCAGAGAAAAAGCACUUGCUACACUAAUCACAGAAAGUACCUGAUUUUCUCUGCAGACAUGGAACCUAAAAAUUAAAGCCAUUUUAAACUUGCCUGUAACGUUGUGUAAUUUAGGUUUUAGCAUCAUAAAAACAUUCGAACACAUUUUCAUAGAUUUUGCGCUAUUGGACCACACAUACCGUGGAUAGUAGCACUUUAUUAAUUAUAGCAAGUGGCUCUGUCCUCUGCAGGCGUAGUGCUGUAUACUCCAUUUCACAUUUUUAUGGAAGUUUAAGAAUUUACCAUCACACAAAAAAAAACCUUUUGCCCUAUUUAAUUGUUAGUGCACAGUUGUACUAAGGCUUCAGAUAUGCAGAUAAAAAGCACUUACUACAGUAGUCACAGGAAGUAGCUAAUUUUCUCUGCAUACAUAAAACCUCCAUAUUGAAGCAGAUUUGAACAGGUUAGAGCAAAUUUUAAUAGAUUCUGCGCUAUCUGGACCACACAUACAGCUGAUAGUAGCACUUACUUUAUUAAUUACAGCAAGUGGCUCUAUCCUCUGCAGACGUAGUGCCUGUGUUCUCCAUUUCACAUUUUAAUGGAAGUUUAAGAAUUUACCAUCACACGAAAAAACAUUUGCCGUAUUCAGAUAAAAAGCACUUACUACAGUAGUCACAGGAAGUAGCUAAUCUUCCCUGCACACAUGUUAAAGCUACCUGGAACACAUUAGAGCCCGUUUUCAUAAGUUCUGUGCUAUUAGGAGCCACGUAUACAGCGGAUAGUAGCACUUACUUUUUUACUCACAGCAAGUGGCUCUAUCCUCUGCAGACGUAGUGCCUGUUUUUUUCCAUAUCACACUUACUGUUUCUAGAACAAUAUCUUUUACUGAGUAAUUUCUGCUUUUUGUUAGAUUCAUCAUUUAAAAACACACUUGCUCUAGAACCAUAUCCUUUACAGAGAAAUUUUCACGUUUAAGGAUUUAAAUCUCAAACAUUUGCCCCAUUUCAUUGUUUGUACACCUGUUGCACUCAGGCUUCAGAUAUGCAGAUAAAAAGCACUUACUACACAGUAGUCACAGGAAGUACCACAUUUUCUCUGCAGACAUGAAACCUCCAUAUUGAAGCCGCUUUCAAAACAUUAGAAUACAUUUUCAUAAAUUGUGCGUUACUGGGACCACACAUACAGUGGAUAGUAGCACUUUAUUAAUUACAGCAAGUGGCUCUAUCCUCUGCAGACCUAGUGCCUGUAUUCUCCAUUUCACUUCUUGUUGGAUUCAUCAUAAAAAACACACUUUUUUAUUAGAACCAUGUCUUUUACAAAGGAAUUUCUGCAUUCAACAGAGUUCCUGACUGCUUUUGUCACUGAGCACCUGUUUUCUAUCUUAUAGUAGUAGAUCUAGAAUUUUCUGUAGUGAUAUCCACUUUAAUUUACACAUCAAGGAAAAGACUGUGUUUACAUUACACCCUAGAAACAACUAAUGGCCACUCUUCAGGCGGCCACUAGAGGUACUUCCUGGGGCAGUGCUUCUGUUCAGCAUAUGGAGGCACUCAACCUCAAAAUUGAAGCUGCUUUGAGCUUCCCUGUGAAAGUGUAAUUAAGGGUUUACCAUCAUAAAAAUAUUAGAAAACAUUUUCAUAGAUUCUGCGCCAUCAGGAACCACACAUACAGCGGAUAGUGCACUUACUUUAUUAAUUACAGCAAGUGACUCUAUCCUCUGCAGACGUAGUGUUGUAUUCUCCAUUUUACUUCUUGUUCCAUUCAUAAAAACACACUUUCACUAGAACCAUAUCCUUUACAGAGGAAUUUUCAAGUUUCUAAAGAAAUUUAAGAAUUUACAUCACAAAAAUCUUUUGCCCCAUUUCAUUGUUUGUACACAGUUACAUUCUGGCUUCAGAUAUUCAGAUAAAAAGCACCAAUUACACUUGUCACAAGAAGUAAUUUUCUCUGUAGACAUAAAACCUCCAUAUUGAAGCCACUUUGAAAACAGCACAUUUUCAUAAAUUCUGCGCGAUCAGGAACCACAUAUACAGCGGAUAGUAGCACUUACUUUAUUAAUUACAGGAAGUGCCUCUAUCCUCUGCAGACGUAGUGCCUGAAUUAUCCAUUUCACAUUUACACGAUCUCUACAACCAUAACCCUUACAGAGAAAUAUCUGCAUUCAGCUGAGUUCCUGACUGCUUUUCAGUGAGCACCUGCUUUCUAUCCUAUAGUAAGACCUAGAAUCUUUUGCAGUGAUGUCCACUUGAGUGCAGAGCUUACUUUCACGCACUGCAUCAAGCAUAGAAAUGUCCUACAAAGCAGAAGGAGGUACCUUAAUUGUCAUUCUUGGGGUUUAUCUGCCAAUUUGGAACCUGAAAGGAAGACAUUUGUUGUAUAUUAAAGGUUCUUGUAGAAGAUAUAUUGGAUUCAACAUUCACCAUGAUGGCAUUAAAUUAAUGGCUAUGUAUUGUAUCACAAUCACGUAAUCAAUUAACGUUUUAAUAUUUCAGUAUAUAAUUUUAUAUCUUUAUUUUGUUAAAGGCAAUGGAUUACAAAACCCAGUCAAAAACUAAACCGUGCAGCUUACAAAUAAAGUCUGUUGUAGAAAAAAUUAUUGUAAAAUUAUGAGCUGUAUGUAACAUCUUAAUAAAUAAACAUAGUUUGGUUAAGACAGAUCCAUCUAGUAUUCUACAUUUAGAGAGUGAUGUUUGUAUAUCGAAACAAGAAUAUGGAAAGAUGGCUGAAGGAAAUGGGUAUGGGGGAAAAAACUAAACUAAAGGAAAGAUGGCUUGACACUAGUCUAAAUGGAGGUAAUAAUGUAUGUAAUUUCCCUAUGUGAGACACAAGUGUAUUAAUGCAAUUGGAAUAUGUAGACAAAUUUACAGUCCCAGCUUAUUGGCUGCAAAUUUGCCCCCAUUGCUAGACUGAAAUUCGUGGGUGUCUGCCACAGAAUAUACACAGUUGCACAGCUACACUGCUGUGGUAUGUAUGUGUUUUAUUCUUGGCGCAGUUAUCUAGAAUUUGUGCAUUCAGAAAACACAGAUGCAGAGACUGAAAGCAAUUAUCACAGUAAGUGCCUAAUGUUCUCGGCAGCCCUGACCCCUCUGUUUAGUUGACAUUACUCUUAGUUGUGAAAGUGGAAUUAAGGAUAUGUCAUCACUAAAACAAUAGAGCACUUUACUUAUUAAUGGACCAGUCAAGCACCCCAUUGUUAAAAUAUUGGAGGUCUUCUUCCUGUCUUAUAGACAUUAAACUACUACAUAAAACAAGCAAACUUAACUCUUUCUUUGGAAGGUUACAUUUAAAACUCACUUUUUCAGUGUUGUAAUAUAAAGGGUUACUCUAAGCACCGUGAUCAGUUCAGCAAUUUGAAGUGGUCAUGGUGCCUGGAGUCUGUAUGCGCAGUUUUUCACUUUGAAAAACUAUAUAUAUAGAGAUUAACCCAAUUAGCUGCAGGAGGUGCAACUCCAGCGUCAUUUGCCAGCCCAGGACAAAGUUCCAGGUUUGCAAUGGGACAGAAGCUAGUUUUUUUUUUUGUUUGUUUGUUUUUUUUGUUGUUUUUUUGUGUUUUUUUUUCUUUUCUUUUUUUUUUUUCCGUUAAAUGUAUUUAUUGCAGAGGUCACAUGAAAGUGUUACUCUAACCAAAACCAAUGUUUUAUGAAUUGAAAGGUGGGAGAGUAAAACCCUCAAUGCUUUUUCUAUUAAUCUUAAUUUAAUAUUAAUAAAUACAAAAAUAGUAUGCAUAGAAUACAGUAGGUUUUACUUUAAUGUCAAAUAUUCAUUCUCUGCCCUAUACACCUAGUAUACACGUUUGAACCAGUUAGCAAUGCAUGGCCAUCAUUCAAUGUGGACACACUAUUUUCCUCUUAAUACCUUGCAUUCUUUACAUUCAGACCAGUCCAUAACUUUUUUUUUUAUCAUGACCACAUGCCUUUUCAUCUUGUGAGAUGGAUAUAUACCUGACAUUCUUUGCAACAAUGUCCACUUUAGCACAGAGUCUAAUUUACAAAGACAUUGAAAUGUACUUAAAUGUUAACCAGGAUGUACCUCUUAAUGUGAUAAAUCCUUGGUUUCUGUUUCUGGCCUGUGACCUAAAAGGAGGAGAAAUGUUCGAUAUUGACAAUGUUUUCAUAGAAAUAAUACACUUUGGGGGCUGUGCUUGGUGCCUUAAUAGCAGACUGAAACCUAAUAGUGAAACAAUACAAAUGUGAAAAUGAGAAGGGAAAACUCCAGUAAUACGGAGUUGUUUUUUGUUUUGUUUUUUCUGAAUGACACAUAAACUACAUAACAUACCCAAAUAGAAAUCUGUACAGGUUAGGACUUUUAAGUGCAUAAUGAGAAUCCAUAUAGGUUUAGGAGGAAAACUAAAGGUCUUGGAAAUAUUACAUUUUAUUGAGGGCUUUUUCUUAUACCACUCUCACAUUGCACAUCCAGCCUGUGAGCAUGAUAGUGGUCUUCAUCUACCCCAUCUAGAAUAUGACAAGUAGUCUAUCACUGUAUGAGAGGGCUAAGCAAGCUAUGGGUGGUUGAGGUUUCUAUGAAAUGGUGGAAUACAUUUUUCUUCUUUUAAAGCACAUCAAAAUAUUUAGAUAUAAAAAUGAAAAUCCCAGAUCAACACACAUAUUUUAAUAUUCAAAAAAAAUAAACAUUUCAGCAAAUGUGUAGUAAGCUGUUUAGUGAAAGAAUAAAAGAAAAGUUAAUUAGCUAUGAGCUUUUUUUUUUUCUUAAUUCAUUUUUUUGAAUAUUGUAGAGAAUGCAGCAUAGCAAUAAUAUACGUAAUUAGUAGAGUUAGUCUUUAUUCUUAAAUUUAAAAAACUCUAUUCUGUUUAGUUGUAUUAUAUUGCCAUUGAAUACUAUAAAAAGAGCAAGGCUAUAACAAAAACAUAAAAAAGGACUGCUUAAUAACAAGUAGAAAAUCCCAACCAUAAACUAAUAGUAUUAAUAAAGAAAAUCAACUUAAUGUUAGAUACUUUCUUCUACUCUAGUUUAUUGGUGGCAGGGUGCAGGAUUUUUGACAAGUUUGGUCUUCUCUUGAUGGACUAUGGAAAAAGCAUGCACUCUCACAUAACUUAUUCAUUAAAUGUAUCCCCUAUGACUGUUUCAUUGGGCAAGGCAUUAAUGGACAGUAACAGGAAUGUUUCUUACCUGAAUCUCCUUCUCUGAAUUCCUGAUCUGGAUUAAUAGGCAGUAGGUCCCUGCCCUGGCUUUAUACUCACCACUAUCUCUUGGAUGCAUCUAAUCCUGGUGAACCUUCUGAGCUGUUUUUCAUUGUAAUGGAAAUGUGUGCAAAAUGUAAAAACCUGGGUGAGUCCUUAAACCAGUUGUCUUAUUUAUCAGGAUUAACCAGAGGAAAUCUCAACAGUUAACCCCACGUAUGCAUGAGCUGGAUCUAAGGCCAUGCCUUCCAAUAAAUGUCUUUUCUUUGCACCUAUAAGGGUUAAUAACCCCCCAUGGCUCACAUGGCUUAGUUUGCUGUCCUCUGGGCAAAAUGUACACACCAAGAGCCUUUCAGUCACUAAAAGCUAUUGUGUUUUGUGGGUGGAGUGGGGGGGGGGGGAUCAGCACUACAAACAUAUGCAUAACUUGAGACUGUAUGUCAAUUGUACUCACCUUUUGUGAAUCUUGGGAAUAAAAUUAGCUCCAUUUAGCACCUUUUGUUUGAUUCAUAGCCCAUUUGGUCCCUUUUUCCAACAAAUGGAAAUUGAUAGAGAAAAUAAACUUAUUUUUACUUAACUUAUUUUAGGUAUGAUAUUGGCUCUAAACUAAUUUUGUUUAAUUUGUUUUGUGUUUUUUCUUUCUUUAAUGUAUAUGGUUAGGAUCCUACUGGAGCUACAAUGUUAGUCUAGAAUUGCACAUGCUGUACUCUGCUAGUGAGAAUACCCUACAAAUAAGUCCUCAUUGAAACAUUUCCAGUGGCACAGGGAGUGCUUUUCAUUAAUUUAAAUACAAAUGUUUCUGGACUACUGUAAAUGGCAAUGGUAAUUUCUGCAUCCUUAGUGUUUUCUUUUGAAAAUAGAAAUUACAUUCAACGUGUGUGUGUGUGUGUGUGUGUGUGUGUGUGUGUAUAUGUAUAUAUAUAUAUGUAUAUAUAUGUAUAUAUAUAUAUAUAUAUAUAUAUGUAUGUAUGUAUGUAUGUAUAUAUAUAUAUAUAUAUAAUUAUGUGUGUGUGUGUGUAUAUAUAUAUAUCUUGCUGUAAUGAGCAACAAAGUGUUAGUCUGCCUGCAAACUGCUUAGGGGAGUCCUCCAUUAAGUCAUUUUAGAUUUAUUUCAACACAGAUUUCAGGCAAAUAUCCAAUUGCACACCAGUGGGUAUUCUCCCCUUUGUUGCUCAAACGCGAGCUUACAGAGAAGAGGACACAAUCUUAAUGGAGAUGUGUUGGUUAAAAAUGCAGUUCUACUAAAUUAACAUCCAACAGUAUAAUCUAAUACAAUUGAUAAGUUUAUUUUCUUCAUUUAAUUGUAUCUGACGACUACACCUAGUGCAUACUGGAGUAGGGUUCAUGUAGUUACACAAUUACAAUAUUUUUUUUCUUCUCUAGUUUGCUAAUUUCUCCUGACAAGUCUGCAUCCAGGUAUUUUUUGAUCGGAAACCCCGAUAGACCCGUCACAUGCAUGAUGCUUUUGAUUUGGUUGCUGUAUAAUAUUUAGGUUUAGUACCUCCAAAACUCCUUGGAAGAUUGAAUUUACCUGUAACCAAAGAAUCCAGGAAAAAGUCACAGCAGAAUAAGUCACAGAAACCCUCAAACAACUCCAAAACAAUGUCUCCUCCGAUCUCCAAAUUAUUGGUGUAAAUAUGUGAUGGCUUUUAAAGUCUAUUAGUUAUAUAUGGCAGAUACAUUUUGGAAUAAACAGACUGACAAUUAUUUUAUUUUUGGUUUUAUUGGUACCAUUAGGCAUUUGCAGCAGAUUAUAUUAAAACUUCUCCCCCCUACUUUCUACUCGUGCAUACAGGGUUUGGUAAACAGGAGUGCAGUAUUUGUCCACAGUUUUGGUUGAGAGAGAGAGAGAUUGAUUUAUUUUGAUAACAAAGAUUGUGUGUGUGUAGAGGGUAUUAGUUUAGUUUUGAUAACCAAUGCUAUCAGUGGCUGAUAUAACUAAUCCUUAAAAUAAACUGUGUUUUGUGGUCUUUUAUUAUUUUUAAUUGUGGGGCUGGCAUGUAAUUAAUACAGUGCAGUAUUUACAUUGACUCUAUGCUAUUCAAAUACCUUGAAAAAAAUAUUUGUCACCAGAGAAGAAAACAACACACUAAAUAUUGUUGCAGAGCAAAUUUAGGUGUAAUUUUAUCCUGCAAGAGGCAUAUGCAGGUUCUGUUGCCAGUUUGAAAUACUCAACUAGGCUUGGCUGCCUGGUCAUCUCCGUAAAGGAAGAAAAACUCUUCGAUCUACAUCAAUGAAAGAAAAAAUAGCCUUUAUUCAAAUUAAAGUGUGCAUCAUGGCUGGGGCAUACAUGGGGAGGUGAUGGAUCAACGCAGACGCCUUUUGUGCUUUCAGCAGCAUUUCAUCAAUUAACAGAUGAAGUAGUCAUUACCUGGGCCUGGGUAUUCUUGGCAUCAUAACCACUGCAACCGGCUGUAAUGGUUAUGAUGCUUGGAGUAACCUUUUAUUACUAUGGAAUCCUCAUUUAAAAGCAGUCCAGGUGCAUAAAAUCUUUUAUAGUUACACUUGUGGACGAAUUGUUUAUCCUUUCAGUAGUAAAACAUUAAAGGAAUACAGUACAGUACUACCAAAUUUUUUUAUAUCACAAGCAAAAUGUAUUCUCCACUAGUUUCAUAUCAGUGCACAGCUUUGUAUGAAAACAUUGUAUGGUAACGGCAUUAAUGUAAAUUGAAUGUUAUAUAUUCAUAAGAUAAUGGAUUGUUUUGUUCUUCUAAACAGUCUAGCUGUUUAAAAAAAGAAAACAUUGUUGUGCUUUGUAAACUUGCAUUUUAUAGGUCUUUUGCAAUGACCAUCAAUUUUUAACAUCUGAAGUGUUUAUGCAACAGAUGUUAGAAAAGGGACCAUGUUAUUGAAAGAAGGUGGUUGUAUUGCAAUUGGAUAGUGACUUGAAUGUCCCACAAAUUUGUUUUUAGAAGCUAGACAGAUACGUUUAGGAGCCAGGAAGAUGCAUUAAAGGGCCACUUGAUGAAGUGUAACAAAUGCAGAGUUGCGUAACUGUGUAUAUAAUAUGACUAGUUUUUCUUUUGUUCUUUUAAUUUUUUAUUAAUUCCAUCAGUGUGGAUUUACAUUUUAACACUAGUAGCAAUAAAGGUUAAGUGUGUGUAUUAUACACAUACACAAGAUCCAGGAAACUCACUCAUCCAUUAAACAGCAACUUCAAAACUUAGAGAUUUUAAUAGUUUAUUUUUUAUUUUUAAAAACACCUAAUCUAGGCAAAAGCAAUGGGGGUUUAGUUACAGUAUAUAAUCAUACAUUGCAUAAGCCUGCCACAACCAGGGGCGUAUUAGCCGCGAGGCAAACAAGGCAUUUGCCUUGGGCGGCAUUUUUCAGGGGGCGGCAAAAAACGCCGCCCCCCAAAUGCCCAGGGCAAAUGCCUAGUUAGCCUCGCGGCUAACUGACAUUCCGAGUGGGAGACGCUGGCAAGGGAGCACUUCCUAUGAGCUGACUGCUCAGCUCCCUCGCGCGCCGCAGAGUGAGACUGGGAGCCGGAAGAUGACGUCAUCUUCCGGCUCCCAGCCUCACUCUGCAGCCAGCGCGCGAGGGAGCUGAGCAGUCAGCUCAUAGGAAGUGCUCCCUCGCCAGCCGCCCGCCUGACCUGCAGCCACCGGACCACCAGGGAUAGAGACCCCCCCCCCCAGCACUCCCAAAGGUAAGGAGGUUGGGGGGGAUUUAAAUUUAAAAAAAAGUUAGUGUGUGUGUGUGUGUUUGUGUCUGACUGUGUGUCUGACUGUGUGUCUGACUGUGUGUCUGACUGUGUGUCUGACUGUGUGUCUGACUGUGUGUCUGACUGUGUGUCUGACUGUGUGUCUGACUGUGUGUGUGUUUGUGUGUGUCUGACUGUGUGUGUGACUGUAUGUUUGUGUCUGACUGUGUGUGACUGUUUGUGUCUGUGUAUGUGUCUGACUGUGUGUGUAUGUGUUUGUGUCUGACUGUGUGUGUAUGUGUUUGUGUCUGACUGUGUGUGUUUGUGUCUGACUGUGUGUGUGUGUUUGUGUCUGACUGUGUGUGUGUGUUUGUGUCUGACUGUGUGUGUGUGUGUUUGUGUCUGACUGUGUGUGUUUGUGUCUGACUGUGUGUGUGUGUUUGUGUCUGACUGUGUGUGUGUGUUUGUGUCUGACUGUGUGUGUUUGUGUUUGUGUCUGACUGUGUGUGUGUGUUUGUGUCUGACUGUGUGUGUAUAUUUAGAAGGUGGGGUGGGGGGGAGGGGGGCGCCUGAGUUUUGUCCUGCCUAGGGCAGUACAAAACCAGGAUACACCACUGGCCACAACAUCAAUGUACCUUGUUUUUGGCAGGUCCUAUCCUAAACCUCUGUCUGCUAUCAUGAUAUUAACCCACUUACUUGGGUAAGAAAAGGUAGUGUUUAUAUGUCCCCUAGGGACGCCUCCAAUGACCACUCCUCGGAUGGCCACUGGACGUGCUUUCUUGCGCUCUGCUUCGUGACCCUGAACUUUCCUCCUAGAGAUGUAUUUAUUCAAUAUCUUUUAUAUGAGAGGAGGUGCUGAUUGGCCAAGCCAGUGUUUUGGCCUGCCUCCUUGCCGAUUUCCGCCAAUUCUAUGGGAAAGCAUUGGAUUGGCUGAAAUCAUUUAAUUAUGAUGUGAGGAAGGAGGCGGAUCGGGGAUGUUGGCGAACCCACACAAUGCUUAAAAUAAGGGAAGUUUUAUUACCUUUUUACGGGGACUAAAGAGGCUGGCAAGCCCCCGAAAUGGUGGUCUAAAAGCUAUAGGGUCAAGAAAACAUGUUUGUGUUCCUGACUAAUAGUGUUCUUUCAAGUAGGGCUCUGGAUUUAGGCACCUGUGACAGAGAGGGGUGCACGCACACUUCCUAUUUCAGUUGUGUCAGUUAAAGGGGGUAUUCCCUAAUUUCUAGAUGAGUGCAGACUUGGAAAAUAUAGGCGCUUUAGGCAUCCAGAAAUUGGCCAACAUAUGUUUGUAGUAUGUAAUUUGUGUUUUGAUGCAAUUAUAGUGCGUGCAUUGGACCACAGUUUAGCAUAAAGACAAACGCGGGUAGCUAUUUACAAAGCCAGCAAAUUGUAAGUCAAACAAAGUGAAUUAGAAAUCUUGGCCAACUCUGUUUCCAACUUUGCUAUUUUGGCUUAACAUUUUCAGUUCCCUGGGCAGUUUCUGGUUUAGUUGAAGUGCUUCCAUGAUGAAAAUAGCACUUUAAAUCAUGACCUUGAUUCUGUGCUGGGCAAAUUUGUAGUAAAUGUAUCCAGUAAUCUGCCUUUGUUUACAAAUGAGUAGCAACAUUAUGAAGUUUUCAUGGGGAGUGACCUAGUUAAAAUAGUGAGCUUGGCACUGUGCUGCAUUCAGAAGAAUUCUGUAUAAUAGCCUUUUAUUUUUAAGGCAUGCUUUUACAUUGUUGUCUGCCUGUAAACAGGUCCUAAGCCUACCUAAUAAUCUUAAGGGACAACUUAACUAUGGCAUCUUCUGAUAUAAUACUUAAAAAUGCCGUUUAACCCCUUAAGGACACAUGACAUGUGUGACAUGUCAUGAUUCCCUUUUAUUCCAGAAGUUUGGUCCUUAAGGGGUUAAAAAUAGCCAGCCAAUGAAAUGUGACAUUGGCUUGCCUUGUAUUACCAUUGCAUUCAUUGCAGCACAUACAAAGGUAUCACACAUUACAUUUUUACUUAUUUGUAAACCUCUCUUAAUUUUGGUUCUCUCCAUUUACAUUAUUUUUCAGAAUCAGACUUUAGUUCCCUCUGUAUACUUGUGCCCAUGAGUUUGGUAAAUGCAUCUCCAAGUCACAGUGCAUUUUGUUUAGAAUUGUCAUUUUAGGUCCUUUUACACAUUGCUUAUUCCUAAUGUUUCUCUAUUGUAAUUAUAACAUCUCUGUAUCAAAUACAUAAGGAUAUCUUAACCCUUUUACAAUCUGCCUUAUACUAUUAGUAUUUCUAUAGUGCCAUUGUGCACAGCAGUUUACAAUUGUAGAAGGUGGGUAUUUCGAGACAAAGAAUGUUUAAAAAGAUUAUAAUCUAUAAUGAUUUGAGGUAGGUGGAUGUAUAUAUUGUUAGGUGUCCUGUAAUGUUGAAGUGGUGGUUUUCAGUACAUACAAGGGGCACGUAAAUGAAUUUCACUAUACUUCUACUCCUUCAGAUAACAAAACUGAUGGAAUUGUUAAUGUCAGUCUGUUAUUACUCCUUUCAUAUGACAACGUUUAUUUGUAUACACACCUUUUAAAGGUGUCUUUUAUUAGGUUGAACAGCACCUCUUUGUGACUGAAUCCAUCAGUCCUCUUUCCAUAUUGGUUUCAGCUGUGUGUUUUUGUCUUUAUUUAUUUUUUUUAUUUAAAUUUUUUUUGGCUCUUCUGAUGUUUGCUAUUUUGUGAAUAUAUUUCAAAGUCAUAUGUGUCUAAAUGGAUUUGAUGUGCUUGUAAAGUAGUUUGUGUAUGCAAAAUACACUUGACUAUUGAUAUAUAAUGAACCCUAAAUGUUUGUUGGUACAGAUAAUCUAUCCUCUCCUUUUGAGCCCCAUCCUUAAAUAAUAAUAAAGAUCAGUAUCCCAUUUUUUUGCAAUGGAAAUCAGCUAGGUAGAAAGCAGCUUUGAUUUAACCCCUGUGCUGCACUAAGGUGUACGUUGGUGCUUUAUACACUAAAUACAUUAAAUAAAAUAUUUUGAGCUUUAUCUUGUAUUUUUAAUUGACUUAUGAUAAACACACACAUUUGGAAGUGUUUAUUAUACAAUCUGUCCUUUUUAAAGCCAUACAAUGCAGAAGAAGCUUGAACAUCCAUAUGAUCCUAAAAUGUAUAUUACUUUUAUUUGGCUUGUUUGUAACUGUGGGUGGUUUCUUUAGAUGUGUGAAAUGCAUAAUAAAAAGAUCUUGUUAAAUGAUACAAACAAAAUCCCCCAAAGUUACAUUAAAAGUUGCAAAAUCUCUUUGGGAGGAAGGUCAGGAGAGGAAGUUUCAGGGAUUGUCACUUGUGUAAAAGACAAUAACCUCCCCCACACAUUGACUGUAUGCAGGAAUGUGUGAUUGUGUGAUGUUUUAAAUACUACCUUGUGGACUGGGCUGGGUAAAUUUAAAAUUAUCUUUCUUUAUAUCCCCCUACCCUUUGUAAAACUAGAUAAGUCAUUGUAAAUCUUUAUCAGAGAGGUCCUCAAAUCCUUUUUCAGUGAGAAAAUCUACUGUUUGUAAAAGAAAUUCACAAAUUCUAGGAAUGUCUUAUUUUAUUUACAAUUUUCAAACCAACCAGUAUAAACGGGUUUGAAGUAAUAUAAAGUAUAAUGAAGUAAAAGCUAUAUUCUUACUUUUUGCUCCAGUGUUAUUUCUAAUUGAGUAUAAAAACUAUACAUUUUUAGUGGAAAUGGCGUAUGCGCAUAUGUGAAAACACACACGCGCGCACACAAAAUUGAUAGAUGCACCAUAGCAAAAUAGAAAAGGAUAGAAACACCAUUCAUUGGUUACCAAGCUAUAACUACUUCCAAAAAUCAAGAAAUAAAAUGAAAAGUGUAGAGAAUUGCAUAAAUAACCAGCGUGGGGGUUAAUGGUGUAUAAGCUAGUACUAUGUUAAAAGACCUGCAACAAAUAAAUGGGCCACUUAAGAGACAUACGGGGUAUUGAAUUAUUCUCUUAAAAGAACUGGUAUAGACUGUGUGUGUAAAUCAUAUAAGGCGAUAUAGAAACAUAGAAUGUGACGGCAGAUAAGAACCAUUCGGCCCAUCUAGUCUGCCCAAUUUUCUAAAUACUUUAAUUAGUCCCUAGUCUUGUCUUAUAGUUAGGAUAGCCUUAUGCCUAUCCCACGCAUGCUUAAACUCCUUUACUGUGUUAACCUCUACCACUUCAGCUGGAAGGCUGUUCCAUGCAUCCACUACCCUCUCAGUAAAGUAAUACUUCCUGAUAUUAUUUUUAAACCUUUGUCCCUCUAAUUUAAGACUAUGUCCUCUUGUUGUGGUAGUUUUUCUUCUUUUAAAUAUAGUCUCCUCCUUUACUGUGUUGAUUCCUUUAUAUAUUUAAAUGUUUCUAUCAUAUCCCCCCUGUCUCGUCUUUCCUCCAAGCUAUACAUGUUAAGAUCCUUUAACCUUUCCUGUUAAGUUUUAUCCCGCAAUCCAUGAACCAGUUUAGUAGCCCUUCUCUGAACCCUCUCUAAGGUAUCAAUAUCCUUCUGAAGAUACGGUCUCGAGUACUGUGUACAAUACUCCAAGUGAGGUCUCACCAGUGUUCUGUACAAUGGCAUGAGCACUUCCCUCUUUCUACUGCUAAUACCUCUCUCUAUACAACCAAGCAUUCUGCAAGCAUUUCCUGCUGCUCUAUUACAUUGUCUGCCUACCUUUAAGUCAUCAGAAAUAAUCACCCUAAAUCCCUUUCCUCAUAUGUUGAGGUUAGAACUCUAUCAAAUAUUCUGUACUCUGCCCUUGGGUUUUUACAUCCAAGAUGCAUUAUCUUGCACUUAUCCACAUUAAAUGUCAGUUGCCACAAUUCUGACCAUUUUUCUAGUUUACCUAAAUCAUUUGUCAUUUGGCUUAUCCCUCCUGGAACAUCAACCCUGUUACAUAUCUUAGUAUCAUCCGCAAAAAGACAUACCUUACCAUCAAGACCUUCUGCAAUAUCACUAAUAAAAAUAUUAAAAGAGAAUGGGUCCAAGUACAGAUCCCUGAGGUACCCCACUGGUGACAAGUCCAAGCUUCGAAUAUAUUCCAUUAACUACAACCCUCUGUUGCCUGUCACUCAGCCACUGCCUUACCCAUUCAACAAUAUUGGAAUCCAAACUUAAAGAUUGCGGUUUAUUGAUAAGCCUUCUAUGUGCAACAGUGUCAAAAGCCUUACUGAAAUCUAGGUAAGCAAUGUCUACUGCACCACCCUGAUCUAUAAUUUUAGUUACUCAAUCAAAAAAAUCAAUAAGAUUAGUUUGGCAUGAUCUCCCUGAAGUAAACCCAUGUUGUUUCUGAUCUUGAAAUCCAUGUGUUUUUAGAUGUUCAUCAAUCCUAUCCUUUAACAUGGUUUCCAUCACUUUCCCCACUACUGAAGUAAGGCUUACUGUCCUAUAGUUGCCUGACUCCUCCCUAUUACCUUUCUUGUAAAUGGGUACAACAUUCGCUAACUUCCAAUCUUCUGGGACUACACCUGUUAACAAUGAUUGGUUAAAUAAAUCUGUUAAUGGUUUUGCUAGUACACCACUAAGCUCUUUUAAUAGCUUUGGGUGUAUUCCAUCAGGUCCCAUUGACUUAUUUGGUGGGCAACCUGUCUCCAAAAGAGACAAAUAAGUUCUCAGUAGUGGUGCACAUCCCAUGCCCACCACACUAAUAGCAACACUCUUUGGUAUUUGGGCCUUAGUACAGUGUCAAGAAAAUGUCCCAUACAGGAAUUGCAAUUUUAACCCAAGUUAUUAAGCAAUAACAAGCUAGCCCUUUGCCUGAUAAGACCAGUAUCAAGUCGUUGUUCUUUAGAAAAAUACUUAAAAAUCGACGGGGAACCACAUUUUGACACCCUUGAUAUAGAGCAGGGGUAGGCAACCUCUGGCACUCCAGAUGUUGUGGACUACAUCCCCAAUAAUGCCCUUACACCCAUAAUGCUGGCAAAGCAACAUGGGAGGUGUAGUCCAAAACAUCUGGAGUGCCGGAGGUUGCUUAUGCCUGAUAUAGAGGAUAAUCUGUUAUGGUCCCAGCCCUACUCUUGUAAUUUUACAUUUAGGGUAGAUUAUCUUUUAAUUACCUAUAUAAAUUUAAGAGAAAAUAGCUACCUUUAUCUUUGUGUAAAUUCUGAAUUGUUUUUGCUGUGAGCCAACCCAGUGGCUGCCCUUGUCAAGCCACCAUGCUGACUUUCUUACAGUACCCUCUGUGAUGAUGUGUCUGUGGAAACCAUACAUUUUCUAUAAUGCGUGUUGGGUGCUAGCCUGAUUUGUUUAUCAUUUGGAUUACUGCAAGACUGCAAAUGUACAUGUCUUACCACUUUUUUUUUGUAUAAUUACUUUUAGAAUUAACAGUUCAAAUUUCUUAAUUUGACAAAAAUGAUGAACUGAAUAUGUUGAUAAUUUCUUGAUUGCUUAUUGGUGCAUAUUAGUUACAUCAGUGGAAGCGUCCAAUGCUCCUGAUACUUUUUGUUUGAUAUUCUGUUCUCUUUCGCCUCCUUUUCCAUCAUGACAGGAUUUUCUUCAUAAAGCAUAGUAGGCACUAACCUGGAGCGCCACUAUUUUUGGUCAGCCAAAUAAUGGAUGUUUUCCAGUUAUUUUUUCCAUUUUUGUAGUGAACUAUGUCCACAUCAAGAAAAUAUGUAGUUGGUUUGAGCGGGCUUUAUCUCAUCCUUUAUUCAUAAACCCUUAAUUAUUUAUUUUCAUCAUUUAGGUUGGGUGCAGCCUCGGAUAUAUAUCAGCCUGUGAUUAAUCUAGAAAUCCACCUAUUUACAUUUUUUGUAAAUUAUUCAUCAAUUUCUGUAGCAAUGUAGCUCCUUGAGUUAUAUUUAAUUUUUCUUAGAAGGGUUUGUUGGAGACCUAGAGAAUUUAACCUGUAAAGGAACAUUUUAGCUUUUUUUUUUAAUCUCCUGGUACAUCCUUGGAUUAAAGUGACACUCCAGACCCCAGAAGCUCCUGCCCCCUACCUCCCCCUAAUAAAAAGUGCAGAUUUCAAUAAAAAUGUACACUUUUAUAAAUUAACCUGGAUACACCCAUGGGCGUUCAAGUAGACAACAGGUAAUAUUACUAACUGGUUUGGUUAGCUCAAUGCAGCCGACCUCAGAAGGCAGUAAUUGCUCAGAGCACCUGACUUACAAAGACUUCUCGUUGUGCUGCACUGGGCUGAUUGGAUAGCCACAAAAAGUCUGGACGGGGUUAAAAGGGGAGAGCUUGCAAAGGCAGCAGAUGAGAACUUCAGGUUUUGCAAGCUGAUUUUACAUAUAUCACCAGUUAUAUCACCCCUUUCUCCUCCAAUUUUGGGGUAUAGAAAAAUGUGUCACUUCAAAUUCUUACUGGCAUCCUUCACAUUUAACAGCUCUGUGGAAUUUGUUGGUGCUUCAUAAAUACAUUUUCUUUCUUUCUUUUUCCCGUUACUUUUUCUAAAUCUGGAAUAUCCAAAAGGUUAAAAUGUUUGUUAAUGUUAAAUAUUUGUGAGUGGGACCACCUGAAAGACUGGUUGGACAACCCUAGAUGAUAGCAAGCUAAACAAGACCUGCCUCUAGUUAAUGAUUUAACAGCCGUCUGUUACUUGUAAUACAAAAGGUGCAAUUUACUAAGUUCUGAAUUAGCACUCCAUUGCAGAAUUUGGGUAAGACUGCUAAAAGGUCAAAUCCAUUAUGAGUAUUUUAGAAGAUGCAUUCUGUGUACAAACUUAGAUAUUUUACUUGCAUAGAAAUUUGGUUUACUUUUCAACAACACAAAUUACACAUAAUUAAAGUGGCAAAGUAUAGGGUUUUGUUUAUCAACAUGCAGAUUCCCCCCCAAUCAGGGCCCAAUUUACAUCAGGGCUGAUGGAGCUACUGCCCCUACCAUAGAAUAGGCCCAGAAGGCCGGCAGGGAGCAAUGGCCAGGGGCCAAGGCGAGCAGGGAAGAUCAGAUCCAUUACCGGCCAGUGGGAAGAUCAAAUAUCUCCCUCACCGGCCCAAAGGCAUUUUGCUGCAGCCACCAGAGAGGAGGACCCAGGAGCUCCAGCGGGUCCAUCCUCUUGCGAGGUUGGAGCAUUGUAGCAGUUACCAUAGCAAUGCUCUGGUCUCGCACAAGUGAACUCUAGGUUCAGGCUAGAGUUCACUCACCACUAGGACCACCAUGGAUUGCAGCAAGAUCCCCUCUUCCUGGACAAACGUAAGAAGGUAGAGGGACAUAUAUUGUAUUAAUCUGCCCUCCACACACAAGAACACACUGCACCCCUCACACACAUAUUUUAAUAUGUUUCUGUUGUGGCACUUGUGGUAAUGGUAAUUAAAAAUUUGUUAGUAAAAAUUGCUUUGCAUUUUCAUUUUAUGUAUUAUGUAUAUAUUUUGAUAAAUAGGCCAGCAAAAUCCUAAGCACUAGGCCCAUGAUGCUCUUAAUCCUGCCCUGCCCCCAAUUUGUUAAUUUUGGGUCAAAUUUUGGUUAUUUGCUCACUAUAUGUUGACUUGAAUUCUUUUUCAAACCAGCAUUUUGAAUGCAUAAGCUGAAAUGUGGUUCAGUAGUACAGAAGUGAUGAUAUUUAAAAAGAGAUCUGUUAACCCCUAACAAGGAGGGAGAAGCCCAGGUUUCAUCUACCUUUUUAUUUUUUCAUCCCAAGUGUCAGAAGUUGGGAGUGGGGGGGGGAGGUAGUGCAAAACCCCAAUAAGAUAAGAAAAUGUAUGCAAUGCCACAUUAACUAAAAUUGACUUGGAGGGAACACUUGCCUAUUCAGAUCAAUAAAAUCACAGUAAUAUUUAAUGUCUGCUUCAGACCCAUUGGACUACCUAUUAAGAUUAAGGAACAAUGCAGUGGCACCUCUAUUCCCACGUGCUGCAGGAUGUAAGCCACCAGGCUUAGCCUUUUACCAAAGACUGGACAAGGGGUUCUCUGGCCAUUAUAUCUCUCUUGUUAAGUAGAAUACCAAAGGAAGACCUAUUUCCUGACACACAAAGUGACAGUGGGACUGGGUAUUUACUAGACACUGGACUAAAGUUCCAAAUUUAUCUAAUAUACCCCAGUGCACUAAAUCAUACUGAAAUGGGGUUAUAUACCUUCUCUAUCCCUUCCCUUUAAAGCCAUGUAUCCAUUUUGUUGGGAAUGGCAUACUUGUUAGGUGGAGAUCCAUUCUUAAAUUCCUCUCUGCCCUUCACCACCACCGCAUGGGAUGAAGCUAGGGCCUGUUGGUCAUUUGUUUGUUGACCCCACUUUUUGCAAGUGACUUUUUUUUCUUCUCCACUCUUUUCCUUUCUGUCUUUACAUUCGUGCAACCUGGUACAGUGUCUGUGAAUGUCCUCUGUUGUGGCAGAUUCCUACUCUUAGUAUGCAUCCACUCUCUGGGAAUUGUAGGAUGCCAUGCACUCCUUAAUGGUUGGGGCCAUAUUCAUUCUGAUCUAUCCAUUUAAAAGAUAGGUUUGUGUGCAAUUUCAAUUGCAUUAAAUAUAUAAUACCUGAAGAUUGUCUUCUCUGCGAUUGAUGGAUGACAAGAUUUCAUUUUAAAGUGGCAGACCUAAGCAGUGAGCAAAAGAUAUAUACAUUCUUUAGACAGCACACAAAUUAAGAAAAGUAGAAGUAAGUGUUGUUCAGUAAAUCAUAACACUGGACUAGGGUAUAAAUAAUGUUGUUGUUUUUAUUUAUUUAUUUUUGGUGGGGUUUGUUUGUUUUUAUGUUGCUUAUUUCUGCCUCAAAACAUGGAGCCAGUGACUGAUUUAAUUAGAAAGGUAAUAUUACUGGAGUUUAAUACCUGCAAUGAGUGCAGUGUUUACUCUUCCAUAGAGGCCAAUAAUGCCUGACACAGCUCCUCUUACUAUGUAAUGCAUCUUCAAAACCGGUCCUGCAGUGUUUUGAUGAACAAGGCUUACUGCACUGCAUCAGAAAUAAAACCUAAAAGUAGAUGGAUAUUUGUUCAGUAAUGCUACAGACAUUGUUUGGUGAAUGGGUAUGUGAAAGUUAUUCAGUAGAAGGGAUAAUAAAACCAAUGUAGCAAAUAGUGAUUUAUUUAAACUCUCCAAGCACCAUAACCACUAUCACAUGAUGUAGUGGUUAUAGUGCAAAUAGUCAAACCGUUUAUUAAUCGUAUGACCUCUUACCUUUGACCCAGCAGGUGCCUGUCCACACCUCCUUUCUGCCCAGGAGAACUGGGAGCUCCUGCUUUGGAGCUUGCAUUAGCUUUACUGAGUUAAAGAGACACUAUAGUUAGCAGAACAACUACAGCUUAAAGGGACACUAUAGUCACCCAGACCACUUCAGCUCAAUGAAGUGGUCUGGGUGCCAGGUCCCUCAGGUUUUAACCCUGCAGAUGCAAACAUAGCAGUUUCAGAGACUUGCUAUGUUUACACUGCAGGGUUAAGCCAGCCUCUAGUGGCUAUCUACCGGACAGCCACUUGAGGCAUAUUAUGCCUCCAUCACAGAGAGCGUCCCUAGGAAAGCAUUGUGAAAUGCUUUCCUAUUGACAGCUUGAAUGUGUGCGCGGUAGGCUCCGCUGAUGUCGGCGGUGUAGGAGAAGUCACCAGCACCGAGGGAGCCCGGAGCUGGAAUAAGGUAAGCUGCUGAAGGGGUUUUAACCUCUUCAUCGCCACAGGAGGUGGACCCUGAGGGUGGGGGCACCCUCAGGGCCCUAUAGUGAUCCUUUAAUGUUGUUGUUCUGGUGAGUAUAAUUAUUGCCUUCAGGCAUUUUUGUGCAAACCCUGCUUUUUCAGAGAAAAGGCAGUGUUUACAUUGCCCCUAGGGACAUCUCCAAGUGGCCACUCCUCAGAUGGCCACUGGGGGGCUUCCUGGCUCAGUCCUGCAUAGUAAGCAGCAUUGCCGUUCUGCAAGGGGGCGCUGAAUUUUCUUCUCUAUGAAGAGGUGCUGAUUGGCCAAGACAGCGUUUGGCCCCACCGCCUUGCUGAUUUCAGCCAAUCUAAUGCUUUCCUCAUUGGAUUGGCUACAAAUCUGCAAUUCUGAUGAUUUCACCAAGGGGGCGCAGCUAGUGUCGGCAGACCUGCGCGGCGCUGGAAAUAAGGUGAGUUUGAAAUGCUUUUGGGGGGGGGAGCAAGCCACCUAAAUGGUGGGUUAAACACUAUAGGGUCAGGAAUACAGGUUUGUGUUUCUGACCCUAUAGUGUUCCUUUAAGCUCUACAGUGCAGGGCAAGCUCAUUGGCUGAGCGUAUCAGUCGGUCACUGAAGAAAAGAAAGAACUUUGGGUUUUAUGUUGCUUGAAUUGUUCCUUGAAGUGUAGAUCACAUGAUUUCCACAUGAAAAAAUAAUUGGUAAUUGUCCUUUAUUUCACCAAAAUGAAUGUGCAAUAGAAGUGUUAACAGGAGCAUUUUAGCGCAAAUUGCCAAACUUUGCUCGAAAAACAUUCUUCUGUUUUACAUGGUGAUUGCUCAUUAUUUAGUGCUUUGUUUGGUAAUUGGUUAACUCUAAACCUAUGAUAUUUUCUUACUUUUUGUUAAAUAAAAAUAAAAAAAAUAAAAAAAAUAAAUUCUGCAUAUGAGUCGUUCUUUGAGUACACUUAUUUUUAAGUCAGGAUUUCUAUAUCCAAGGAGUUUGUUUCUUAUAUAAAUAUGCUGUACUUCUCUUUACAGGAAAACAUGGUUAGAGCUCAAGUCGGAGUACUUGGCACUACAGAGGGCCAGCAUGUCCUCCCUUAAGAGAGCUAUGCAUGAAACAAUUUCUGCCUCGACUGGGGAAAUGGAAACAGAGUCGGUGGUUCAGGAUCCAAAAAUGAACAAUGAGAAAGGUACUUACAUCAUUCACAUUGUGUUUUGUAAAAUUAUGUAUGUACAAUAUGGUUAUUGGGGAAAUUAAGGUGUUGUAUAUCCAAUACCGUAUAUACUCGAGUAUAAGUCGACCCGAAUAUAAGCCGAGGCCCCUAAUUUUACCCCAAAAAACUGGGAAAACUUAUUGACUCGAGUAUAAGCCUAGGGUGGGAAAUGCAGCAGCUACUGGUAAAUUUCUAAAUAAAAUUAGAUCCCAAUAAAAUUACAUUAAUUUAAUAUUUAUUUACUGUGUGUGUGUGUGCUCCCAUCGGCUAGUUUUCCCUGCUGGCUUAAUAGAACAAUACUGUUAGUGAGUAACUAUCUCCCAGUUGCAGCAAUUGGAUUUCUUCUUUUUGCUAUUCCUAUUCUUAUUACUUACCUGUGCAGCAGCUCCGUUCAGCUCCCUUCUCCUCCGUUCCGGUCAGCUCACAGUGUAAAUCUCGUGGUCUGCGUGCCGGGCGGAGCGUUGCCAUGGUAACCAGUAGCAAUGCUCUGACACUGUGAGCUGACUGGAACGGAGGAGAAGGGAGCUGAACGGAGCUGCUGCACAGGUAAGUAACAGCUUGCGCCGGCCCCCAACAGGACCACCAGGCUUGACUCGAGCCGAGAGGGACUUUUUCAGCACAAAAAAUGCUUAUACUAGAGUAUAUACGGUACUUAUUUUAUACCAACAUGGAUUUAAAAUGCAACGGUAUUAAAAAAUGGAAAAGUGAUAAUUUGAGAGUUUUUUUUUUUUUUGUUUGUUUUUCUUUUUCUUUUAUACAUUUUGAAAGAUGGGAAUUGGAAUUUAUGUUCUGUCCAUUUUAGGAAACCAAAUUUACUAAGAAUGUUUAUCUUUUUGUUCCAUUUCCAUAAACUGAUUACACUGAGUGGUUUUAUAUAUACAAGUUACAGCAUACAUGUAAAGCUUGAAUAAUUUUUAGGUUUUAAUUGUUUUUAUUUUUUGGUCAAGCCAAUUUGUGUUUGACAUAAAGCAUGGGAUCACAGAUUGCCAGCAUUGGAACUACUAAGUAAGCUAUAUUGGUUAUGGUGUUCGGUUUCUUUUUAAGAGUUUUGCAUUUAUUCUGCAGCAUUAAUUUUGUUUUUGGCGGCUUUUUUUGUUGUUGCAGAUAUUGCAAAGAACGAGUCGCUAGGACCCCAGUUUGUCAGUGGAGUCAUUGUCAAGAUAACCAGUGUAGAUCCUCUGCCAGGUCGUAAACUUGUUAAGGUAAUCGCACUUCCUAUAUUUGUGGCUCAGUUUCAUGUUGUUUACUAUAAGUGCAAUCAGUUUUAUUUCUCCAUAAACCUUUUAUGUGACAACACUGGUGCAGUGGUUCUUCUCCAAAACAAGACAUUAUACGAGGGGCUACAAAGAGUCAAGGAAGUCAGGAAGAGUAGAGGUUAAAAGGGUAUGGGGAGGAGAUCUAGUAACAGAGGUAUAAGUAAAGUCAGGAGGGGCUGUGAAUGGAGAGUGGGGAGCUACCAGAUAGCCUGGUAACCACCAAUGUUAGUUCAGGUGGUAGGAGUGGUAUAUUUGUAGGUGUAAUCAACCCCUAAUCUCCAUAAUACUCUCAUCAGGGAUUAAAAUCCCAUAUCCUACACAACUAGACAAGCUUUAAAUAUUUCUCACCACUGCAAACCUGGAGGGUCUAUGUCAGGGAUGCCCAAAAAGUAAGUAUGACAUAAAUCAGGGGUGCCCAAAAGGUAGAUCUCCAACUUGCAUGCUAUUAGAACGACAAAGCAUCAUGAAAGUCAUUAUUGGAGUUGCCUUUCUGUAACAUCUGAGGACCUUUUGGGCGCCCCUGAUCUACGUCAUACUUACCAGGGGUGAAUUUCUGCUUCCAUGGUGUUUUGCUUGCCAAUGUUUGGUGGUGAGAGAAAAUUGAGACAUGCUUACCAUAUUUAUGGCACUAUGAGGCCAUAAGCCCCUAUGUGGUUCCUUUGCUCUGUUGGAGUGAUGGAGAACUUCUGCUCUUCCAGAGUACCUGGGCCAGGGAUUUGGCUGCAUUCAAUGUGUGUUUAAGAAUUUUCAUGAAAGAAAAUCGGGAGCGUGAUACGGUUGAAUAGUACUGCAGUAUGUAAAGGGAUUCAUCAGAUAGCAUAAUCAGCAACAAGUUCCUUUCCAGAGGGGUUUAACCCCUUAAGGACACACGACAUGUGUGACAUAUCAUGAUUCCCUUUUAUUCCAGAAGCUUGGUCCUUAAGGGGUUAAACAGCCACUAACUCCACCAGAUCUGCAAAAUAGUCCCAGUGUGCUGAUCACACCUCACCACAUAGGAGUGGUCACUAUACAUAACUUGCAUAAGUGGUGUCCUGCAAUACCACCAUGAUGUCAUUUUAUGUUCUAUUUUAUUCCAGCCUUAAAGGGAAAAAGUUGUUUUCCUAGCUCUGUACCUCUGAAUUGGUAUGGGUGCCUAUAGUGACCCUUUAAUGUAUUUCUCUCUUAAGGGGACUUGUUAAAUUUUGGGCUUCCAUUUUGAGGACAAUUUCACCUUUCCAAACCACUCUUGCAAACAAUUAACUUCGACAAAAUACAAUAGUAAAGCUGUGUGCCCUGAGUAUCUAUACAUUUGUAUCCCUCAUUUAUGUGCAAUCAUGUUACCACUAAUGGGUAGUUUGCUGCCGAAGUGGGUUAUCCCAACUCACAGAAAAUACUUUUUGUUUUCCUUUCAUUUAUUUUUCUGCAGGUAUUGGUUUUGAAUGUUAUAAACUAUCAAUUUCAGAGAGAUAAAAAAUGUAGAAUCCACACGGUCAUGACAUGAUCAACUUAACCUUAUGAGUACCAGAAGAUUGUGCUGUACUUCACUUUCUAUUGUAUCGCCAAACACACUAGCACUUAUUGAGUGAAAUGAUUCCAGAACAGACAUUGGAUAUAUGACAAAUGCAAAGCUAUCAACAAAUAUUUGUGCUGUAUCUUUGCAAGUGGUCUAACAUUAGUUGUGAAAGACUUUUCCAUUCAUAGAGAUGUGCUUUCUGUUGAGCUGAGCUCACAUAGUUUCAAAUUGUGAAAAUACCAUCUCUUGCUUUUACAAAAAUUAUUUGUACAAAAUGGUUAAAAGAGAAUUGGCAUUUCCUCAAACAAUUAUGAGCAUGAUUUGUAAGGAGGUGUACCUGUAAGUGAAGUUCGUUUUUAUUGGUAAAGGAUUCAAUUUGAUAUAGGUGGUGUAAAUAUAGUCAUUCUACGUAAGUACGAAGACGGAUGUCAGUGGUGUGCUAAUCCGAGAGCUCACUGUAGUGUGCUUGGCAGAUACCUAAUUACACUCUUUUUCAUUCUUAUGUAACUAAGAUACCUAUUCCUAUUUUGAUGUCUUGUGUGCUAUAGAUGUCACUUAAUUCACAAUCCUUGUGGUGCUUCUUUGCAGAAUCCCUCUGCAUUAGAUGCUACUUCACACAACUAACAUCACAAUCACAGAGUGUCCUUAGCUUAUUGCUGUGUCUAUUAUGGAAUAAAAUGUUUUAUAGCGUGACAUUUCUAGAAUAAUUAUAUAAUUGGUGACUUUUCACAGGAUUUUAAAAAGGUAGAGAUUACACCUUUUUUUUUACAACAAGAGUUAAUUAUCUUUUGAUUUUUUUUUUUUCUUGUAGAAGGUCUUCAUUAAAAAUCGCAUUUCUUGUUAUUAUAAUCAAACUUGAAGUAUAAACCUAAAAGCAUCAUGAUUUUUUUGCAACUGCUGUGUAAUUUUAUCAGCUUUCAACUGUCCAAAUAAUGUACAUUCCCCUUAUGAUCUUGCAGUGUUGUAGUUUUCUCUCUCAUCUCCUCUUUAAAGACUGCAAAUAUGUUUGUUUUGUUUAAGAGGUCCACCCCCCUUUAUGAAACUCUACACUUUUUCAACAUGUACACUGAAAUAGGGAUCAACCGAUAUGAGGGCCGUCUUUAGCAUUGAUUGUACCUUGGGCCCCCCUUGAUCAUGCCCUUCCCCCCACACACUUCCACUCCCUGACUUGCAAUCACGCCCUCCAUCAUAAUACAGUGGCAGAACUAAUGUAGAGAGGACCCUGGUGCAAGACAUUUUUUUGGGGGCCUCCCCUCUAGCGUUGGAGUGGAGAAUAUAGAUCCUUAUCAGUUGCACAAUUCCCUCAAUGCCAGCUGGGGAUCUACCAUUUGGCCAUUCUUGCAGGGCUGUAUUUGUGUGCAGUGUUUGUGCAUUUGAAUGUGAGCAUGUUGUUAUAUAGAUAUGUACAAAGGAUCGGCGCUAAUAUACUAGACCUUACAGAGAUAAAUAUAAGGCAACACAUCUAAAAAAAAUAGGGCUCCCUCACAGGCCCUAUAGGGUAGGGGGGAAAAAGUGAAGGGGAAGGCGGUGCCACAGGUGAAGAAAAAACACUGAUUAUAAACUAUACAAGAUGCUAUAUAAGAAAAUACAUACAAGAUAAAAAAAAACAAAGUUGGAAAUAUGGAUAAUGAAUAAUAAUCAAGAGUCCAAAAGAGUCUAUGCCUGACUUUUUGCUGUAUUUAUCAGGCAUAGACUCUUUUGGACUUUUUGGACUCUUGAUUAGUAUGUAUGUAGAAUAGUGUACAAUAUGAAUAAACUAUAGUUUUGCUAUUUCAUUCAAACACAAUAUUCUCCCUAUCCACUGACGCCAGUAAUGUGUAGAGUACAGAAAUACCUCGGCAUAAGGCUGUCUGCUUUGCGCAGAGCUCCUCGAACGGGUAGGGCGGUCUGUGCAGUUGUAUUUGGUUUGCGAUUGUGGAAUGGUAGUGGCGCAGCUGAUGAUAUGUUCCCUACUAGUGUUUGCAGAGGAAGUAAGUUGUCUCCCUGGCAUAGGUCUCUGAGGCGGAUAUAUGGACACUUUCCAAGAAAUUCCCAUGCCCGCCUGCCUCGCCCAGCCGGAAAAUCGGAGUUGUUCGAAAUAGGGAGCAUUGGGCCAUUAGCUGUCGUGUUGGUGUACCUGAAACUGAUUUGGUUCCAGACUUUCACUGUAGCUCCUAUAAAUGCCUGUUUGGUGAUUAGACCUCUGGAAGCCACAUCAGGGAGCCACACCACCGCUGGAAUGCUCAUUCCAGUCAUCAAGAUUCGACCACAUCUUCUGCAAAGCAGAAUUAUGCCAUUCCACUGUCCUUGACAAAUGGGUUGCUCAAUAGUAGUUCAGGAACAAUGGUAGUCCCAGGCCUCCUUCACGUUUUAGAGGUCAUCAACUGCAUCAUAGGUAGCCGAGGUCUAUGUCCCUUCCAGACGAAGGCCACCAACGCUGAGUUCAGGGACUUUAAAGAAGGCUGGUGGGAGAGUCCUAGGUAGCAUCAGAAAUAGGUAGAGCAUCCUUGAAAGCACAUUCAUUUUGACAGCGUUUAUACGCCCAUCAAUUAAAAAUAUGGGGCCAUCCAGGCUUUCAUGUCUGCUGUUAGGGGAAAGACCUCCAUUGACACGCACCCUAGCAGGGGGUGUCGAAUAUAGAGCUCUUAUCCGUUUACAGAAGGUCCCACCGAAGCCCAUUUUCUCUAGUGUCAGGAGCAUGAACUGCCAGUCCACCCGGUCAAAGGCCUUCUCCACGUCCGUGGAGAGGACAACCAGGGAACAACACGCGGAGGUCGCCAGCUGCAUGAUGUUCAAAAUCCAGAUGGCGUUUUCUUUAGCCUAUUUCCCAGAGACAAAGCCACUUUGGUCCAGGUCAAUCAAAGACGGUAGAGCCGGUUUCAAGUGUGCUGCAAGUAAUUUGCAGUCACAAUUCAGCAGGGAAAUCGGCCUGUAACUAGUGCAUUGCUCUGGAUCGUUACACUCUUUCGGAAGAAUAGUGAUGUGUGCCAUGAGCGAUUCCAUCCCUAGUUUAUCCCCCUGCAGGAGGGAAUUGAAUGCCGUCUGCAUGUUUGGUAGUAGAUCUUCUCUGCAUUUUUUUUAUAGUACCGCAGGGGAAAGCCGUCCAAACUCUGUGCUCUGCCCGUUUUUGGUUGUUUUAAGAACCACCUGUAGAUACUCCAGUGAUAUUUCCCUGUCUAAUACUGCGGAGCACUCCGCGGGCAGUUUCUUCUUGACAUAUGAGUCGACAUAUGUGCCCAUGGUGGUGUGGCGUGUUGUUGCGUCCUGUGGGGGCUUCGCCUCUGUUAUAUUAUAUAGGGUGUUGUAAUAUUUGUGAAACGCGUCCGCCAUCUCCGUAGGGUGCUCAGUGAUCUUUUGGGUCUCCACCCAUAUAUUUGGUAUAUGAAAACCCUCUUGCUUUCUCUUCAGCAUCUUCGUCAGUAGACUCCCAUAUUUGUUGGAAUGUUUGCCAAAGAAACGUCUAGAUUUCUGGAACGUGAGGAACUGUUGCUGGUUAAGUAAGAUCUUCAGUUCUUUCCUGGCUUCCAGCAUGAGUUUGAAGUCAAUGUUGGUUUAUGUCUCUGCUCUAGUGUCCUGAUCGUGGUUAUCAGUGAUCGUAGCUGCUACGAUCUGGCCUUUUCUUUAUUUAGCAGCGCCAAUUUCGAUGCUUCACCCCUCACCACACUAUUGUGCGCCUCCCUGACUACCAUUGGGGGCGUCUCCGGGUUGACAUUAUUGGAGAAGUAUUGAGCGAGGGAUUCUUGAAUUGUCGUGACUACAUCAACCUCUAGUAGCACCGAUUCGCUUAAGCGCCAAGUUCGCUCUGCUUGAACAGUGGGGAUUCCAUGCAGAAACUUACUGGGGCGUGUUUUAUGCAAUUUUUUUUAUUUCUAAGCUUUUAUUUGUUUUUAGUUUUUUCUUUUUUUUUUUUUUUUUUUCACUCACAGUAAAUUACAUUACCCGUCUAGUGAUUGUGGUGAAAUCUGCUCUAUUUUUCUCUGAUAUCUAUCUACACAUGUUCUUAAAGAAAACUAUGUUUAUGUCUAUGCUUAUCCUGACUGCAUAUAUACUCUUCUAGGACGCCUUGUCAAGCAUACGUGAGGUGGUGUAUGUGGAUAUGCUGGAAGGUGAUACAGAGUGCCAUGUUCGUUUUAAAACUCCCGAAGAUGCCCAAGCCAUACUGCAAGGGUGGACAGAACUGCAAAGCAAAUACAGCUGGAAGCUUCAUAUUGUCACUGGUAAGGGAUUACAAUUUUUAAAGCUGACAUUUACACUGUAAGUGUUUAGAUUUCAUGUGAUACUUGGCUGUGCGCACAUUUAUCCAGUCUAACAUAUUCUAAAUUUCAGUACCCUACAUAAUUAUAUUGUGCUCACAAUUAGUGAACUUCAUCAAACAUCAUACCUCUAUGCCCUCUUUGUGUUACCUACUGCAACACUAAAUAGAAGAUUGUAAUAACAAAAAACUGAAAAGAAAAAUAGCCUCUCAAUGCUGCCCUCACCACAAGGUUUCCCAUUCAAUUGACAGCCUGAGGAUAGUUUAACGUGAAGGAAGGUGGGUGAGGAGGAAUGUUAAUGAAGAGUGCCCAAGCACGUGGGUCUGUGUCUUUGUGAAGUUUCCAUCAGUAACUGUAACUGUUUGCCAACAAGAUGCGUGCAUAUUUUUUUUCUUGUAGUGUGUGUUUUGCUGUUUCAUAAAUCUCUGGAAAAUGUUGGUACUUUGUGUGUGUGUGUGUGUGUGUGUGUGUGUGUGUGUGUAUAUAUAUAUAUGUAUGUAUAUAUGUAUGUAUGUGUAUAUUUAUAUGUGUGUGUGUGUAUAUGUAUAUAUAUAUAUUAUAUAUGUGUGUGUGUGUGUAUAUUUACACAUUCAUUUUGUGCACACACAGACCAGUUUGUAGUGUGUAAAACAAUGAUAUAUACUUAUAAUUUGCAUAUACCGGUAUUUACAGUACUAGUCAAGAUGUUGUGAAUGCCUAUUUCAAACUAUAUUUUCUAAGUACUAAAAACAUGAAAAAUGGAUAAAUGUGGUGCAGUGCUAUUAAUAUAUAGUGAUGUAUAAGUGUAGUGAAAUUUUAAUCAUUAGUGCAGAAACUAUCCAAACCCAUGUAACCGAUCCAAUCAAAUACUAAAACAAUGGUGUGCACAACAAUCCAUGAGAUUAAAUAUAAAAUUUAAAAUCUUUUCUCUUAACCCUUUUCCAAUUUAUAUCAAAUGUUUUAAAUAUACACUACACAAUAAUUCAAUACUGUGCAUAAAAGGUGUUCCAGUAUUUUAAUGUUAUACAUACAUUAAUGUUAAUAUCAUCAAAACUUCUUAUCAAAGCAAUGCUCAAACGCUUAAAUACUUGCUUAAGAACUAUACAAGGAGAUCCAGCAGACGUAAGUCUUGGGGGGGGGAAAAAAGCACACCAAAAUGAGAAACCUAGUGCAACACUGUAAAUUAUAAUAAGAGAAAUAGCACUUCUUCAAUAAAAAAAAAAAAAACUCACAUGAAGAGAGUAGAUAAAGCUCCACUUGUGACUGUGGCUCUGGGAGGAUCAAUCCCAAGUACGUGGGAUCUACAAUCCUUCCAGGCAGGGACUCACCACCAGCUAAAACCUUUCUUCAGCAGCUUUUAUUACAAACAAGAAAUUGUUAAAAGCAAUAUAAUAAAUGUUGAAAUUCACAGCCCUGGGUGCUCCUCCAACCGGAUCCAACUCCUCAGGUCUCUGUUUCUUGUUCUCUGGAGGACACUUGCCGCUCAGUGUGAUUGUGUAGCUGGCUUCCUUCUCUGCCGCCACACUCUCUUCUGUGUCUGGCAUGCUAACAUUGAUUAUAUUGUUACAAUGCCACCUGUGAAGGAGUGUGAUAUAUUAGGCAGCAAGUGAACAGUCUGUUCUUGAAUUUUCAUGUGUUGGAGGCAAGUGAAAAGAUCUAAGUGACUUUGACAAGGGACAAAUAGUGAUGGCUAGAAAACUGAGUCAGAGCAUCUCCAAAACGGCAAGUCUUGUGGGGUGUUCCUAGUGUGCAGUGGUGAGUACCUACCAAAAGUGGUUCACAGAAGGUAACGGGCACCCAAGGCUCAUUGAUGCACGUGGGGAGCGAAGCAGAAGAAUGCUGGCCAUAAUAGAAAGGAGUCAGAACACAAAAUGCAUUACACUUUGCUGCAUAGCUGCAGACCAGUCAGUGUCCCUGAUAAACCCUGUCCACUGCCGACAUGGUGGACAGGGGAUGUGAGCGUCAGAACUGGACCGUGGAGCAAUGGAAAAAGGUUCUUUUAGAUCAGGUGGAUGGUCAGGUGCAUGUGCGUAGUUUAGCUGGGCAAGAGAUGGCAGGAGGACUCACUAUGGGAAGAAGAAAGGUGGAGGCAGUGUUAUGCUCUGCUGGGAAUCCUUGAGUCAUGACAUUCAUGUGGAUGUUACUUUGACACGUACCACCUAACUAGAGAUUGUUGGAGACAACAUACGCCCCUUCAUGGCAAUGAUGUUCCCUGAUGGCAGUGGUCUCUUUCUUUAGGAUAAUGCAUCCUACCACUGAUAUAGAUCCAAAUAUUGAGCUUUGUUAUAUUCAGAGGAAUCCCAAAUUCUUAUUUCAAUUGCACUUGGAGGAGCGUUAAUUCAGAAACCAGACAACUGUUGGUAUUCAAAAUAAGCCUCUGACCUUUAUUUUGUCAGUUGUUUUUAUAUAUUAAAAAGUAAGUGCUUACGUGCAAAUACUCCUAGGACAGUAGUAGGAAGGGGGUGAAAGGAGUACAGAUAAAAUAUAGAGAUGAACAUCAUGUAUAUAGCGCCAACAGAUUCCGUAGCGCUUUACAAUAUUAUGAGAGGGGGGAUUUAACUAUAAAUAGGACAAUUACAAGAAAACUUACAGGAACAAUAGGUUGAAGAGGACCCUGCUCAAACGAGCUUAAAGGAAAUAUCAAUCAAAUAAGGUGGGAGUGAAGCAGAGCUGGAGGAGAGAGCAAGAGACGGGUAUGUGAGGUAGAGAUUACUCUGGGAGGCCAUAAGCUUUCUUAUGGGUUUUGAGGCCAUAGGGGGUAGGCAGGCUAUUCCAUAGGAAGGGAGCCACCCUCAAGAAGUCCUGGAAGCACGAGUUGGCCGUAAGAGUGCGAGCAGUGGACAGGAGAAGGUUAUGGGCAGAGCGGAGGGACUGAGAAGGGGCAUACCUAUGGAUCUGUGAAGAGCUAUAAGAGGGGCUAGAAUUGUUCAGUGCUUUAUAGUUAUGGGUUAGCAAAAUGAAUUGACUCCUAUAGGAUACAGGAAGCCAAUGAAAGGAAUGACAGAGGGGUGAGGUGUGGGAGGACCGACUAGAGAGGAAUAUCAGUCUGGCAGCAGAAUUCAUUAGACAGUAGCGGGGUAAUACGGCUUUUGGGAAGACCCUUCAGGAGAGGGUUACAAUAAUCCAUGCGGGAAAUUACUAGAGCAUGGACAAGCUCCUUAGUAGCUUCUUUUGUAAGAAAGGAGCAGAUGCGGGCUAUGUUUUGAGUUGGAAUCUACAAGAUUUGGCAACAUGCUAGAUGUGAGGCUCAAAGGUGAGGCCACAAUCAAGUAUGACGCCAAGACUGCACGCUUGUAAGGAUGAACUUAUGUGGUAACGCUGAUCUAAAGGGAGAGUGAGCGAGGAAGAUCAGUAUUAGGAGGAGGAAAGACAAGGAGUUCAGUUUUAGAGAAAUUGAGUUUCAGAAAGCGGGAGGACAUCCAGUCAGAGAUAGAAGAAAGGCAAGCAGUGACACGUUGCAGGACGGCAAGGGAGAGGUCUGCGGAGGAGAGAUCUAUCUGGGUCUCAUCAGCAUACAGGUGGUAGUGGAAUCCAAAAGGGGCAAUAAGUUUGCCAAGAGAGGCAGUAUAAAGAGAAAAUAGAAGGGGACCAAGGACAGAGCCUUGGGGGACUCCAACCGAGAGAGGAUGAGGGGAGGAGGUAUCCUUGGAAAAGGAGACACUGAAUGAGCGUUGGGAGAGAUAAGAUGAAAACCACGAGAGGACAGAGUCACAGAGGCCGAGCGAUUGAAGAGUUUGAAGAAGGAGAGCAUGAUCAACUGUGUCAAAGGUAGCAGAGAGGUCAAGAAGAAUUAGUAUGGACUAGUGGCCUUUGGAUUUAUCUGUGGUUAGGUCGUUAGUAACUUUGAUAAGAGCAGUCUCAGUAGAGUGGAGAGGGCGGAAGCCAGACUGAAGAGGGUCAAGGAGAGAGUUGGUAUUGAUUAUAUGUUUAAGGUCAGCAGAGACAAUGCCAGAAGAGAGAGCAGUUGAAGCUGUGUGUUAAGGAAGGUACAAGACUGGGGGAAAGAGAUCUGAUGAGGUGACAUGGGAUAGGAUCGAGCGGCAAGUGGUGGGGCGAGCGGAAAGGAGAAACGCAGCCACCUCUUGUUCAGUAGCCGGGAAGAAAGUCUGAAGUGUAGGAAAGGCAUGAUUUAAUGUGUGGUUGAGAGAGAGGUAGGGAGAAUUCUUUCAUUAACUGUUCAAUCUUGUCGGUAAAAUAGCAUGCAAAGCUAUCGGCUGUAAGGUUAGUUUGGGGGGGGUGGUCACAGCAGGGCAAAGAAGGUGUCAGAGAUGCCUGGGAUUGCGAGAACAUGAACUAAUGAGAGAGGAAAAGUAUGACUGUUUGGCAAGGGCAAGGGCUGUGCUGUAAGAACACAAUAUGAAUCUAUAAUGGAGAAAGUCUGACUGGGUGCUAGACUUCCUCCAGGAGCGUUCAGCACAAUGGGAGCAACUUUGCAGAUAGUGUGUUGAUUUAGUAUGCCACGGUUGGGGGCGUGUUCUCUUCGAGGUGCAUGUUUGGAGUAGGGCUGCAGUGUUAAAGGCAGAGGUGAGGGUAGUGUUUUAUAUAUGGAGAUGGCCAGUGAGGGACAGGAGAGGGAGAGGAUGGAAAGCGGUUGUGAAUCAAUAUCAGCUGACAGCUGCUGGAGGUCAAUAGAAUUAAGGUUCCUCCUGAGUUGAGGGGGGUUAGGCUGAGGUUGUUGGGUGAGUGGGUACUCGAGAGCAAACAGGAGCUGGUGAUCAGAGAGAGGAAAUAGAAUGUUGCAGAUAUUAGAUGCUGUACAUGCAUAAGAGAAGAUGAGGUCGAGGGUAUUGCCAGCUACAAUAGCCUGAGGGAGGAAGUAAUUGAAAGUAGUUUAGAGGCUGCUGAGGUCAAAGAUGGGUUAAUGGGAAUAUUGAAGUCACCAAGAAUUAGGGAUGGAAUAUUAGAAGAGAGGAAAAGGUUAGCCAGGCAGCAAAGUGAUCAAGGAAGAGGAGAGGGGAACCAGGGGGACGAUAAAUAACGGCAAUGUUAGCAGAGAAGGGUUUGAAGAGGCGAAUUGAAUGAGUUCCAAAUGAUGGGAAAGAAAGGGGGGGUGGGCAGAGUUUUAAAAGAGCUUUGGGGUGAAAGCAGAAAACUUACACCACCGCCUUUACUUUUACAUAUAACAGGUUAAGAGAAAGAACAGACUGAGAAGAGACAGCUCAGGUGGGGGCUAUCUGCUACCGGAACUAGACAUGUAUGGUCUUAAGUGUCGUUUUAAGCAUUAAACAUUUCCUGAGUCCAAGUUAGCCAAUUUUAAUAUAGGAUAUCUAAUAUGAAACCUAUAAGCUUGAACCUUGGAAUCAAAGUAAAUUCUAUCACACCACAAUGCAAAAAUUACUCCGGGUUUGAGGAACAUGACAGUGUUGCUUUGGCCUCCAAAUUCCCCAGAUCUCAAACUGUUUGAGAAUCUGUGGGAUGUGCUGGAACAGCAAAUCAGAUCCAUGGAGACCCCACCUCACAACUUCAAGAUUUAAAGUAUCUCCUGCUAUUGUCUUGUUGCCAGAUACCAGGACACAAUCAGAGGUCUUGUAGGGCCCAUGCCUUGAUGCAUCAGUGCUGUUUUGUCAAAAUGAGGGAGAAAUAUUCGGCAGGUUGCUUUAAUGUUGUAUGAUGUUUGCUUGAAAUCCAGGAGGUGUGUAAGAAGGUUAAUUCUUAGAAGUGCCAAUUUUCAUUGAAAUCUGCACUUUUUGUAAAAUGGAAAAAAUAGACUCUUCACAUGUAAAGCAUUUCAGCAAAACUAAAGUGCCUUAAGGGUCCAAAGUGCCCCUUUAAAUGUUGUACAUGUAAUCUGCCAUGGUAACUUAAAGUAUAUCAUUAUCCAUCUCGCAGUCAUAAAGCAGGACAUUAUCCAUUAUAAACUAAUUACAAUAACUUUUGCAUUCUUUGUUUGACUUUGUUUUCCUUGCAGGAGAUGGUGAACAGCGGUAUUGGCAGAAGAUCUUAGUGGACAGGCAAGCAAAACUUAACCGUCCCCGUGAAAAGAAACGCGGAACACUCAAGGUAACAUUUAUCUUCCAGUGAACGUUAUAAAAAUUAUAUUUUGAGUAUUUUUCCAGUUCUUAUGGGGUUUUUUAACCUUCAGUUGUACAAUUUAAGCACCCUUUUCUUCCUUGCAAAUAUUGUCCCAACUUUAGUUUAAAUUGGCACUCUCACAGUCUGGGGACUUUGCAUGAUUUACAACAAUCUGGGUUUUUUUUGGGGGGAGGGGGGAGGAGUGAGUUCUAUUUACCUGAACCUGUCCCUCGUGGGCGCUGGUCCUCUUCUGAUGUUGGAGCUACAGUUGCCAGGAGCCCACGUCACCACUGAUUUAUUUCAAGAGUACAGCAGAGGUGUAUGGAGGACACAGCCGGAUCCUCCAUAAAUAGAGCCAAUUUCCUUGCAGAUUUCACUGGUGAUGGCUGAGGGAUUAACACAUCUUGAUGGCGGUAGCUCCGCCCAGUGUCAAGAAGUGUUGGGUGUAGAAAAAUACUGAGACAAUGUAGUCCCUACAUGCUUUAUGGGAAGAAGGCAGAAAGUCCGUGUCAUGCUCUGGGAAAUUUUCUGCUGGUAAACCUUGGGUCCUGGCAUUCAUGUGGAUGUUACUUUGACACCUACCUAGAAGUGGUGUGGUGAGGGUGGAUUACUAAUGCCGCUUUAAUAAGUUAAACCAUUGCCUGAUAUUUCAGUUUAAUUGAAUUGGCAUGGUGGGGAGAGCCUAAUGGUUGAGCACAUGAAAGGGCAAUGUAGAUAACCUUUAUGUUAUAGGACCACUAUAGGCACCCAGACCACUUCAGCUCAAUGAAGUGGUCUGGGUGCCAGGUUCCUCUAGUUUAAACCCUGCAGCUGAAAACAUAGUUUCAGAGAAACUGCUUUGUUUCACUGAGAGUUAAUCCAGCCUCUAGUGACUGUCUCACUGACUGCAGCUAGAGGCGCUUCCGCGAUUCUCACUGUGAAAAUCACAGUGGAGUGGAGAGUUCCCCAGCACUGAGGAAGCCCGGCGCUGGUGAAAGGUAAGUGGCUGAGGGGCUUUUAACCCCUUCAGCCCAGUGGGAGGGGUCCCUGAGGGUGGGGGGAAGGGUGACCUAAUGACCCUAUUGUGCCAGGAAAACAAGUUUGUUUUCCUGGCACUAUAGUGCUCCUUUAAGGUUUUCUACUACUAUAUAGCCUGUAUAUGCAAAUUACACUAUGAAUCCAAAAUUAGAUAAUUUUUAAAACCCAUUAUGAAUAUAUUUUGUUACUUUAGAGAAGUUAUGGAACUGUGAAGAAUGCAAUUUUGUUUUCAUCAGAAUGUUUUAUUUCAAUAUGCGAAUAGACAUGGUCGAACUCUUUAAUCCAAAAUAUGGAACUUUAAUGUAUUCUGAUUAUGUUCUUGAAGCUAUUGAGAUAGUUUGUGUUUCCCUCUAUCUAGCCAAAGAGUUGUUUCUUUGUAAAGUGUUAUCCAGUUUUGACAGAGGUUGUGCCAUGCAAUGAAUUUACAAAUGAGCUGACCUAAUUGCCAUAAAGAACUGCAAAUGAGCAAAUUAUUUUUCCUCUUCAAAGCCCAGUUCUUUCCCAUCCCAAAUACAUGCCCUGUCAAUCUGCCACCUAUACUAUGUCCCUGGCAAGUUAUUUCUGGCAGUCCUAUAUGUGUGCCUGAAUAGUAAAUAUUAUGGAUUGAUGCUUACAGAAAUCAUUUAUAUUUAUUUUAGACUUAAUGAAUCAUUGUGGUACACAGUACCUGAGAGUUUUUCUUUUUCUAACUUGAGCCCUUUAUUUUUCAGUUGGUUGCCAAAGCCGAAAAGAUGCGGCUUACACAAGAGGCCAGCAAACAUAUCCGAUUCGGUGAUGGAAUUUAA